AUGGCGGAGAGAGGGGCGCUCGGCGGCCAGCGGGGCUCGCUCACGCCUUCGCUGCACCAGCCGGUAUCCAGCGCCUCAGCUUCUUCGGCGUCCCCGGCUGCACAGAGCCUUUCAGGGCAGCCUCCGCCGCCGACGGCGGUGCUACAGCAGCAGCAGCUGGCGCCUCCUCCUGCUCCUCCGGCGGCGGCGGCGCCUUCGUUGUCUCAGCCGGCCGCUCUCGGCCCCGGAGGAGGCUCUCUGGCCCCGGGGGGAGGCGGCUCGGGGGCUCCCGGGUCAGGCGCGGCGGCGGCGGCGACGGCAGGGGGCCGCCCGGUCCAGAUGAACCUUUACGCCACCUGGGAGGUGGACCGGAGCUCGCCCAGCUGCGUGCCCAGGUGAGGAAGUGGGGGGGGGAGGAGGGAGAGAGAGACUCUUUCCUUCCUUUUACAUUCUUUGGUACAGCCACCGUACAGAUUUUAUGAAUUAAGUGGCAUAGAAAUGUGCAUUUAAUCAACCGAUUCCCUGAGGGGUAAGUAGUAGCCGUGUCGCAGCAGCAGCAACACACCAGAGGAGGAAGAGGAGUCGUCUUUGUGGGCAAGCUGGAGGUUUAGCACGUUUGUCUGCUUUUGUUGGGCUGCAAGGUUUCUUUCCCUCCAACCUCAUAUCUUCUUCUCCACGUCUGUCUCCCCCCCCCCUCACGUCUCACCCCGUUAUCUCCCUCCGUUUACCUUCGCAGGUGUGGAAGUCAAGCCCGACCCCACCCACUCCCUAAGACCUACUUGCUCUAUCGCCUGCCAAAAAGGGAAAAGGAAAAAAAACACACAGAGAGAAAAGGCGCCUCCCUAUUUUAAGUAUUUACGUCCCUCCUCCUUGGGGAAUAAAGGAUGAAACCUAACCCUUAGACGUCAUUUAUCUGUUCCCCAUAUUUACAAAGUGUGUGUGUGGAGGGGAAUGAUAGCAAAUUGCUUCUUUUAAUCACACACACUUGAAUGUUAGAGAGUGGUUUGCCUUUAUGUGGGGCUGUGGGUUGAUGUUUAAGCAGGAGUGGGAAAUCGAGGGAGGCUGUACAUAGUGAGAGGACGCUUGUUCCUCUCAGUGGGGGGCAGUUGCACCUAUAAGUUUUCUUACAUGAGUGUAUGUUGGGGUCCUCGACCUUUGCGGAGAACUAAUACCCCCUUGCAUCUAUGCCUGCAUGCCUUCAAAGAGAAUGAGUUACUAUAUUUUAGCUACCAUCUUCCUCCUUGUGCAUAAAGAAGGGGGUGUCAUCCUGUGUGUGGGUGUAGAUAUUACUUUUAACAUUUGUAUCCUGCUUUGAGUGCAUAUUUUGGAAGAAAAGCUGGAAAAGGCUAAAACAGAAUAAAUUAACCCCAUGUGUACACGUAAAACAGAACCAGCCCCUUCAUCUUGGAACACCUACUUCUGUCCCCUCCCCACCCAUGUAAAGGUGAAUGAGGUUCUGUUAACCAGAACCCUCCCCCAGCAAAUGUAAAGGACGUGGGAUGUUCUCCUCCUUUAUAAGUCAGUAGCUUAUGUGGGAGGGGCUUACCCCUCUGUGUGCUGGGGAUGUAGGUUUUUCAAAGUGGAGCGGUUGUUUAAAUGAUAUUUAAGAAAAAUAUAUAUGAGUGAGGGUGGGUGUUGGAAUUUCAAAGCUGAGGAGUUGUUUCUUCUUCGACAGUCAUCCAUACACAUAAGAAGCAGCUCAUUUUAAAACAUAUGUGUCCCUGACCACAUAUAAUAGAGGACAAGUCAACCUUCCUCACAUAAUGGAGAACUUGCCUUUUACCCUUCAAGGUUUAGAUUUUACCCCAUCAAAGGGAGAAUUAACACCCCACCCCUAUUUGUUAGGAAAGAAGGGGAUCUCUCCCUUUUCCAGAAUAUAAUUUGACUAAGUAGGAAGAUGUUCUGCCUAAUAAAAGGAAAUUAUCCACAGCCCACUCACUUGGUAAAGUUGACAUGAUUUCCCCGGUGAGAGUAAGGUCUUCACUCACGUAGAUACUAUAUUCUGAUUUGCAUAUGCACACCCUGCUUCAAGGCAUGAGCAAAAUCAUUUCCUUAUUAUGAAAGCAAGCUGCACCACCCCAUCUUUGCCUUCAUUUAUUCCAAAUAAGUGACCUUGGCCUUUUGAAGUGAAACAGAGCUCUGUUCUUCCUGUGGGGGUUUUCCAUUAGGUGUUAGUAAGAAUGCUUACCACUUAAACUUUCCCUUAGGGGAGAUUGGGACUUCUGCCCUUUCCCUGUGAUGAUUCUUUCAGAAACCCUCAGAUGAAAUCUGCCAAAUCUUAUAAAGGCAGCUACUUUCCAGUGAGGUUCCUAAAAGAACCACUGAUAAAGAUGCUUUAUUGAUACAAUGGUAACUCUCCAUAUACUCUUCUUUGCUCGAUAAAUGCUUCUCAGGUGAAUAUGAAAAGAACCACCUAAGACAUUAAAACAAACUUUUCUGGCUCCAUUGAGCUUCUCAGUUGAAAUAUAUGCAACAGUAGCUCCUCUAGAAACCAUUCUGCAUGCCACUUUACUGCCUCAUUGACAGGGGGAUUAGUAAAAGUGGCUUUUAGAGAGCCAGUGUGGUGUAGUGGUUAAGAGCGGUAGACUCCUAAUCUGGGGAACCGGCUUCGCGUCUCGGCUCCUCCACAUGCAGCUGCUGGGUGACCUUGGGCCAGUCACACUUCUCUGAAGUCUCUCAGCCCCACUCACCUCACAGAGUGUUUGUUGUGGGGGAGGAAGGGAAAGGAGAAUGUUAGCCGCUUUGUGACUCCUGAAGGGGAGUGAAAGGCGGGAUAUCAAAUCCAAACUCUUCUUCUUCUCUUCCUGGAUCUUUCCAUCUAUGGAGUGUGGAAGAGGUAAAAUGACCCAAUGCUGUCUUAGUUUUAAAGACCUUUCAGUCCCCCUCCCCAAGGCAGUCUUGUUCAAUCUUAUAUUUUCAUCCAGAAAUCAAACCACUUUCAAAAGCCAAAAAUGUCACUGUCCUACAACAGAACUUUUACUGUGCAACAAGGUAAGAGCUUACCGUAUGUGGAGUUGUCUUAUAAUUAUUUUAUAAUGUUCUAUAAUUUAAGGGAACCUUAAGAACUUCGCUGUCCAACAGAGCUGUCAUUAUGGUCAUUCCCUUAUUCUUGUCAUUUGUAUCUAACAAGUCCUGUACACAGGACUUGGUUGGUUAUAGACCAAUCGCCUGUGAGAGUGAGUUUGCUGUCUGCAGGUUAUAGGCUCAACAUAACCCCAAAUGGAACAUUUUGCAUGAGUAUGGCUGCUUUUUAUUACAGCAUUUGUAGCUUGAUUUUCUUCAUCUGGAUAUACUGUGGGUAGUGCACAGAACUUAAAACCUGAUGAACUAAAAAACAAUGAAAUGCCUUCUGCAAUUACUGACAGUCUCCCUCACCUGUGUUGAUGAGCACUUGUUCCACUAAAUGAGUUUCUUCUAUCCUAAAUGACCUGUAUAGUUUAAUGUCCUUGUAAUGACUUUGUCUAUAUAUACCCUUUUAGUUGCAUGAAGUGAAACCGGCUAAGCUAUAACAUCAACUUUCCUCCUUUUCCUCCUUGUGCUUAAAGCAAAGACAUACUCCUCUCCUGUCUCUCUUUGUUAAAUGAUAUUUAUUAUUAGUGUUGAACUGCUGCUGUUCUGAAGACAGCCAAGAUAGACAGGCUGGCCACUCUGUUCUCUUUGGGUGGCAAAAAAUUGGCAUAAGUAGGAAACAGCAGUUUUUGUCUACUGGGAGAUGAGCCGCUAUCUCAAACUGAUUGAUUACUGUUUAUUUUUAGUCUGCCUAUACCUGUUUGAUCUUGAAGAGCCCAGGUGGCUGAUUAUUCUUCUCUCAAACAGACACCAUGCUUGUUACAGGAAUUAUUAUGCUAAUCCCUUGUUCAGAACCUACAUGAGGCUUGGCCAAUAUUUUUUCUGCUAACAAGCAUAAUAUCAGCAUGUUUCUAACAUCUAUGAUGCUGUGUUGUGGCAUUUUGUGACAGCUGAGACUUGUCUCAAGGGCAGUAUUUUUCCUACCCACCUCUUAAACAAGAAUCAAACAAUAAUGGGUCUAUUGCUAAUCUUUAGACAAAGCUUAAUUGAAGGAUUUGUCUCAAUAGCUGAAUAAUUUGCUUCAAAAGCUGAAUGUUAAUUUGCUGUAGUUUUUUCUUGUUGUUUUUUACAUCCCCUUGGUUUGAAUUCAUGGUUUUGUUUCUCUGCUCAGUCACCGUUUGGGGGAGGACCUUUAAAAUACAGUACAUAGUUCAAAUAGCUUUUUGAAAGCUGUAGGGAAUAAUCCUAGCCAGAUUUGAACUGAAAUACAGCAAAGAGCAAACCCCUUUCAUCCAGCAUGCAAAAACAAAAGGUCCAAUAUUUUAACAAUUAUUUCUCACCAUAUUAAAACAAACACACCAGUUGUAGUCAUAUAACUGAAUCAUUUGUUUUGCAGAAAUUUGGGUUAUUUUAAAACUUCCAGUAUCCUGAUUUUUAAUGUUGUAUUCAAAAUGAUUUAUUAGUGUCCAGAGUACUGAAUGUACCCCAGAUGGGCUUUGCGAUCCAUGUCUAUUGUCUGUUUAUAAUGAAGGGGUGGACUAACUAAUGAUUUGGGCUUAUUUUGCAUAUACAGCUUAGUUCCCUCACCCUGUUUCUGAGAUAGCUGUGUUUGUUAUGACUCAAGAAUCUGCCUGUGAUUACAGUAAUCAAAAGUACACUUACAGUGGUGCCUCGCAAGACGAAAUUAAUUCGUUCCGCGAGUUUUGUCGUCUUGCGUUUUUUUCGUCUUGCGAAGCACGGUGUCGGGAAAGUUUUGGAAAAGCUUCAAAAAUCACCAAAGUCUUUAAAAACCUCAAAAAAGGCUACCACAGCACGUUCUAUGAGUUGCUCCUCGAAGUCAAGUCGCAACUGUAUUAACGGUGUUAAGAAAAAGGAAACAAACUUGCAAGACGUUUCUGUCUUGCGAAGCAAGCCCAUAGGGGAAAUCGUCUUGCGAAGCAGCUCAAAAAACAAAAAACCCUUUCGUCUAGUGAGUUUUUUGUCUUGCGAAGCAUUCGUCUUGUGAGGUACCACUGUGCUGUAAAAUGGUAUUCUUGUAAAAAAAAAGAAAAGAAAAAGGCUUCUGCUCUAAAUAAGAAAUUGGUUUAAGGCCACAAGGGGUCAUAACAGUCAUUCCAGUGCAAUAUCUUGCCAUGUUUACUUUUUGAAUAAAACACAAUUCUCUGUCUGAAAGCAAUAGCUCUGAGACUGAGGGUUACUGGAGAGGUGUGAGCUAUUUUCUUUUUCUUGGGUGAUCACUGUCCGUGUCUCAGUUGUACUAGCAAUUGGUCCUCCUAUGUUCUGUAUUGCUUCUGGUUGAUGUAUCUAUGAAACAGCCAAAAGUAGUUGAUAAGCUCCUCCUAUUUCACAUGGCUCUUGAGCUCUAUUACAUGACACCGGAAAGCAUGUUGCAUGCUUCACUAGUACAGGAAUUUAGUUCCUGCCACAGAGGAAGUUACUGUCUUUCCCAUUCCAGAGGUGUCAGUAGUGAUUGACUCUUACACUUUGCCAUUUUUAUAGGGAUAUUUUAACAUCACGUUAAAAGAAUUUGGACAUGCAGUAUCUGACACAGUUGAGCUGGCCUGAAAUAAAUCCUUUGCCUAGGGCAAAUACAUAUAUUUGUGUUGUUAUUAAUCCAACCACUUGUCUGACACCUCAUGUCAUUAUUAUAUUGUAUGCUCACCUGGGAGUAAGUCUUACUGAGCAUAAUAGGCCUUGUAAAAUCUUGUGCAUGCCUACUCAAAAUAACUCUCAUUGAGUUAUAUCAGCUGUACACCCAGGUAAGGGUAGAUAAUUGCAGUCUAGGUCAUUUGGAACAUGAGCUCAAUAUACCAAUCCCCUCUGUGUGUAGUUCCAGGAUAAUAGAAUUUGACAACACUUCCUUUUUUGUUUUUGUUUCUUCUCCCUAUUGCACUUUUUGGUAUAAAAUAUGUAUUUGCUGUGCUCAUCCUUUCCUCCCAGCUGAAGGGCUCCGCUGAUUUCCUUAGUGCAAAAGUAACUGUAGCAGGUGGAAAGGCAAGUUCUGCCAAUGCUACAUUUUCCCCUUUCAGUAUAAAGUAACUUCUUAAUGUUUCCAUUGAGUUUAUUGACUUGUAAAUAGAACUUCAACAUAUUUUUAUAGUAGAUAAUACAACUCAGAGUCUGAACAGCUUAAUUUAUCCAAGUUACAUGUUUUUGUGACUCUUCUUUUACAUGCGAGAGCAUUAGAGUAAUAUUAGAAACUUUCUGUGGAGAUAACAUUUCUUCAGAGUGUGCAUGCAUUUGAAUCACACUAUUAUCUUAAUCUUCUUUUAAAAUCUAAAACCUUUUAUGAUUCUUGAAAGGUUUCACUGUCUAGUAUUAGUAUAGUCUACAUUGUUAUGAAGUCUUUGACAAACAAGAUACUAGCAAUUCCCCACUACUCCAGAAAGUUGUAACAAAGUGCUUGAUGGUUUCUAAAGCAGGGAAUAUAGAUUUGAUCAGGCCCUAUUAAUUUAGAUACUUAGCUUAGUUGCUUUAACCAAACAUUGUUGCAGUCUUUAGUUAUGGUUAUGCUUGAUACUGAUUUAAUAUCAGGCCAUUUCAGGUUGCGAUUGGGUUUUUCUCCCUGGAAAAAAAUCCUGGUUUGUUGCAUAUAAUAUGGGGAGCCUUUCUCCUCCUUGACAUGUUGCAAUUAUGGUAGCAAAAUGUGGCAGUCCACCAUUCUGUGGGGAUCACUGUUUUCUCAUUGUACUAAUUAAAUGUUGUCUAGAAUGGGUGUCAGAUAUGAUGUGCAAUUUUGAUGGUUAAUUGGUCCAUUAUGUAUGUGGCUGGGUGGCUUCCCUCAGUGAUCAUGAUUUGUAAUUUACUUACCAACUUUACUAUUGGGGUGGAAUGUGGGGCAUGACUUGGGACCACCUGGAAUUUAAUUAAUUUUCUUCAAGACCUUUUGGCAUAUACAGGGCACAUUUUGUGUGCCUUGUGGAACAAAUAACAUUUAAUACUGAUACUAAGUGUUGCUUUUACUUUCAUCAGAGUGAGUUUUUCCUAACACCCCAAAGGUAUUGAUAUAAUACUUUACUUCCAUAACAAUUUUUCUUGUUAAGGAGGUGACACAGUUUGUUGGUUUGAUUUUGUUACACUGAAUGAAGAAAACUCUUAGUAAGGCCAGUGCACUUCACAGCAUGUUAAGCAUUACAUGUAUUUGCCAUAUAACAUAUGGCCCUCUACUCCAGGAUGGGGAACCUAUGGCCCUCCAGAUGUUGUUGGACUCCAAUUCUCAGCAUUCCUGACCAUUGGCCAUGCCGGAUGGAGCUGAUGGGAGCUGGAGUCCAAUAACACCUGGAGGAGCAUAUGUUAGCUGUCUAUGAUCUAACCAAUCAUCUAUAAAAAUAGUUGUAAGUUAUCAGUGGGUUGAAUAAGAAAUAUGGGCAGGUCAGAUCUUUUGCCAGGUGCUAUUUCAGUUGCUGAUUAUGUGAAUAUUAGAAAGCUUUUAUAGUAAGAUGGAUGCCUAGUUAAUUUUUAGUUGAUUAAUCACCUACAUUUUAACCAAUUUUAAAUAUGUGUAUUAAGGAAAAACUUUUUUUCUUUGACAGUGAAGUACAGUACAUGAGUAUUUAGUAAAUGGAAGCUACUCCAUUUAAUAUUUUGAUUCUCCCAACAAAAGCACACAAGGCUUAAAAUAGCUUCAAAAAAAUAAACAAACUUGCCCUUAUAUUUUGGUUUCACCAAUUGCUUUUAUUAAUACAAUUAAAUUGUUCUUUUUUUGAUUAAAAUUAACCCUGUUAAAGUAUCAAAUUUGCAGAUUUUUAAAGCUUGCAGUCCUAUUCCAUAAAUGUUUUCUGGCAGGAGUUGUGAAAGUUCAAAGUUGCAUUAAGAAAUAAGCAAAUUGGCUUAGAAGUUUGGUUCCAUUAGUUUAAUUUUCUCACAUGUUCAGUUCCUAACAGUAACUCUUUUCUACAGUGUGUUUCAAUAUUAUUGUAGUAACUUAUUGCUCUCCUGAAUGACCUUGUCUGUUGUUAGCUUAGUGAUAGGAACUUUAUUGUUGAGCCAAUUAAUCUGUUCUGGAAGUGUUUUGAAUCAAGGAAAAACAAGGCCUAUUCUUGGCACCUCAAUCCUGCACAUGUUUACUCAGAUUAAGGCCUAUUGCCACCAAAGAAAUAUAGGAAGCGAAUAAAAAGAGAACCCACACAAGUGAUCCUGACACAAAACCCCACACAUACACUAAGUAAAAGAAUAGAAGCAUUGCCACCCACCCCACCCUAUGCACCAUCCCCACCCUUCUCCUCUUUGCCCCCCUUCCUUCCCAACCUUAUACUGCAUGAAUACUAAUAGGGUUGCCAUAUUUCAAACAGGAUGUUGCUGAGUUUUUUGUUUUUUUAAGAAACCCACCAAAAUUGUUGAGCUUUUUUGGGGAAACUUCCGCUUAAAACUUAAAAUAGUAAUUUUCAGCUUUUGGAGAUUUUUCUGCUGCUAUUUCCAAUGCAUUGGCAUGCAUCCAGGUCCCCCCCCAAUGCUGUUUUUAUAACCCAAAGCCAGGAAAUGUCAGGAAUUUUCCUGAUGUAUGACAAGCCUAAACACUAAUGUCUCCCCCAAAAUGAAACAGAUCUGUAGAAAAAAACCAAGUUGAAAAAAGAGACAAUGCACAUAUUUUUGUAAGUUCAGAAGUCUUUAAUAAAAAUUAUUUUAAAAAUAAGGUCUAUUGGGUUCAGUUAAUCUUAUUCUGAAACAGGUUAUGUAGGCCUUCAGGCUUAAGGUAAAGGUAAAGGGACCCCUGACCAUUAGGUCCAGUCGUGACCGACUCUGGGGUUGCGGUGCCCAUCUCGCUUUAUCAGCCGAGGGAGCCGGCGUACAGCUUCCGGGUCAUGACCAAGCCGCUUCUGGCGAACCAGAACAGUAUACGGAAAUGCCGUUUACCUUUCCGCUAGAGCAGUAUCUAUUUAUCUACUUGCACUUCGAUGUGCUUUCGAACUGCUAGGAUGGCAGGAGCAGGGGCCGAGCAACGGGAGCUCACACCGUCGCAGGGAUUCAAACCGCCAACCUUCUGAUCAGCAAGUCCUAGGCUCUGUGGUUUAACCCACAGCGCCACCUGCGUCCCUUUCAGGCUUAGGUUAAUGACCGGCAAUUUACAUUUGUGUGGUCCCUCUGAGGUAAAUGGAAAUAUAUGAAUGUUAAGUGUUUUGAGUUGGGCUCUUCAGAGUUCACAUGAUUUGUGAAUUAAGAUCUUACUCUAGUGGCAACUAAAAGUGGGUUUAAUGCAGGUUAGCCACUCCUGAUCCAGCAAUAAAUAUACCAUAAAAUAUAUACACAACUUUUGUCAAAAUUCUGUGUUUAUGUGACCUUAAGAAGCUCUUGUUACUAAAAAAAAUUAUAUCCCUUGAAUCCUGUUUUCAUCCUAUCGUUUUGUGUCUCAUUUGCCUUGGAUCUCUUCUGAAUUCUUUGCUGUGGAUAGACUUUCUGGAUAACAAUUAAUUCAACUGAGGCCAGUGGCUUUUCUGAUAUUGUAUCUAAUCUUCAAAAUGAACAAUUAAUCCUCAACAAUGCUUUCUGGUGACUCAGUUUUUAUUUGACCUCUGUUCAGGGAACAUUAGUGUUUGAAGUUAAACAUAGGCAUGGAUAGGCCUGACAUUGUAAAUGGGAUCUAUUAAUUGUUUUCAUUUUAGAUGAAAAGAAAAGAGCUCUCGUGCCAUUCUCAAUCUUUGAGCAGUUUUUAGCCUACGCAUAAUUAACCUAACUACAGACAUCUUGGGAAAGCAAUGGCUUUUUGCUGGAAAAUUCAUUUUGGAUUCUCUCUCCACCAACUAAUAGUAGGCUGUGUUUACAGGCACGUUUGCACUGCAGUAGCAUUAGUAGACACAAAGCAAAACCUUCAUGUUUAAUAUCAAAAUGCUCUAGAACAGGCACGUCCAACUCCCAAGAAGAUAGCAAUCUACUCACAGUAUAUAAAAAAGGCAGUGAUCUACCCAUUGUCAUUGGAGGAUGGACCAGAGUUGUUGCUGAGCUUUUUUUAGGAAGUCAGAGCUGUUGAGCUUUUUGGGGGGGUAAAUAUCACUAAGGGCCCAAAGAUCGACCAGGAGCACCCCGCGAUCAACCUGUUGGACAUGCCUGCUUAGGCCCAGAAGUGUUUACUGCCGUUCAUGUUUGAAUCCCACAUGAGAGAUCAAGUUCUGAGGUGGAGCCAUCUAGCAGUAAGAAUUUUCUUAGUUACGUGGAUAUAACAGGCAGUGGCGGCACGUGUCCUGGGGGCGCCACCUGCGGGGGCGGGGCUCUCAGCACGGGCAGCGGGGGGGCAGCCGCAAUGGCAGCCUGCCAGGAUCGCACUGCCGGGGGCGGUGCGCUCCCCCCGCACUCCUCUCCCUCCACCAGUGAUAACAGGGUUUCUCAGAAGUUCUACCCCCCUCACCACUGAAAUGGUGGAACAGAGGCAGAACCACUCAUAAAAUGGUAGCACAGGGCAGCAGUCAUAUCACAGAACUAUAAAGUAAAAUACAACAACACUAUUACCAGAGGCGGAUCUUGAGGUCUCAAAUUUCAGCAGUGCCCUGUGUGACACCAGAAUUCAGCACCCUUGCCUCUCACCUUCCAUUUUUUAUCAUAGUUGUGGCAAUCCCUGUGCUUUCCCUGAGGCACAUGCACUGUGUGGCUGAACCAGACACACUACCCUAAAUCCGCCUCUGCUGUUAUGAUGCUUCAUUGUGGGAUGUAAAAUGGUAUCCCAUGUCACCACUUCUGCUUCUUUUAGCCCUGCAGGCUUGGUGACCUUGGGUCAGUGCUUGCGAGGAUAAAAUAGAGGACCUCCCCAAAAACUUUACCUCCCUUGAGGUAAAUGGCUCCCCAUCUCUAUUUCAUGCCAUCCUCUAUUUCAUGCCCAUUGUCCGUCCCUAGAAAAACUGAAGAAACAAUUACUUUACUGAUCUUUCUCUUUCUUUUAGAACUUUUGGAAACCUUUGUUAUAAUUUAGUACCAUUGCCAAUAAAAAAAUUGUCUUUGGGAGAGUGAUCACUAGACAGUUAUUCAUCUCCAUUCUAAAUUGUGGAAGGCAAAAUUAAUGCACAGGUAAUUAGAGCCAUUGUGCAUCCUUUUUUCUGAUAUGUUGGAAAGACUUAUAGAGAGGUUUCUUCACUUUGUAGCUUCACAUUCAUAACUGUAGUAUUGAAUGCAAAUAUAAUACAUGAACUGAAAUAAUCUCUUGUUUUAUCACAAAAAAUAAUUAUGUGAUCUGUGUUAGGCAAAACAAAUAUUUGGGCAAGGAAGGGUAUAAUUUUUUUCCAGCAGGUUAAGUAUUUGUUAUAAAAGAAUUUGGAUAUUGAUAAAGAUACCUUGUCUGUCAAACACGGAUAGACAUUGCGAGUUAAAAUUUCUAAACCUUGAGAUUUAAAUUUCUGGGGAGGAAUCAAGCAGGACUUCAUAUUCCCCCUUGCAAGCCCUGCAAAUUGGCUCCAGUGCAUUCAUCAACCCUCUGGAGCAUUUUUUUGAGGGCACAUGGAGAACCUGAAGGGAGGAGAGGAAGGUGAACUUCUGUUGCAUGGGUGGAAAUUUGUUCCUCUCACACACGGACUAGCAUUGCAUGCUACCACUGAAAUAAUCAAUGCCUUCUAUAUUAGCAGGUCUUAUUUUGGGGUUUGCUAAAUUAUAAAUUUCUCAAAGUAAGUUGAACUUACAGUUUAGCCUAGGUAUUUAAAAAUGCUAUGCAGGAUUAAUUAAAAUAUGAAGCUGAAUGGUAGCUGGUAAUGAAUUUUAAUAGAUUUGAUCCAGUUUAAUUUGAAUAUCUAUUUAAGCUAGAACUACAGCCUAAACAUUUUUUUAAAAGGCUGCUCUUUCUGAAUCUAAGAUCAUUUAUCAGUGAGGAUUAAGGUGCACAGUCUUAGAUGUCAUGUUAUAAUUUAUUUUAUAAACAUAAUGGAAAUUUUUCAGAGCUAGAAAAAUAGUUCACAUUUCUAUGGUUCACUCAAGUGCUUCUUGUAGUUUCCCUGAAAGCCUAUAUUAGGAAGUAGCAACAUAGGAAUAAAGUAAAGGUCAAAGAAUACUUAUUUUCACCCAGAAAUUAAAAACAAUUAUUAAUAUUCCACAGUUAAAUAAGAUAACAAGCUCAAGUAACUAUAGUGGUGUUUAAGGCUCUUCAGAAAUGUGAAAGGAAAGAAUUUAAAGAUAUUGGAGAAUAAGGCAGUGUGAGUUCACCAGACCCAUCAUGUCUGAAUACUCUGUAUAUUAAGAUAAGUCAUCUUCUCAAAAGAACUGGCUUUCUGGGCAUCACCGGUUUAGACUUUUUGACAUGCUCAGCUAUAUAUUAUAUGGAAUAUUAGCAAAUGUUGUGAUUAGGAUCACAUUGUGCUUAUUCUGACAUUUUCUGUUAAUGUGAACAAAAGAAGACUCAAAUAACAUCAUGUUGACAUAGCACCGAUAGGGCCAAAACCGACAGGGAUUUGUUUUGGCUGGCAAAAUACUCCCAAAUGACUUUAAGCUGCUCUGGCAGAAGUACCUGGUCGGAGCUACUUAGCCCAGUGACACCACAAAAACAUAAUAAUGAAAUGGAUGUUGUGGAAGGAAAAUGAUAAUUAACAGCAGUUGAUUUGAAGGUUUGCAUUUCCAAAAUUCCUCUUUGGUUGUGAUGUAGAGUGAAACUAGAUUGCUGUAUUAGGGUUAUUUAAAUUGUAACCCUAGCUUGCCAGACUUUCCCCAUUCCAUUUUUGAAGAGGCAGAUACUGAAAAUGAAACUGUUCUGCUUUAUGUUGAUUGCUGCUCUUGCAUAUAUUUGAGAUUCUUUAGGAGUACACCCACUAUGCACAUUUCUAGGGAAAAUUGUUGCUAGAUUUCAGCUGAUUCUAUUCAUUACCAUAGCACGAAGAGCUUUACAGCUAUUUUAUUAUUUGUAUUUAUAGUCCACCCUUCAUCAAAUGGUUCCAAUUCCAAGACAUUACAAAACAACUUAAUUAAAAUAAGUAUAGUGUUUAGUUAAUAUAUUGAGAGUAGCAGAUAUUGCUGUGCAUUGCCGUGCACUACUGUUCUGUGUUGCUGUUUUGUUCUGAUGUUGGUGGCUUAGUUUAUUGUGUUGUAUAAUUAUAUCUCUGAAUCUGGACUUUUUGCCUUCAUACAAAGGAAGAGUUCACUGUUAAUCCUUCCUGUGGGUAGUUUCAACAUGAAGGCUAUGACAGUGCUGCAACUUAGUUUGCCUCUGGUGUGGUAUUGGCUUUCAUCAUUGAAAGUGCAUUUGUAUCCACUUGUUACUUCCAGAAACAAACAUAUCCCAUGGAGUUAAUAUGAGUAAGUGGGAUGCACUUGAUUUUGGCCAUUUUUAGCUAUGUUUUAAUCAUAUAUGGCAGGGUUUACUACCCCUUUUGGUCCAUGGGCACAUUUGCAAACUGGAGAAACUUUGAUGUACACCACACAUGUACAGUGGUACUUGGGGUUAAGAACUUAAUUCGUUUUGGGGGUCUGUUCUUAACCUGAAACUGUUCUUAACCUGAGGUACCACUUUAGCUAAUGGGGCCGCCCGCUGCCACCACGCUGCCGGAGCACAAUUUCUGUUCUCAUUCUGAAGUAAAGUUCUUAACCCAAGGUACUAUUUCUGGGUUAGCAGAGUCUGUAACCUGAAGCAUCUGUAACCUUAGGUACCAUUGUAAUGUAACCAAGCUCCCAUCGCAAUCUAUUGUGUUGGGUUCAACAGAAUGCUGCUUUCAAUGUACUAAUUGCAGUGGGAGGAGGGGCAGAAGAGGUAAUCCUGUGGGUACUAUUGAAGACCUCUGUAAGUACAAAUGCACCUUCAGGUGCUAUGUUGCCGACCCCUGAUGUAGAGACAAGAAGUGUGCAGUUGCUCAAAGUGCAAUGGAUAUGAUAAUUUCCUACCCUUUUGAUUAAACUUUCCUUUCAAACCAGGAGGACUGAAUUGUAGAUUUUUUGUAAAGCAAUCCAGUGGAGUUUGGGAUUUUGCUCUUAGUUAACCAGUGUUACAGAACUAGAUUGUAUGAUGACAUUAAGCACAAUUUAAUCUGUUACAGCGUUCUCAUAUUGCUUGAAGAGACACUAAAGCAGAAGUGACUUUGUUAUAAUUUUAAAACACUGUACCUUUUUCCUUAUUGGGGAAGCCCAGAAUUCCUACAGGGCUUUGCGUAUAUAAUUUUGCAUGGAGAGCCCUUUCCUUAUUUUUAAAGAUAAGAAAGCUGCUUGAAACAUACAUUUCUGCCAUGAGACCAAUAUAAAACUGGAAAAUACCACACUUAAAUAUAGCUCUGCAGUUACUAAAAUUAAAAAUGAGGGUGCUGGUAGACAAACAACCUCUGCUCAAGUACAUGUAUGAUAAUUUAGACAUUGGGUUGCAUUGUCUAUUGGAUUUUUUGCAACAUUUGCUGCUGUUUAGUUACAAGCUGGUAUAUUGACUCUGCUGCAUCUGCAGUCCACUGUGCUUGUUAUAACAGCUUAUUUUCAUCCAAUAGAACCCUUUGGGUUGGGAGGGAUCAUCUGUGACUCAUCUAGCUUGUGCAUUGGGGCAGAAUUGAUUUAAUUAUGCUUAAAUAUCACUGAUAGAUGGGUGUCGAGAGAGAGCACUCUGCUUUGGAUCUCUGCAGAGCUGUUAUCUGGAAGUGCCCUUGGCAAUUUGUCCCACUGCCUGGCAUCAAAUAUUUUUGUCACGUUCGAGAUGUUUUUAUUAUUGUGGUAUUUCAGAUGAAGGACUCCAGUCAUGCAAGCUUGUUUAUAACCUAUCAGAUAAUGUUCUUUAUUUGAUUUAGGGCAGUGGAUCACAGGCCUCUUCCAAAUUGCAGAGCCCAACUGACUUCAUUUGGGUCUAGUCCAUGCAUAAGUGUCUACAGGAUAAGUUUUUAAUGAAGUACAAUAAAAAUGAGUAAUUCAGAAACUUGAUUUUCUGUACUAAACUGGCUAAAUUAGAUGAGUUCUCUUUAAAAGUGAAAAGGAUCUAGGAGUAUACAAAGGGAUUGUAGGGCCAUGCCUUUUGCCCUGACUCCAUUUUAACAUGCAGCUUCUUCUGACUUCCCCGGGCAAGUAUAUGUAGUGGGAAGUCAGCUGUACUUGUGUACAGCUCCCCACAUGGUUUGGAACCUUUAUCAUGCGGAGCUUGAAGCAGGCUUCCCACUUCAGAUAUUUGACCUAAACACACUAGAAACCAAAAGAGCAAUGUAGCAAUAAUGGUGAGGCUAGAAGUGUGGUGAGAUACAACCAAAUUAGAACAAGGAACAGUUUCCAACUUGCUAUCCUGGCAGGCAUAAAAACAGUAUUGAGCUCAUCCACUUCUUGGCUAAGCAGAACCUCCUGAGUGCUGUUCUACCUAACAUUUCCUGUUACAAUUUCUUGGCUGUCAUAUUUCAUGAUUCCACCUUGCAAAUUUUCUUGUUUGUAUAAUGGUGAGGCCAUGCACUAUUGAAGAACUAUCUGGCAAUGAAUAAAUGAUGCAGCAGCUCUCCAGCCAACCUUAAUGUACUACUUAUGAAACUGCAAUUACUAAAACAUUUUAUGAAGUUUAUUACUAGAUGGCAAGAAUGACUCUGCAGAAAUGGGCUCCUGAGAUUUUAGGCAUGUGGAAAAACCCUAGCUUUCAAAAUUGCUUUAUUUUGUCUUUUAAAAAAUGAUCUGUGGUUUGGUGAGCACUGCUCUAAAUUAAUUUUUUCCUAGUGGUUAUUUUUUAUCCUUGCUGUUUGCCAAUGGAUCCUAAAAACAUGCCUCCACUCACCCUGGAUGAUGAAAUGGUAAGGAACCAUUAGCUAUUUUUGAGGUAGUUUACUUUACAAGAAACAGCAUGAACAAUACUACCUGAGUUUACUUACAGAGCUUUGCUGUCUUUCUGUGCAUCAUAAGCUGAGUCAACACAACAUAUGUUGCGUUGAUUCUGUAAAUCCACAAACACAAUAGGUUGAUGGGUGAAAUGGUCUUGUGUGAUGGAUCAUUUAUGGUACUGCUUAAGCUGCACGUAUAUGGUCAAAGAAGUUUCUCCAACAGUGGAAUGAUUACUACUUUGUGUGUGUUUCCCCAGUAGGGUCAUGAGAUAAGAAUUUCAAAAAGUGAUCAUGCAGCAUCUGUUCUUGGGAGUGCUGUGGAACCUGGCCUCAAAGCUGUGAGGGUAUUGAAAUAAAGCAUAUAUUUUAUUUUCUGUGAGAAUGUGGUAGGUUUGUAAAAAAAAUUCCUUAGUCCCCCAAUGACAAGUAGGAAUCUUCUGCAGUUAACCAUGCAAACAAACAUUUUUCAAAGGUUAGCUCUUUCCUUUACGCCAUAAAUAAAAAGCAUAAGCAUGUGUGGGCAAGUAUUUUUUGUUAUACAGUAAUGGUAUGAUUGAAGAUCCUGCCUAGCGUAGGAGAUCCCCUAGGCAAGGGAUGGUGGCAUGGAGCAGAGCAAGAAUUGAAAUGCAUUGGUUUCCUUCAGAUUAAAAUAUUAAACUGGUCUGGGAAAUCAUAGGGACCAGUGGAGAUUGUUAGGCUAAACCUAGGCAGUAAUGUGUUGGUUCAGGAUUCAGUGGUGAAACCUUGACUGUGCUCAAGAGAUUUCUUAAGAUAUGUUGUGUAACUGAAAGUAGCUGCUUGACUACAGGAAACAAAAUUAGUACAAAAAUAAUUAUGCAUAAACUUUCUCUGCCGCACUAAGUCUUACCUGGAAGUAGACCCCAAACUAUCGCUAACAUGAGAUUAAUUCUCACUGUGGUGACCACAGUAUAAAGAUUUGACACAGGUGACAUGUAUUAGAUAGCUCAUUUUUCCUGAUGUGGAAGGAUUUGCUUAUUAAAUGUCCCUCUGGGCCUUCCCAGUGAACAUAGUACAGAUCUUUAAGUGCAGAGUACUUCACUGUUCUUGGUUAGCUCAUAUAUUUUGUGCAGCUAUAGUGAAGGAGUGAACUCUUGAGGUUGCUGAAGUCAUAGACCAUUCAGUUGCUUCCUGGUAGUCAGCAUAUGAGGUGUGUAGUAUUCAUGCAGAAACUGCUAAUGCUUAAUCAUGCAUUUUAUCAUUGGCCUUUUGCUAUUGGUGUGUGAAGUGGUGUACAAAAGAGUCAAAGCAGCAUUUUCCUCAAGAGCUUCACAAGAGGAUGGUUGAUCGGCAGGUCUGAAACUUAAUCAAGCAAAUGGGGACCUUGGGAAUAUGGCUUGAACAGCUGAAAAUGGGAGCUUCCAUGUCCCAGAUGAAGUAUCUGCAUUUCUACAAUGGGUAAACUCUCUCUGUGUGGUUUGGACUUGGUUGAAUGUCACUUUCUAAAACUCUAGUAAGAGAUGAAGAGAGGCUUUUGUUCUGGUGUGUCCUUGCCUCUCCCUGGGUAAAAAGUAAUUUUUAUACAGCUAUCUACAGAAAUAGAUAACGGGAUAGAAAGGAGCAUGAAUUUCUACCUGGAAUGGAGGUGAGAACAGGGCAAGUGUGCAUAUGAAGUGUAUUGUUCUCUAUACUGGGUACAAAAAGGACUGACCAGGCUCUCUGCCUUUUAGGUGUCAAAGUUGGUGGGGUAUACAUGCCAAACUACUAAAUCACUGUCAUUCAAGCUAUUAUAACACGGUUGUUUUAACUUCUGUAUGCAGCUGCUGAGACCAAGACUCUUGAAUUUCCUUCUAAAAUGAUGCAGUUCUCUUCUCACCUUUGAUACAUACCCACACUUAAUAUUUCUUCAAAUAAGAACUAGUAUGAAAAGGGUUCUGUGUUCAUUGUUAAGACAUUGGUUUCAAUUGUCAUAAUUUUUGUGCUGGUGUGUAUUUGAUUCUGGCUUUCUUCCAUUUACCCUCAACACUUAAAAAGAGCUACUGUUGGCUGAGUGAAAUGUGAUUUGUUUUCUAAAAUGGCCACAUGCUAUUUCAAUGCUAAUGGAAUCCUGCUGACUUGUAUCAGUUCUAAUUAUUAAGAGCAGGUUACUUGACUCUGUACAGAUCCUGUGCAGAGGGAGAAUAAUGAAGAGUUUAUGUAAACAAGAAACAGGUGGUAGUUUAAAUUCAGUUGCUUAAACUCCCCUGCAUCAAUGUAAUGCCACAUCUGAGAGUCUGCCUUGGCUCCAGUUGUGUGUAUAUUUUUGUGAUUGGCAAUGUGGGCAGCCGCUCCCCCCAUGCCACUGCAGGCACCAGCUGGCUGGCUGCAUGCAACUUCCGCUCCACGCCGCUGCAGGAAACUCUCCCGAGAGCACACGCCUCCUUCAGUGACAUGGGGGAGAGUUGCGUGCCCGCAAACCAGCUGGCUGGCGGGCGCAUAGCUUCCCUCCCACAUCGCUGUGGGAAAUGCUCUCCUCCUGCAGCGGCAUGGGGGGAGUUGCGUGCAUGCCAACUAGCUGGCUGCCAACCAGCUCCCCCCUCCCCUCACGCCACUAUCAGUGUAUUGGGCGACCCCAGUUUUUUGACAUGAUUUUUGAGUCAAAAAACCUCGUGUAAUACAUGGAAAAAUACGGUAGCUCUGCAAACUGGGCUCUCAUCUACAGAGCCACAGUCUGUAUGUGCCUUCCCCUCAGCAUGUGAUGAAGAAACCAGCUGCCCAUCUAGUAUAAUUCUUGAGGUUUAGAGACAUAUCUGGGACUCCUGUGUUCUCUCCUUUUGGUACAUUGCAGUUUAGAUAGUAAGAGUUCGUUCUUGGGAGCAGAGUGGCUAAUGUGUGGUUUUGAAAGUUCCCUACUUUGGGGCAAAGGUGAGCUAGAUCUUGAGGACUGUUAUAGAUACUUCAUGUGGAUCUGGAACAAUAUUUUAUUAAGAGACAGAUUGACGUCUAACAGCGUGUGACUUAAGCCAGUACACAAUGUUAAAAUUGUUUUUUGGAUACUACUAGGGGGAAGACCUGUGAGGCACUGAGAUAAUUUAAAUAUGAGAAUUGUGAACUAACUUAAAUAAUAGUUACUAUUAACCUUUAAUUUGUGGCAGCUUAACUCCUGUUGUUGUUUUCUACACCCACAUUAAUAGAUCUAAGGAUCAAUGGAGAUGACUUCAGGAUCUUUCAUAUGUGUAGUACCAAGAGUGAGAGUCUCUUUAAAAGCUGUACUUCUUUGCCUUCUUAUAUACAGCAUGACUUUUGAAAAUAAUAAGCUUGUUAGGUUAGGUUAUCAAACCAGUCACCACUACUGACUAUUUGUAUAUGGGGUGGUGGUGGGAAAUCUGCACUUUCAGAAAAGCAGAGUAUUCUGAACUUCUCCUCUGCCUCCUCUAUUUUCCAUGGUUGUCAGCAGUCAAAAGAUAUUGAGACACAGGGUUUUCUUCUGAUGCAGAAACAUGCAAGUCUGAACAGACCUUCUGUUCAGUAUCCUGAUCUGUGAAUUACCUUGUUGCCGACUCAGGACAUGUUUUGGCUUGGCUUAGUGUGGCUAAUUGGCUUUGUCAUAGCUUGGAAUGCAAGGGAAGAGAAGUCCUUGAAAUGACCUUGUUGGCAGCUGUUUAAUGUGGAAGUUCUGUUUGACUUUGGAAAUGUUGGUUUAGAACAUGAGAAAGUAAGUUGUCUGUUGUGUCCCAUUGUGAACUGGGAAUUAAAAUAUCAUGCCUAGUGUGAAAGAGUAGUACUAAUGGAGUGGGGAGGAACCAGGAGAAGAAAACAGAGCAACAUAACUUAAUUUUGUAUGAUAAUUGAAUAUUUAAAAUACCAAAGUAACUCUUUUUGAAGAAGGUAGCAAAAAUCACAUGGAAUAUACCAUACAUAAAUUUCCCAGUUUUUGAUGUCCUGAUUAAUAUUGGAGCAGAGGAGAGCCGGGAGAGAAGUUGAAUGCAUCAUGGUGAAUGCACUGUAUAGGCCAGGGGUAGGCAACCUAAGACCCGGGGGCUGGAGGCAGCCCAAUCGCCUUCUCAAUCCGACCCUUGGACAGUCCAGGAAUCAGUGUGUUUUUACAUGAAUAGAAUGUGCCCUUUUAUUUAAAAUGCAUCUCUGGGUUAUUUGUGGGGGCAUAGGAAUUCAUUCCCCCCAUCCCCUCCAAUAUAGUCUGGUCCCCCACAAGGUCUGAGGGACGGUGGACCGGCCCACGGCUGAAAAAGGUUGCUGACUCCUGGUAUAGGCCAUACAAAGCAAAGCUUUUGAAGAAAGGCUGUCCAGUGGCCUCUGACUUGUUUCUUUGAGCCUGUUGUGUUAGGCAUCACCUUCUUGUAAGAAUUAAAUCCAACUAUUUCAAAAGGACAAAUGAAUGCCCAGUUGUGUGUUACAACUCUUCAUGUUGUUAGGGACAGGGGGAAGCCUUUCAUUUCAGAGUUUGUUUUGUGAUGGUGGUUUUUCAAAUUUGUCUUAUCCCUGAGCAGAGAUGAAAAGUGGAACUUGUGUUUGAUGCUUAGUAUCUCAUUGCUUUCCAGUAUUGUGUCCUAAUUUACUGAUGCUUGUGUUCUGCUCUGUAGAGUAAUCCUAGGUCAGGGUGAGCAAUAUUUGGAACACCUAGUGGAAAGAUGGUGCAAAUUUUUUGCUAAAGGAUAGGAAUAAAAAAUUAAGUAAAGAUCCUGAAUUUAAUAUUGCACUGCUUGAUGUACGUUCUGCAAACAAACUUCUUUGAAUUUUAGGAUAACAUUCUCAAGAGCUUCAUUAUAGAAGAGAUCUUGAGUACACUGCUACUCAAAAGUAGCAAGAUGCUUUUUUGUCCCAUAUGAUCAAUUUAAAGUACAAUACUUUAGGGGAGAUGGAAUUCAGUUUGCUCUCCUUAUGGUUUGAGAAAGAGCAAUGUAGUUAACUGGGAUGUAUAUUCACAGCACAAGAUGGUGUGUUGAUGAUGUGUCUUUUGUCUACAUUUACGGGCAACAGGGCAUGACUUGAAUAAUUUUAUAUUAUUUAACAUAAAAUCUGUCACUUUUAUCCCUCAAGCCAUGUCCUAUUGCACUUCCUCUCAAGUAAUUAUUCAAGGAAGAACCCUCCCCAUUGAACUUGAUACUGUACUUGUUUUUAUGAAGUUUUUGAAGAAAGCGACUUUGUUGCAUUCUUUCAGCACUGGCAUUGCUAAUAGCACUCAGGAUAUUUCUCUGUAUGGGAAUGCAAAUUAUGGAAUUGAUUUUAGUAGUGGAGUUAAGCACAUGCACAACUCUCUCUGCUUUUGAUUUACAUAAAAAGGACAUUGAAAGGGCUUCAAUUUAGCUACACAGGCCUGUUGCAGGCAUCAGGUUUACAAUCUAGGAGUUUGCAACCUUUUUUUCUUUCCCCUUCUGUUAUAAUUAAUGUAAAUUGUAAACUCCUUGGGAUGGGGAAUUGUAUUUUGCUUAUAUUUUCUUAAAGAGCCUUUUACAGUGUUGUCACUAGAUAAAUUUAUAAUUUUGUACUAUUAGAAAAAAAUCUCAACUCAGCAUUAGAUUGUUGGCAGCCUUGUGUAUGUUUUAGCUUUGUUUGAAAUGCUCUGUGAAAGAUAGGAGUAUUCUGGUUAUCAUAAAGUGGCUUAGAAACAUAGCUGCAAGCAAGAUGUCUGGAGGAAGUGGUUACAAUUAUUGCAUAAUUGGUUGCAUUACUCUACAAAUAUUAGUUGUAGAAAUCAAUAAUGCUUAGAUGUGUAAAUAGCAUGUAUAGCUAGAUGACAAACUUGAGUAUAAUGACUUUUAAAUGCUUGUAAUGUGUGUAUUUUUAAAAUUGCCCCCCAAAAUACCCUAUGGUUUUAAAUUAUGGGAGAGACCUUUCAUGUUUGAAAGCUCAGAAGAAGUAAUAUGGCCCAAACACAUGCAAAUGGACAUACUCUUGACCUAGAUUUUGCCAUGGAACAGGCUGGUGUGAAUCCAUUGAUGGAUUGGGGGAGGAGGGCUUCUAGUAAGCCAAUUGUCAUGGAUGGAUCAUUCUCUGAUAAGACUUAGGCUGACAGUGGCACACUGUAACAGCUGGGGGACCCAUUGACUUGGUCUGCCUAGACUUAAUGGAAUACAAAGGCUUUCUGAAUGCUCUGGGAGAUUUUCCAGUUGACAUGACUGACACUUGGUUGAGGCUCUGGUUUCUCUUUAGAAUGAUGACAAGAAAAGAGUAAAAUACACAAACAGGAAGGUGGACAACUGGAGUACAAGUGGCAUAAAUCCUGAUGUGAAUCUGCCUGGACACAGAUGACAGCACAUUAUUGCUGGCAGUGGCAGCAGUGAAGAAGAUAUAAUUUUCUGCUACCAUUGCAACUUCUAGUAUCUGUUCAACAGUGUCUUUUUGAGUGAUCAGUGGGUUUGUAACAUCUGGAUAGAAAAAGGCGAUGAUGUGGCAACCAUUGGAGCCUACUGUGACAAAUUUGCAAAACGCUAGAAGCAUACAAUUGCUCAGAUUCACAUGGCAUUGGAUAUCACAGAGUGAGUCCUGAGGAAAUGUCCAGAGCUUCUAGUCAGGGUCUUUUGGAUCAGUUCCAUCUAUUGAUGAGCAUGUGGACAAGCUACUUGAAGGAUUUUGGACAACAACAUGCCCUUCAACCUCCUCCCUUGCUUAUCAUAACUAAUAAAAACUAGCUGAAGGAAUGUGACUAGGCAAGUCCUGGGUGCGGUGAAUGCCUUGCUAUGGGUAGGGGGAGGUACCAUUGGCCCUUAAGGAAGCAGUGGUGCAUCCCCUUCUCAAGAGGAUCUUCCUGGACUCACAGGUGAUCGCCUAAUAACCAGUAUCCCCCUUUUUUGCAAGGUGUUCAAGAGGAUAGUGAUGGUUCAACAGCAGACAUGUUUGGAGGAAGCUGAUUUUCCUGACUCAAUCUUGCUUUAGGCCUGGAUAGGGCACUAAAAUUGCCUUGGUUGUCCUGAUUCAUUAUGUUUGUCAGGAGAGGGAUGGGGAAGUGCAACCUUGUUUGUUUUGCUUGAUCCCUCAGGAACUUUUGAUACCAUUGACCAUGAUACCCUCCUCUAGAGCCUUUGAAGGUUGGAAGUUAGGGGCACUGUGUUUUAGAGAUUUCAUUCCUACCUCCAAGGCCUAUUUCAGAGAGUAACAGUGGGAGACUCUUGCUUAGUUCCUUGAGUUCUCAUGUCAGUCUUUUCCCUCUUGCUCUAACAUCUAUAUGAAGCCAUUGGGAUAUAUCGUCAAGGGCUUUGGAGUGAGGUGCCAUCAGUAUGCCAAUGCCAUCUAGCUCUAGCUUUCUAUUCCACCUGAAUCAGGAGGGGCAGUUCAGAUGCUGGACCAUUACGUGCAGGCAGUAAUGGGCUGUAUGUGGACCAGGAAAUUGAAACAAUCCAGGUAACUUGGAGGUACUGUGUGUUGCAGAUUAUUGAAUCUGGGAAGAAGGGAGAUGGGUGGUUUUGGAUGGGAUUGCAUUGCCGUGGAAGAAACAGGCUCACAUUUGACCCAUCUAUGUCAUUUGAGGCCCAGGAAGCCUUGGUGGCUAGGAGUGCCUUUUCUAGAUGAUUCACCAGCUAUAGCUGUUCCCGCACAAGAAUAGCCUGGCUACUGUGAUCCAUGCUCUUGUAACUUCCAGACUGUACUGUUGCUAUGCAUUCCAUGUGGGACUGCCAUUGAAGACUAUUCAGAAGCAGCAACUAGUGCAGAAUGUAACACCUAGUGGGUAUCUAUGGCUGCAGACAUUAUGCCAGUCUGAAAAAUUAUGCACUGGUUUCCAGUCCGUUAACAAGAUGAAUUUAAGGUGUUAAUACUGACACAGACCCUAAAUGAUUUGGAGCCCAACCAUUUGAAGAAGUGCCUCCUCCCACAUAGACAUGCCUGGGUGUUAAGAUAAGUAGGUGAGGCCCUGAUACCAGCACUACCACCUUUUGUAUUUUAAGGGGUAGGGGUGAGUGAGAGGGGUACCUUGCACCAUCAUUGUAUGGCUUUUGAUGAUUAGUCAAGGUGCACCAAGGCCUUCAGUUGAGUGGAUGUUUCUGUGUUACUGGUCUAUGUGGGUGUUUACUUUAUUUUGUCUUUGGUUACUUUUUGUAGUUUUUAUUGAUUACUUUAAUGUAAAUGCAGUUUUAAUUGGGAUAUUUUUGUAGCCCAUCCUGGGAAGGGGAGACUAUAAGCACUAAAUAAAUAAAUAAAUUUUGAUUGCAAGAGAAAUUUUGCUUUUCUACCUCCUUCCCCCAGCUCUAAAGUUAAUGUAGCUAUUAAAAUAGCUUCCAUUUCAGGAACCCAUUUCUGCUGCUACACUCAAAUGAAAAGCAUUUUGAAGUUUACAGGAUAAUUAGACUGUAAGUGUCUGAAAAAAUUGUAGGCAUUUCAAUCAACAGUUUUCCCAAUUGUUGUGCUCUCCUUAUAAUCUAAUGCAUGGUUAGCACAAGACAAAAACUCUGCAUGUCUAUCGCAGCUGGAAUGUUGCAAAGGAGGGAAGGUAUUUAUUUUCUUAAGUCUAUUUUGGUUUUGUUUUAAAAUUUUCCUCCUCCCUUACUUUUAAAUGGCACUUUUCCAUUCUCCUUGAAUAUUCUUUGACCCUGGAAAGAUACACAGCUACCUUCCUAUUACACCACAUACCCCUUCUUCUGCUUUCACUAUUUUUGGGAGGAACUAGUAAAUUUGACUUGCCUAAGCUUAAUGCUAGCUUCUAAACUGAUUUUAUGAGCUCUGAUUCUAGAUCACAUCUCAUACUAAUGGAAUCAUAAUCUACAAUGUGGGUAGAACUAGCUUUUAAAUGCUAGUUGUGCAAAAAUGAAACAGUUGUUGAUGUGUGGUAAAUGACAGGACCAUGUAUAGGCAGAAUUAAGUUGAUGUAUUUGGAAAAAUCUGGUUGUGCUUCCUCAAGGUAGUAGAAUUACUGUUUUUGUUUUUCCUGUUAUUCCUGAUAAGUAUUCAGAUAUAUACAUUGUUUAUUUUUUUAGUGUGUUAAUCAAAAAUGUAUGAUCUUAAAGUGGGGUGGGGAACUGGAUCUGGCCAGUGGUGGGUCAAAUCCUUAUUUCCUUCACUCUACCCCCAGCAACAGGCAAACUUUGACAAGUGGGAAAGUUUUCCUUUCCUUCAUGGUUUGAAAUAAAAACUGAUGUGGAUAAAAGCACAUGGUGUUAGUUGCAGGUGUUCAUGAUCAGCUGAUUGUCAGCCCUUGGAAAACCCUAUGCCAUGAUGGUCAGCAGUUGCAAAGCGCUGUGCUUCCCCAGUUGCACUAGGGAGUUUUCCUUUGGGGCUUGUUAGCACUGUCUGAAAGUACCAUUUGCAGAUCAACACUUGGGCACUCAGUUUACGAACCCAGUUGCUCAAGCCAUGUCUUUACCUGCCCAGGGGGACACAUCCUGACCUAAUUAAACCUGCCAGCAAGCUGUUCCCAAUCCAUGGGCUAGAUGGUUUCAUGUUCUGAUUGUACAAUGCAGCUUCAUAUUUCUAUGCAAAAUGUGGAGUAGGGUGGUAAAAAAAAAAUGGCAACGAAUGCAUUGUUGUCACAUCUUAUUGACAAAACUACUGAUUUUUGAGUGGAGUAAAACAUGCACUUGUACAUUUAAAUGAGGGUUCUCAGCUGGGGGACAUUGUUAUGCUAUUACUAUCCUGGAGCCAGAGCAGAAGAUAUAUAGUUAGGGUUGCCAUACAUUCGGAAUUUCCCAGACAUAUUCAGAAUACUGCAGCCGCAAGUAUACAAAACUGAAAAAGGCUCAACAACUUUUUGAAAUGUGGCAACCCUAAUAUACUGUACUAUAAGCAAUGCCAAGUCUGUCCACUUUUGAUAUGAAGUAGAUGACCAGCGGAUAUACCAACAUACAAACACAAAUUGCUACAUUUGGGAGUUGUAACACGCAACUUGGACAAUGACAAAUUUACUUAAACAUUUGCUGGCAAAUAGAAGACAAGCACUUGACUUUAAUCUUUCUCUGCUGCUUAAGCCACUACAUGUGAAGUAUGUAUACAGAUAAUGAAUUUUCUCCACCUACUACAAGAGAUAUGUGUUACCAUCUGUGGCUGCAGUUGUCAGAUUGAAGUGAAUAAUGAAUCUGGUUGGGAGUAAGAUGAAGUAAAUGGAUAAACAAGAAUAAUCCAUAACAGGCAACCAUAUAACAUUUGGUUAUAUGUCAGUGAAGACCACCCAGGACAGGCAACAAUUUGCGCAUAGUUUGUCUUCUCUGAUUUUUUUAAAAAGCAGGUCACAAGACAGAAUGUUCCAGAGAGCUCUGUUUAGGCUGAGGAUGGUCCUCCCUUCAGGUUAUAAUAUAAUGUUAACUACCUGCCUCUGUAAAUGUUUGUGCACCCUUGAACAAAUUCGUUGCAGUUCAAAUUCAUUGCUAGCAUAUGAGUGUUGCAGUGGACGUCUUUUUAAAAAAGUGUACUAGCCUACCUGCCUGCACAUGUGCUAGCCAUUUUGUGGCCUAAAACAUCCUAAGUCACUUUAAAGAUUCUCUGCCUGAAUGCAUGAAGGCAGUUCUUACUUACCACAGGGAACCAGGUGAACAACAUUUGCAAGCCUGUACUAUGAUUUAAGAACUUUAGCUAUAUUUUCCUAAGGCUAUGUGGCCUAUGCAGGGAAAACACAAGAGACAAAACAUGAGGUUUGAGCUGGAAGUGGGGGAGCCAUCAUAAGUGAUUAAUUUUGAACUGACUGGGAGGGGGAAAGCAUUUUGAAAUCUCCCCAAAGCCUUUAUCUAUACAAGAUAGUAGACUUGGGCAGUCAGCCACCACUUCACACAUAGCCUACUAGUACAAAGGCCCCGCAGCCAGUGCUUAAUGCAAAUUUGCCUGUGUGCUGCAUGUGAUGAGGAUGCACUUUGUCGGGAUAUUUGCCCUAUGAAAUCUUUGUCCCAGACACUGCCUGUGGGUUAUUCUUUUUAGCAUUUAGCAUGGUGUUGUUUUUAAGUGCUGCUGUUUCCCAAGUCCUUCUUUCUUUUAUAUUUAACUUUCACUUGCCCUUAAACAUAGGUGGCUGAAUGCCAGCUCUUCAAAAUCCACUUAGCCAGUUUCCCCUUUUAAAAUGAAAAAUUGCCAGAAUGGCUAUUCUCUCAAGCCUGAGGUUUAAUGAAGUGUGAAGAGAGCAUUGGUUAAUUCCCGCCGCCGCCCCCCCCCGAAAGCUCUACGUUACAUUUUUAAUAGAAGAAAGGAUAAACGUAGCCUUGUGAGCGAAGAGUUUGAUAAGGUCUGGAUUUUGCUGUUUUUGAACAACCAGCAACUGCCACAGACAAGGUCCUCUUGAGAGAGGCAGAUAUAUUGGCCUACUAGAUUUUGAUAUGAGUGAAGCCUGGGUCCAAUGCUCAGCUUGCUCUAGAACAGGGGUUCUAAGUUUUUGCAGAAAACCCCAUCUUUCAAUUCAAUAAAAAGAAAUAUAGUAACUGCAGUAAGAACAAUGUUUUGUGGGGGUUUUUGGCUGAUGAUACUCAUGCUGGCUCAGUUUUGGAUACCACAACAAACCAUGGUUAAGGAGGGUUACGUAUGGUUUGGCGUGAUGUUUGAAUAGAGAAACUAUAGUUAGUAUCUUUGCACCACAGUAUCAAUUGCACCACAGAAUCAGGAGAGCAGACCUGGUAAAAAAUGAAAGCAGAUAAGCCGCUCUUAACUAUGGCUUUAUGUUUAUGUUUGGAAGGUUGUCAUGGUUUGGUGUGUUGUGUCGUCCUAGACCCAGGACCUGAAAAAACAUGAUUUUGGGAAUUUGUAGCAUGUACUAAGUCAAUUAGGGCACCGCCUGCAAUGUUUUUCAAUCUUGGGUCCCCAGACUACAACUCCUAUCAUCCAUGACCAUUGGCUAAACUGCAUGGGGCUGAUGGGAGUUGCAGCCCAACAAUAUCUGAAGUUUGAAGAACACCGGAGGAAGCUGUGCUCCAAGUAGAGAGGCAUUCAUUUUCUAUAUUAAAUCAAGUUAUAUUUAAGAUCAGCCCUUAGGGAAUUAUGACUGCUGGGACAGCUGUAAGCCCAAUGUCUCAGAAUGGUCCUGUUUUUCCAUCUGUUAAGUAAGUCCGUGGUGUUCUCUUAUUGAAAAUGCCCUCGAAGUGAUAGAAAAGCAUUGUUCCAAUAUUAUUAGAUUGGAUAACAAAGGUGGAUAUUAAGACAUCUUUCCCUUAAGCAAUUCAAUCAGAUCAGGUAUUUCUAAUGCUCUUUUCUUGAUUUUGAAUAACGGGGGUUGCAUUCCCCAACCUUCCAAUAUUAGGUUUCUUACCCUGUUUUUUUAUUUAAUAAACAUUACAGUGAUACCUCAGGUUAAGUACUUAAUUCGUUCCAGAGGUCCGUUCUUAACCUGAAACUGUUCUUAACCUGAAGCACCACUUUAGCUAGUGGGGCCUCCCACUGCUGCCACAUUCCUGGAGCACGAUUUCUGUUCUCAUCCUGAAGCAAAGUUCUUAACCUGAAGCACUAUUUCUGGGUUAGCGGAGUGUGUAACCUGAAGCGUAUGUAACCUGAGGUACCACUGUAUACCGCCCUUCAACAGAAACACUCAGGGUGGGUUACAAUAUAAGAUUCAUAUAUAGAGUUGCUUCAAGAUGUCAGGCUGAGUAUUUUUGUGAACUACAGGUUGAGUAUUUAUGUGAUUCUGAAUAAAAGCCUUUAACUUUCACAGAACUACCUUGUGGUUUCUUUGAGUGAUUUGGCAAGGAUCCAAAAAGCUACUUGGGACACGCCCAGUCCAAUUGUCACAGAGUAAAGCUCUGUGUGUGUGUUUCUAAAGUGCUGGGCGGGGUGCGGUGGGUGGAUCCCAAUCUUUGUCUAUUAUAUCAACCUGUGCUGGUGUUGGUACUUUCACUUAUAUGACAUUUCAUGAGUUCCUUUUGUGUCAAACAUAACAACUUUGAAAAUAAAACCCAGAUAUCACAGUAAAAACAGCAACCAACAUUUUUUAAAUACAAACAAUAGCAUUCCAAAUAACAUAGUAACAACAAGAAAAUGGCAUUAACUUUGUUGUCCAAGUGGAAAACAAAUUAAACAAACAUUUCCGACAGCAAAAUAUAACCCAGGAAAUAGCUUGGUGGCUCUUACUCUACAAAGGACAGAUAAUUCUGUAGGGUAUAGGCCACUCCAGAGAAGGCCUGCUUCCUAAAAUUUAUACACCUCUUGAUUGUGAGAAAACCUCUAAGUGGUUUUCAAAAAAGAAAAAACAAUAAAAUUAGAAAUAAAACAAUAAUCAUACAUGAGGCACAAAUACCUUAGAAAAUGGUAGCUUAGAAAAGGGACUUGACACCUUUCCGCAGGGCCUGCAAGACAGAGCUGUUCCACCAGGCCUUUGGCCAGGGCACAGCCUGACUCCCUCCUUCGGCAAUCCUCGCGGAGCUCUGGCCCAAUGGUUGCCAGUGGCCUGAAUUAAUUAAUUUUAUAAUGAAUGAUUUUAGAGUGUUGUGUUGUGUUGUACUGUUGUACUGUUUUAUUGUUGUUAGCCGCCCUGAGCUCGGCUUCGGCUGGGGAGGGCGGGAUAUAAAUAAAAUUUAUGAUGAUGAUGAUGAUCAUGAUGAAAUACAUAUGUAGAUCAUUGUGGUUGAUCUGAAAACAUAAUCCUGAAUCUUGUGGUACACAAUCCACAGCUUGACAAGCUACAGUGGACAGUGAAGGCAGUGUUCUGCUUCUGCAGUCAGCUUCUGACUUACGUUUGAUGUAGGUUAGCAGAGCAUCUGUUCUGCAGUUCAAUCUCACUAUGCAGCUCCAUGCCUCCCUGCUUCUUGGUGUUCAUCAGUCUCUUUCCCUGUCUGCCCUUUAGAAUUUGCUGCUGUUAUAGGUUCAUCAAUUUGAGCAGAUGAGAGAUGGGCCAUGAAAGGCUUAGGUAUGAUUUUGGUACAUAAAUGGUGCAGUCAGAAAACUUUUCCUUUUCAGCCUACCCACCCCUUUUCCUCUUCACUGACAAAGAUGGAUAACAGAACCCUUAACAACAACAAAAAAUUCCCUUGCUCCUCAAGGCCUUCCUGUGGUCCACACAUUAGAUUUAUGCUUAAGCUAGCUAUUGUCAAUUUGCCAUCUAUCCAAAAACCUCUUUCCUAAAGGAAGUGUGUAUUUGUCAGUGUAUAAAGUGUUAAGCUUUCCAAGUCCUAAUGGACCAUCAAAAGUCACCUCCAUCCAUACGAAUCUACCUAACCCUUGAGAUCUAGUGAGAUCUUGCUAUGCCUUCUCCCUGUCAGUGGAAGAACGGUGGGUAAAUAUGAGAGAAUGGCCCAUUCUUUGGUGGCACAGAGACAGUGGAGUGUCCUGUCUGGCCUCAUUGCCUCUAACCUUUAAAAAAUGAUUAAUAUGUUUUCUGGCAGACAUUGUCUGCUAUACUGUUUUAAUGCAGAGGUUUUACUGCUACUGUCUGUUGCAGACUGAUUUGUUUUCUGUGAUGGUUUUAAAAUUGAUUUUUGAUACAUUGUGUUAUUCUUAUACAGUGGUACCUUGGUUCUCGAACGUAAUCCGUUCCGGAAGUCCAUUCGACUUCUGAAAUGUUCGGAAACCAAGGUGCGGCUUCCGAUUGGUGCAGGCGCCCUGGAAACAGUAGCCGACAGUCGCAUCAGAUGUUUGGCUUUCAAAAAGUGUUUGAAAACUGGAACACUUACUUCUGGGUUUUCGGUGUUCGGGAGCCGAAAUGUUCGAGUACCAAGGUGUUCAAGAACCAAGGUUCCAUUGUAUACUACUUGGAAUAUAUUGUUUAUAAAAUGGUGGAAUUAAAAAUGCUAAAAGUAAAACAGGAUAGUUUGAAACUCAGUCACUUGCAGCACUUCCCACUCUUUUCUGUUUUUGUUAGCUUUUGCUGUUGAGUAACACACACUAUUCUGUAGCCCUUUGGCUUUUAAACUAAUUUUAUUAAUUUUAAACGCAUCAAAAAACCUUAAUGAAAAAUACCUGUUGGGGAUUCUGAAAGAAACUGUGUUUCCUCUUUAAGUGUGAGAACUUAUUUAUAGAUUAACAACAGAAUAUAUUGCAUGUCCUGCUAAAAGAAAAUAACACAGUUAAUAUUGACUCAACAAAUAAGUAAAUUAAAGGCCCUUCAAUGUGAUGGGAGACUUGAGGUUUUAAGAUGAAUAUGGAUUUUAGCUAUCUGGUCUUAUUUUUAGAAGAGAAGCCAUAGAAACAUCACUUGAAAGUUGAACUCACCUUGGAUACAGACUGGAAAGAAGUCAUACUUUAGUUCCCUUUUGCAUAAAAUUGGGUGUAGGGAGGAGAAAAACGGCACAUCUGUGGCCUGCAUGAAUCUUGUAGCCCUGAAUUUCUGCUUUGCUCUCAUUACCACUGAUAAAUGGUGGAUUUUUUAAUUGGAUAUCAAUGCUUCAGUUGAUUAAUCAGUAGAUUAAAGUGUACAUUCCUAAAAGAUGCCUUACAGUAAUUAACUGCAUCUUCUCAAGGGAAAGGCUAGUUGUCGGCUAACCUACACUUGACCUUGCUCUUAAUUUAGAUGAAAGCUUUGGGGACCAAAGUACAGUAGUAAUUUCUGGGUGGAGUUGGAGCCACCCUGUACUGAGUUUCCACCCUGUGUUCAAAUCCUGCUGGCACUUGUCUGGAUCUUACCAAUUUGAGCUAGACAUAUUUGAAUGUUCUGUCAUAGCUGCAUUCUUUCUUUGCACUUCCUGCAAAAAUGUCUGGGCUUUUAUGUUGGACUAUAAGUUUUUAACCUUGGUCACAAUGAGCCCACCCCAGAAGUGUGGAAGAAUUGACUUGAGCUAUGUAACAUUGAAGGAAGACCAUUCAAUACCAGUGGGAACUGUGAACUUUGUCUCAGGCAGUGAAUGGGCAGAGUAAUAGAAAGGGCUGCAAAAACCUGUGCUGUGGUGUUGAGGUUCCAAAGGGUAGUUUUGCAAAGGUGAAGGUGUUGAUCUGUUGGCUCCAGUGGUGGUCCAUCGAUGAGGAAAAUAUGCUUCCACUCGGACUAUAUUUCAAGGAUCCAGGUUUUUCAAAGCCAGGGUUUGUCAAGACAAUUCAAUCCCAAAACAGUAUCAAGAGUUCAGGACCCAGGAAGAAUUAGGUUGGCAGCUGGAGGAAUUAAGAUCUAUUUCCAACCAAAAUUUGUACAGCUAUUCCUGUUAAUAGCAUCUUUUCCACAGACUUGUUUUUAUGUUCUGAAAACUCUCCUGCACCAUUGUCAGUACUGUUGACAAGGACUGCUUGUUGACAAGGAAGAAUGGGGCAAAUUCAAAACACCAGGAGACAGAGUAUAUGCCUGCAGAUUUAGUAAUGACUGCAUUAAAAUAAUGAAAACAAGAGCAACCAUAACUUUAGCAUCCAGACAUGGGAAAUUUCCCCUCUAGUCUUAAGGUCAGAGAUUCUGGGUUCCCUUAGGAGGAAGGGCAGAAUAGAAAUUGAAUAAAUAAUGUUCCUUUGCACAAUAUCCAAAUGACUUAAACAUGAAUUUAUCCAGGAAAUAAACCUGUGAAAACAAGCUUCCUGCUGGUGAGCAAUUAAAUCUCAUGAAGUUUUGAAAUGUUGUGAUGACAUUUGUGUACAAGUUCAGAACCCAGUUUCCUUCCUGUUCACGUGAGUUCUCUCCUUCUGUGUUGUGUGAGGUUGCAUUUUAGACUCAAAUUUGACCUCCACUUUCCCUGUAGUCAUCUGGGUCCUGAAGUAGCCACACACAAAUAACUUGAUUAAUUAUCAAUACUUUAUGCAUGAUACAUCCAAACGAAAUGUUGUAUCAUAUUUUAAACCUAGUAUUAUCAUUUCAGAACCUCUAGGGUUAAGCAAGCGAGAAAGUUCUAAACAGAUAAAAGGCUUAUUAUUGUAGAAAUGUCAAUAGUGCAACAAGAGCUUAUCCUUUAUAUAACAUUUCCAGCAUGAAUUCUUAGCUUCUGCUUACAUUAUUAUAUUAACUUUAUAAUCUUGACAAAAUGGAAAGCUUUCUAGUACACAUAGAAAGAGAUGUGCAUGUAUGUGUUGAAAAAAUGAAACGAAAAGGACUCAUCCUCCUGGCAAGUGCCACUCGGAAAUCUGUUUUCUGUGCCUCUUGGCAUACUUGAAGAUAACAGUCUGUCUCACUCAAGUUUCAAUCUGAGCCAAAUGGAUUCAGAUUGCCUACAUAUGGAGAAUUCAUGGUAGGUAAAGGACAAAGUUGGUAGCAUUGCCCUGCCUCCUAAGCUGCCUUGUGUUCUGGAAGGCUGGAAGAGUGUGCUGUUCUUGAUCAUUUUCUUGGUAGAAAUAUACAGUAAAAUACUGAUUUCAACUGCCUUGUUUGGGGAGCUGGAAGUGGAGAGGAGAGACUGUUCCAGCUGCUUUAUAGUUCAAGAAAGGGUAAACCUUGUGUCCUUUCACAAUGGGCAAAUGUAUUUAUGUAAAAGUUUUUGUUUCAGGAGUUCCUGACCUAUAAUCUAUGUUUUUUAUUUCAUUUUACUUGACAGAUUGUUCAGCUUGACCUUGAAAAAGCUAAUUAUGCUGAAAGAGAUGGACAAAGAUCUAAAUUCUGUGGUGAUUGCAGUGAAACUGCAGGUACGUGUAAUAAGGGAGCAAGGAAUUUUUCAAGCUGUAUAUUGUAUCUGAGGGACGCGGGUGGCGCUGUGGGUAAAACCUCAGCGCCUAGGACUUGCCGAUCGCAUGGUCGGCAGUUCGAAUCCCCGCGGCGGGGUGAGCUCCCGUCGUUCGGUCCCAGCUCCUGCCCACCUAGCAGUUCGAAAGUACCCGUAAGUGCAAGUAGAUAAAUAGGUACCGCUUUAUAGCGGGAAGGUAAACGGAGUUUCUGUGUGCUGCUCUGGUGCCGGUUUGCCGGAGCAGUGUCGUCACGCUGGCCACGUGACCCGGAAGUGUCUGCGGACAGCGCUGGCUCCCGGCCUGUAGAGUGAGAUGAGCGCACAACCCUAGAGUCUGUCAAGACUGGCCCGUACGGGCAGGGGUACCUUUACCUUUACCUUUACCUUUACCUUUACCUUUACCUUUAUAUUGGCCUUAGCAAUUGCAAGGCUUGCCAAUUGUGUAUAGCUCUGGAGAGACCCAGUUCCCUUUCUCCUGUUCUUGGGGUUGGAGUGGUAGUAGUGUUAAGCUUUUCCAUUUUCCUAUGGAAUGGGCAAAAUGUCUGGCUUGGAGCAUUGGACUCUCUAAUUCAUUAUGUGGAACUUCAUGUUCAAAUUUAACCUACUGUGCCUAGCCUAGCAUCCUAGCCCUAUAUACCUGAAGGAGCAUCUCCACCCCCAUCAUUCAGCUCAGACACUGAGAUCUAGCUCGGAGGGCCUUCUGGCGGGUCCCUCACUGCAAGAAGUGGAGUCACAGAGAACCAAGCAGAGGGCUUCUUUGGUAGUAGCACCCACCCUGAGGAAUGCCUGAAAAUGGCUCUGAAAAUAGACCAAUUCACUGGAUUGAUUAAAAAAUUAGUACAUACUGUAUUAGUGUUCUUGUACCAGUUUCUUCAGUAUGUUGUUUGGGGCUCAAGUAUCCCCAUGUUGAAGACUAAAAACAAUGAUGCACGCCUCUUGUUCUGUGCGAGUUGCAGGGUUCAAAGAGGAUUCUGAGGUCCAACGAGAUUGUCUUACCUGUCAGUGGACUUGUGGAAACGGAGCUUCAGUUGACUUUCUCCUUGCAGGUAAAUACAGUUUAACUAAAUUAAUGGGGGUGCAUAGAGGGGAGGGUUGCUGGGGGAAGGAAGGGAUAGAAGACCCUUUCUCCAUAAACUUCAUCAACAUACCUUAGGAUCUUUCUCUAAUACUGUACUCAACACUAAUGUCUCACAACAAAUGUAACUGAUUUGUUAGAAAGACUGUACAACCUGAAAAAAGCGAGAAGGCAUGUACGUUUGUGAACCAAGAAAAUCUUUAUUAAAAAAAACUUUUUAAAACAUACCUUAGCAUCUAAUCCUUAGUCUUUAAGGUGCCACAAAACUUCUGUUGUUUUUAAUGUAAUAGGUUUAACAUGGCUACUCCUUUGGAAGUAGCAUAGUGUUAGUGUGCUUCAGAUUUUCUAAACAAGAAGCUUAAUAACUGUACAGUGGUUUGGGGAUAUUUGAAGAGAGAUUGCUGUGAAAUUUCAAAUCUCGUUACACCCACACUUUCGUAUUCCCAGGAAGCAAUGCCACACUCUUCCUGCUGUGUGCCUAGCAUGAUAGCUUUUCAGAUUGAGAAUGUGAGGCUUAUGCAAUGUGUCGAAGAUAGCUUUCCAGUGAAUUUCUCUUCUGUGCUCCUUUUCUUCAGGGAAAAUGCUCAACUUCUUUUUCUCCCUUUCAUGCUACAUAAAUAGCCAUUUCUCAGCACAUGGUGUUAAAAAGCAUUGGACCUGUAGAGAACUGUAAAAUGUAUGCAAUCUGUAUUAAACUGUUCAGCUUCACUGCUGUUUACGGGGUGAAUUACAUUCUUAAAGCAUCUGAAGUGUUUAUCUAAGAUGGGACAGAGAGGAUUUAUAUGUUAUCCUCUUCUCCUUGCUAGUAAAAAUCCAGUGCAAUCACAAAGCCAGGAGGUGAUGAAUCUGGGUGUUUGGGGGAUGGUGAUGUGCAAUUUGUUUUAACGAGAAUUCUUCCAGAAUAGUUCAGACAUUACCUCUUCCUGAACCAGCUGUCUUGCAUGGGGAAGUAAGCUUUUGAGUUGCACAGUUGUUGGAUCCAUUUUUAGACCAUGUCCUUUAUACUGAAGUGGCAACCAUUUUUGGAACAUCAUUCCUGACUCUAAGAAAUGGCAAGCAACUAUACAAUGGGACAUUUCCUCACACUUUAAAAUCCUUUUGAAGGCAUGAAUUGAAUGGAAUAUAUUGAUUGGGCCAUUUGAAACGGUUUCCUAAUCAUCUGGAGAGUAUUUUAGCUAAUAUAGAUUAUGAGUUUUGGGAAAGAUAUGUGGGGCCAGCUGGCUGAUAGUACUGCUUUGAAGCUUACUGUGUUGACCAUCUUGAUAUGCUGUCAAUAUAUUUAUAGAGAAACCAGAGAUUGGAACUGAGGGAAGUUGGGGGGGGGGGUUGUUUUAUGGGAGGGGAGGGGGAAAUGGGGGAAAAUUAAGGAUGAUAUGAUUUAAGAUAGUAUGUUUUGUUUAAAUUCCUAAUAUAUUUUUAAAAAAAAGAUAUGCUGUCAAUAGCUACAGAUUAGUAUUAAGCGAUCUAUAACCUGAAGACUUGCAAUUCUUGUACUAAAGUUGAUUCAAGAAAACAUUACACUCAGCCUAAUCUCCUUCUAUCGGGACUUACUGUUGUACAAGUUUGGUCUGCAACUUAUUUACAUGCCAUUUCCUUUGGGUUCCUCUUGCAGUACCCCCACUUCCUGAAGCGAGAUGCCAACAAGCUGCAGAUCAUGUUGCAGCGAAGGAAACGGUACAAAAACAGGACCAUUUUGGGCUACAAAACUCUAGCUGUUGGCCUUAUUAACAUGGCUGAGGUAAGGGAAGUUGGGAGAACUGGUUUUCUUGAGAAAAAUAAUAGAUGUUGAUUAUACCUCCUAGUUGGAUAAUGUUUCUAGGGAAAGCACACUACGUUGUGAAGUGUUACAUUUUUUGAAGGGGACUUAAAAAGUGAGCACCACCGCCACCACUACAGUGUGAGAAUUGAUUUGGGGAAGUGCAAGCUUGGACAGUGAGGUUUUGCAUGCAGGAAGGUCCCAGGUUCAAUCCUCAGCAUCUCUGGGUAGAGCUGGGAGGGACUUCCGUCUGAAAUCACUAUUCAUUAGUGUAGACAGUACUGAGCUAAACUGACCAAGUAGCCUGACUUGGUGGAAGGCAGCUUCCUAUAUUCUUAUAUAUUUCCCUCCACAAAAGUUGUGGCACUAUAAACAGAUAUUUGGAGAAGCAAAGAGAGGUAAAUUUGUUUCAUGGUGUUUGGGCAGGAAUGCAAAAGCUUUCAGCAAAUUAAGUUCAGUCGCUAGCAAUGCUGUGCCAAAUGUAGGUUGGAGACAUUUGCAUCCAUAGCACUGCCUACCUUCUCCCUUCCAUCGUCACUAUUUUGUAUGUUUAGCCCCCUUUACAAGAAUGAGCUUUCCCAGUUGGUUGAGUUUUUUGUCUUAGGCUGACAUUGGUGUGUGCUUCACGUUCCUUGCUGUAACAAUUUCUUUUCUUUAGUAGAUUGACUUACAUAAUUGCCUGCUGUGCAUUUUAAUUUUGCAAUUUUCAGGAAACGUAAUCAGAUCAUCUAGCCACUUUGCUAUUGCUGUUUUAUCUGUAUUUAAGCUUUCUGGCUGCGUUCCUGAAAUUGUACUGUUUUUCUUCUCCAGGUUAUGCAGCAUCCAAGUGAAGGAGCCCUGGUGCUGGGACUCCACAGUAACGUGAAAGAUGUUUCUGUCCCUGUUGCUGAAAUUAAAAUCUAUUCCCUGUCCAGCCAACCAAUAGACCAUGAAGGACUAAAAUCAAAAUUAUCUGGUAAGAAUGUUUGUAAGACUUUACUUUCUGGAUUUUGAGCAGUCCCAGUAGUUGACAUAUACUAAUGCAGGACCCAGUCCUCAAACAGUUGUCAAAAUUUAAUUUCAUUUCUUUCACUUUUAAUUUGUAUACUACCAUUCUGUAUAAUUUAAUUUCUAUACCACCCUUCAUCCGAGGAUCAUGGAGCAGUUUACAAUAUAAAAACACCAUGGGAAACUCCAGGUCUUAGAUUCAGAAAGGUUCUCUGCCCAGACUUCUACCCCUGUAUCUUGCUUUCUGCUUCUGAUUUCCUGGUGCAGUUGCUCUGCUUCCCUUGGAUAUUUGUAUUGAACCAAGAGUGAGCAACCAUUUUUCCAUGACCAUCUUAACAACCUUUUCUCAAUAGAAGCAAACCAAAACAUAUCUGCAGUAUUUGGACUGAAAUCUGAUUCAUCAUUUUUUCACAAGAAAUUUGUUGUAUGCUGCAUCUGAGUGUGCACCUUUGGUUUCUACAGUACCCAAAUGUUUAGGGUGUCUUUUGUGGUGGAGCAGGAGAAGGGGAUGGGACACAUAAAGUAUCUGUUAUUACAGAGAGGACUCACAAUAUUCUCUAAGAGCUGCAAUUCCCACAGUUCCUUGUGGUGGGGAGGGAGACCAUGCCUAUUAAACUACUUUAGGUUGGGAGUGAUAAAUGUGGUCCAAAUGAAAUUCUAAAUCUGUGACUUUCCAAAAUACAGUUGGCUUAUUCUGCCCAUGUGCAGUGUUAUAUAGCUGCUAUGCCAGUCAAAGCUGCAUUCUGUUGGUUUUCCUGUCUUGUCUUGUGCUGAUUGGCUAAGCCUCAGCUCAGUGUCUAAGGGCUGCCUUUGCAUGCAGAAAAUCUUAGAUUGAAUCUAUGGCAUUGCCAGUUGAAAAGACAUCUGGUAGCAGGACUAGGGAAAGCCUGUGGCUGAGAUCUUAGUGAUUUGCUGCCAGUUAGUGGGCUGCCAAUCAGAGUGAGCAGCACUGGGCUGACUUGGUUAUAAGUCAACUUCGUAUGUUCUCCAGUGCAUACAUGUAUCCAUGCAAAGUCCAUACAAAGCAGAUUAGAUCUUGUGUUGGAUUCCCUGCUGUGGUUGAAAUUGUCCUAGUGCCAAUAAUAUGGAUGCUUGAGGCACAGUGAAAGCAAAGGAGUGCUUGUAGCAGCAGGCUUACAGCUGGUGCUUGGCAGCCUGUGGUGUGCUCAGUUGUUAGUCUUAAAGUGUGCAAUUUUUCAGGAGAGCAAUCCCAAUGCUUUUUGGAUCUAGUACAGUAAUGUCCACUCUUGCUGUGUCUUGUUUUGACAAUCCAACCUAAUUCCUUCAAACACUGCUAUAUUUAGCCUUCUGUCUUGGAUUUUUCUGCUUUAUGCUACUCCCUCCUGGAUGGCUGCCUAGGCAAUAAAUCUGGUUGCUAAGGAAACUGAUGGAGAUGUAGACUCUGUGCUGGAUUUAUUCUGAUAUUUGGGUUUAUUACCAGCAAUGUUGUGAGUGACCGGAUGCGAGGGAAAGCUGGGAACUGAGAUGAAGUCAUUACACUAGGCUCCAGUGUUAUUAGUGCCUUUAUCUGAGAAUAAUGGAAAUGGGUUCACUUAGUUGCAUAGUGUCAGAAUUUUAAUCUAAAAAUGAUCUUAUACUCUUUAUAGUGGAGAAAGAUGCAAGAUACAGUAAACUAAUAUCCACUGUUAAAUGGAUAUAAUAAAUGGGGACAGCUUUUUAAAAAUUACAUUUAUGUAUUGUUCUUGAGGGUGGCAUGCCUGUGUAUCUUUGGUGGUGGUGAGGUACCAGAUUGGCCUGAAUAUAAGCUGCACGUUCCCCCAAAAUUCUGAACAUGAAAAGUUGAAGUGCGGCUUUUAUUUGCGACCUUACGGUAUGCAGCCAGGAGCACAGGGCAAACAGUGGCAGGAGCGUGGUGAAGUGGUGCCUGCCCCGCACGUAGUCCCCCAUCCUCUCCCCCAAGGCUGGGAAGGGAGACAGCGAGGAAGGAGAAAGGCAAUGCUGCCCCCCCCCAGCAUGCAGCCAGGAGCAGCAAGAAAUGGAGCGGCUUAUAUUCGGGCAUUUUUUCCUUCCCCCCCUUCCAAUUUUAAAGGUGCGGCUUAUAUUUGGGUGUGACUUAUAUUCGGGCCAAUAUGGUAUUAUGAUAUUUACCCUUGCAACCAAUUUGUGAGUUAGGCUAAUUAGAGAAUGAAUAAGUGAUUGGCCCAAGGUUUCCCCGGUGGGCUACUUGGCUGAGUAAGGAUUUGAACCCAGAUCUCUGCAAACCCAGCCCAGUAUUCUUUCUAUUCCAUAUAGGCCAUCUUCAGUGAGAAUGAUGCUGAUGGGGUUGGAUUUGGGCACAAUUGUCCUUUUAGUCUGCAUUUGUGAGACUUAAAGCCUGUCAUUCAAAUACUGUUCACUAAUCAGGAUUCAAGCUUGGUUAAAAGCAACCCCUACUGCCAGACUUGGGGAUAGACUUUGGUGACUUAGGUCUGAGUUGAAGGGGCAGCAGUCAAGCAGAUUCAAAGUCCUGCUUUAAGUCCAUGUGUUAGAUGGUAUCCCACUAAGGCCAGCAUAAUAUACUUCCAUUUCCUAAUCCCUACUGAAUGUAGCAGACGAGCAAGUUCAAAUUGUAAAGCUCAUUCAGGUAACUGAAGUCACUUCAAUGGCACAUGGGCACACUGAAAAGAGGGGGGGAUCUGCUUUUGUCAGGCUUACCAUAAAUGCAGAUUUCAUUUGUGAAAUGUCUGCCUAAAUAAUGGCUCUGGCCUACAUUUAUAGUCUCUUUAAUUACUUCCCCUAAAUAGCUGGGCAAUGUUUGCUGUUGGUGACUAUGUAUUAGGCUUGAUGGAGCAUUUGGCUGAUUGGAGAGGGCAGUUGUGAAUCUUGAAUUGUGCUGUUUUGCUGGUAAGCCCCAUCCUCAAGAAUGAAUGAUGAGCUGUCAGUGUGAAUGAGAAAUAUCAAGUUUGAGGUCACCCAGGGGGGCUAUGCAGAUGCAAUGAUUUUCAUAGCUACUUAUGCUGUCUGGUCUGACUUGAAUUGACCCUUUGGAUGAAUAUUUAAAUGCAGAUCCCUCCGGUUGCUUUAUUUCCCUGAUAUGAUACAGAAAUAUCAUGUUCUUCAGUUAUGAUUCAAAAGGCUCAUAUUGGCUUGAUUUGAAGGACACAGUAAGCCAUAGCAGGAAACAAGCUAAGGCUUCCUGUCAACAAGCAGCAUGCUAGUGCAAACUCCUCAGUUAUCCCCAUUUUGCUCUGCCCCGCCUGGAGCUGAAAAACAAAUGAUAGAGCAACUGGCUUAGUGUUACAUGUGGCCCAGUCCUCAUCGUUCAUAUUUUCUCUAAACAAACCAUGAGUUGAAGCUGCUUGUUUGUGGUGUUCCUAACUAUGGCUUACUGUCAAGUACUAAUGGGGCAAUUUUAUUUAUUACUGGCUCACCUAAUGUGUUUGUUGUAUUUCUGGGACUCUGUGAAUGUUAAAAUUGUUGGCAUUCCUGCCAGUUCAAAAAUUAAGAUCCAAUCUAGUCUGCACAAGCAGUCAAGUGAGGUGAUAGGAUCCUGAAGUAACAAGGGUAGAUUGUUAGCUUAAUUUGGAGAGCAUAAAGGGCGGGGGGAUUCUCUUACCUGCUGUCUGAGUUGAUAACAAACAGUGCCCUCCUCCCUGCAAGUGGAAAAACAAAACUUGUAUCAAAGAGAGAUUCAUCCAGCUCACUCCCUGUUUAGUUAGUUUUCUAUUUGUUUUAUGCUUUGUGCCUUGGAAGGACUUUGCACAGAAAGGCAGCAUGCACAUAUUGAAAAAAACUUUUUAAGUACUUGGAUUUUUUUUAUAGAGAAGAAUUUUUAAAAAGGGAUAUGUCUCACCUGCACCCUGAAGUGGUACACCUCGGGACUCUACCACUUUAUUGUGCUGUAUGCUGGAAACACUUUACUAAUCCACCAUGAGACUCCUAGAACUGAUUUUCAUGACAUGUAUAAUCAGUAAGACAAGACGACCAACGAAAAGUGGGGAGAAGUUACAUAUUCUGAUGGAGCACAACAUGCUGGCCACUCAACAACCAGCUGCCUUCUUGCUUUACAUUCUCCUGAAUUUGCAUGAUCUUUGUCCCUUGAACCUUCACACUGGGGCAGCCUUGACUCCAGUUUGCAUAUGAAAAUGUAUUCAGUUUAGCUGCAAGUUUGGCAAGUUGGCAUUUCAUAACUCUCAAACUAUCCUCCAGAUCGCUCUCCUGACAUUGACAACUAUUCAGAGGAGGAAGAGGAGAGCUUCUCUUCUGAACAGGAGGGGAGUGAUGACCCCCUACAUGGACAGGUAAGCUUCUCUUUUCACCUAGUCAGUCCCUUCUGUGAGGGCAUGUUGAGAAUGGAUUGCUCAGCAGACUCCUAAAGGAACUUGGGAACUCUGACACCUGUUCACAGAUGAUUACAUCAUAGUUCCUGUGUACUACUUACCUCUCCAAUAUCCCCUAUUGCAUUAGAUUCAUUUUAACCUUUUCUAGUUGUUUAUUAAAGCUGAGUUGGAAACCCGAGAAGGAGCCAGGUGAGCCCUCUAAAAAUAGUUGCUCACCAAAUCCUGAUGUAAGCUGAUUAGAAAGAACAAAGUGUAGCAGAAAAGAGUUCAUGGGAGUAGGCUGUAUGGCACUUAAAAAAAGAAAGUGAGUCUUCCAACCAAAAUUAUACAAAUACCGUAUGAACACAAAAACCAGAUUAGCAUAAUAACACAAAUAAUUAAAAUAGCAACAACAAGCAGUUAACCACUGCUGUAUCAUGCACUACAAAUCUCUAACAAAGCAGUUUCACUUAUACAGUAUACAAAGAAUACAAAACUAUAUGUUAUUUUGAUUCCUUUUGCGUUGUUUGCAAUAUAAAAAAAUUCAAUGUGGCUUUAAUGCAUUCCCAACAAUGAGUAUCAAAUUAUAUAUUCCUGAACCUUAUUCACUUAAUAGAUAACAAAAGUGAUUAAUUUUUCAGCCAAUUUAUCAUAAUUCUGUCUGCCUUCUCUCUUGAUGGUUUGGUUGACCAUACAAAUCAUGCCCCAUGCUUUAUUUAACCAACCAAUAUUGGAGGCCAGGAAUUCUUCAAAUUAUAAGCAAAUGUUAUAUGAGGAGCAUUCAGCAAAAGAAGAACCAUCUCUUGUUGUUUGUUAAAGUUGAAUCUUUAACAUAACCCAGCAGGAGGGAUUAAUGGAUCCACUGAUAAAGAACAGCUUGUUACAGUUUAUUUUUCUGUUACUACAUCAACCCAAAAGUGGGACAAGACCAUGGCAUUUCUAAUACUGAAGGCCGACUCAAAGUGUCAUAGAUCUGAGGAGGUUAACUAAAUGACAAAAGAAGCAAACCUGUUACCAGUUAAUAUCCUGAAUAGGAAUGGCUGAGAAUAAAAUACAUAGGUUUCCUAAGUAGUUUUGGCCAGUGUUGGCCAUCUUGGAAUUUUCAUGUCUGGCUGUGUUCAUGAGGUAGAACUACACAGGUCAUUCGAAGCCAGAUCAAAAUACCAAGUCUGGUAUCCCUAACAUUUCAUGGGCAAAGAAUGAGAUUUUGUCCUGCUUUGGAGGGCCUUGUUCAUAACUAUGUGGCUGGGUGUUCUUUGUGUUCUGAAGUGGUUUCUCCCCUGCACCCCCUAGGAUUUGUUUUAUGAAGAGGAGGACCUUAGGAAGGUGAAAAAGACUAGGAGGAAACUGACCUCAGCUUCUGCAAUUACUCGGGUGAGUAGCACCACAAGCGGACUUGUCAGGCGAGGAGUUUGGGGCCUGCCUCUUCUCCCCCCCCCCCAUCUUCCAGUCCAUCCUGCAUCUGUCUGCUUGGUAAUCCCAAGAGACCAGGCAUAGGUGAGACCCACUAUGUGGCUGUAACACACUGAGGUGAAGAUGCUUCAUAGCCUCAAGAAGAGCAAAUGUUUACCUCCUGUAUUGUGUGGCCACAAUGUGCCAAAUAUUAAACUUCUGUUGGUUUGUGUGUGAUUAGAAGCUGUAUUAAAAAGGAGUCUCCCAUGCUGGUACUUAGCCAUACCUGCCUAAUUGACUGUUGCCAGAUUUGUUUUAGUACCAAGAUACAGAAUGAGUAGCUGACCUUUGAUGUUGAGUUUCGAUACUCUACCAAAAAGAAUCUGUGAGCUUUUUUCAAGCAGAGCUUAAUGAGAACAACCAUUAGUUGACCACCACAUUCCCACACCUCAGGGGGGUAGAAGCAGAGUUUCCAGGCAGUCUUGACCUGCUUUUUAAUAAAUUAAGAUCUUCCCUCCCCCGCCCCUUUGUAUGCAUUGCUCCUUAAUGCUUAGCUUUGAAGAUGAGUCUUUGAGAACUAACUUUCUGAGCUACCUUCAUGAAAUAUGUACGCUUUAAAGCUGAACUGUUGAGAGCUGCAUUCUUAUCAGGUUUGCAAGCUAAGCAGUGUUGCUCUGGACCAGUUACUGGAAGAAGAGUUUGAGUAAUGCAGAGGUUCUGCAGAGGUGUUUUUUUCUGGCAUUGUGCUGCAGAGCUACUAUUUCCCCCUCCCAUUUGGUGUAGGUUUAUGGACUUGUUGAACACACUGUGGUACUUGGGUUCAGCUAUAUAUGAUGUGGUGUUCUGACAAAUCUGCUACCAUCAUGUUCUGUGGUAGGGGUGCUAAAUUGUGGGGAGAAUUGUCUUAGGAUUUUCAGUGUUUGUUUCACUCUCCCAGCCUCAGUACUCAUCAUGCAUUGUGUCUCAAGAACUCUGCUUGUGCCUGUCCUAGUCAAUUGAUAGGUGGCCUUUCUAAUAAGUAAAUGGUACCUCUUUUUCACAGCAGCCAAAUAUUAAGCAGAAGUUUGUGGCUUUACUGAAGCGGUUCAAGGUAUCAGAUGAGGUAGGUAUGACAACAUUUAUGGUCUAGAUUACUGUAAGUGUGGUUCCUGGUUAUUUUACAAAAAAACAUGGUAAUAAGUGGAUAUUCCAUGAUGACAAUUUCCACAUGAAAUGUAGCUGGCAAUGUUUGGUCUAAAGAGAAGGGCUGAAGUUCAGUGGUAGAGCACAUGCUUUGCAUGGAAAUGAUCCCAGUUUCAAUCCUUGGCAUCUGGUAGGGCUGAGAAAAGACCCCUGAAGCCAGUCAGUGUAGACAAUACUGGCUAGAUGGAUUACUUUGGAAGUAUAAGGCAGCUUCCAAAGUUCCUAAGCAGUUUUAUGAGGGUAGUUUUGGGAUUAUUGGUAUGGCCUGGAGAAAACAGGAGGAACCCUGCUUACAUCACAGCAGCAGGAGCUCCUUUUACCUCUGGAAAGUAUGGUUCAGGUGUCUGCAUGCGUGGGUACAAUCAGAAGAUGAUUUGCCUUGCUGUUUUUGUCUUGUAUUUUCAUUAUAAGAUGUGUCUGUCACUUAUCUGUUUACGAAUACAAAGCAAUAUAGUUUUGUUUGUGUGAUCUGAAGGAAGACACAAGAUUUGCUAAUAGUUUUCAGGUGAAACUGUUUGGCUGACUGAUGCUUGCUUGGCACUGCCCCAGUUUCAAAUACCACAUAUUUGCAUCAAUAUGCAGAAAGAAGAUACAGCAUAGAACUUAACAGAAAGUUGCCCCUCUGAGAAGCAAAUAAUUCUGGGCCUGUCUUAAAGAAUAGGAAGCAGUGUAUUUGGAACAUAGGAGCUUUGAGCACCCUGGUAACUAUGUCUUUUUUAACAGGUCGGCUUUGGACUGGAACAUGUCUCCAGGGAGCAGAUUCGGGAGGUAGAAGAGGAUCUGGAUGAGCUCUAUGAUAGCUUGGAGAUGUACAACCCCAGUGACAGUGGCCCUGAGAUGGAAGAUACAGAGAGCAUCCUCAGCACACCAAAGCCAAAACUCAAGUAAGUGUGACUGGAUAAGUUGGACACCUGUGUGUGUGUGUGUGUGUGUGUGUGUGUGUCAGAGUUGGGAACCAAGAUUCCUGUGCGAGAUAUAAAAUUGCUGAUAUGCUGUUCUUCCACAAAACUCUGAAGCCUGAGUGACUAUGCUUAAGUUUUGUUUUCUUUCAACAUCAAAAAGAUUUCUAUUUUUGACUGAAUGAGGCGACAGAAUGCAUCACUAUGCAUAAAGAUGAUACAGGGUUGCUGUCAGCUGUUAAAAUUUUAGGGCUCUUUAACCAGGUAUCAGCCCUUGGGAAAGUGUUGUCUGACUUCUAUGGUUUGAUUCUGGAACCUUUUGUCAAUAAUAGCCACUGUUGUUAAAGCUUUCCUCUGCCACCUUGAAGACCCAGCAACUUUGAAAUACAAAGCCCCAAGAUUUUCAUAAAGCUGAAUUAUGUGGAAAAUAUAUGUGCAUGCUGUGUGAUAUGCUUGUUGACAUGCAUGACAUAUAUUCAGACUUGUCCACUUUUAGGGGUGGAUUAUUUUCAAGCACUCUGAGUCUUUUUAAAAUUCCAUUCCCUGUCGUAUUUGGAUGGCUGCAUGAAAUGUGCAGAACCUUGUUCUGUAGUUCUAAGCAUGCAAUAGGAAAAAGAAAAGUGAAGUUUGUGCAUAAUUGAGGCAGGGAGGGGGAGAGUUCUUCCUCUGGCCUCCAUUCUAAGGAAACACAUUCUCUUCCAACAGGAUUCUUCCACUGUAGCUGCCAACCCACUCAGUUCCCUGUGCAGUCAUUCUGUUCCAUAACACUCUCUCUCUCUCUCUCUCUCUCUCUGUGUGUGUGUGUGUGUGUGUGUGUGUUGAAGGGUGGACCUUGCACCCCUCCCUGAUUUUAGGAUUUGUAUUUCUCCCGUUUCCUUUCCUUUUACAGAAUCAUAUUAGUGAUUAUCUUUUAAACUGAAACUUAAUCUUUGUGGUUGGAUUAUGUUACAGUUCUGUCAGAAAACAAUUGAUCCCAACUUCAGCAUGUGUGGCUUGCCUGUGAGCCAUUCUGAUUUCCUGUUUUUCCUACCCAGAUAAUUGAAGCCAGUCUCCCUAUGUCUCUACCCCCUAUCCACUUGAACUGAAUGCUUAAGAAGUCAGCUAAAUAAAAUAAAAAGCUGAUUUUUAAAAAUAUAUUUAAUUUCCUUUUGUUAUUAUACACACACAUGUGUGUGUGUGUGUGUGUGUGUGUAUAAUAAAGUCAGCUAAAUGUUAGUCAGGCUUACAGAACAUUUUUCUUUGGGAUGUGGAUGAUGAAAGAGAAGGAACAGCUGCUUUUUACUAGGUUGGGAAGGCAUGCCAUUUGGGUCUAGAGGCCACAUUGCCACUAUUUAAUUGUAGCUAGUGGACCAGGCAGAAAACAAAAAGUGAAAAGAAACACAACCAUAUCUACUGCACACUUGUAUUAGCUAUUUGUAUCUUGCCCCUUUUCAACCAAGGAUGGUUUGUUACGUUGGAAAGCAGUUUUUGUUUACUAGGCAGCAAGCGCAAUAAAAGCAAAAUACAUAAUGAUGUGACACAAAUGUAAUACAGAUAAGUUGAUUAUUAUUAUUUAAUUAAACAACAGUAAACUAAACAAACAAACAAACAAACAAACACCUAGCAGAAAGAUAAAACUUGAUCAGGAAAGUUGAUUCCUACAAACUAAUAAAGUCCCAAAUGUCUUGUGGAAUAGGAUAGCGAAAAAUGAAUCUGAAAGGGAGUGGCAUUUCUAAACCACCCAUGCCACUCUUUAGAAGGUCCUUGGUAACCCCUACCAUGAACACCCCGCCAAAUUUCAAUAUAGCAGAACAGGAGCUCCCAAUGGAGAGGUUAAAACGCACGCAAGUUACUAUGGAGGAAGUCUGGACCUGCACCAGCAGAAGUACAGUUACAGCUACUUGUUUAGCUGGCAGAGUUCCUUUCUGUUGGAGACAGGAAAAUGAGGCUUGAUACUCAAAAGUAGAUUAGGGCAGGUUUGGGUUGUUGUUGUUUUUGCCUUGCACCUGGUCACAGUAGAAAGCAGCAAUAGCCAAAGCAACUUUCUCAUGGGUUGUCUGGUGAAAAUGAUCUCACAGCUGAAAAGGAUUCAGUUUCUCCCUAGUAACAAUACAGCUUCUGUCCUUUUCCUGAAGCCAUGAUCCCUCCCAUCUCCAGGUUUUUUCCUUAGGAAACCCCCUCCUGUUCUUCAGAAGUCUUAGUUCCUGGUAGAUGAGUCUUCCUGAGUUGGAUUAUAACAAACAAACAGCCCAACAGGGAAGGAUCAAGGUGAAAGUUGUCAUGCACAGUGUGGACCUGAUUUACCUGAAGGUUCCUUUGUCUGUGUUAAGGCAUCAGAGCUGUAGCUUGUCCCAAAUAGCUUAUUUUCUCUGCCUUGGCUCCCCAUUUUAUGUUUAUUUGCCACCCUGAGAGAAUCGGAACUCAGAAACAAGAGUUUGGAGUUGUCAUCAGCUAUAAAGAAAUGAAACAAUAGGGUGAUGAGUUAAAAUUUGGCAGAGGCUUCCUGCAGUAGUAUUUCCCCCACUGCACUAUUUGAGAAGUCAAAUUUCAGCCCUUCGGAGGGAGUAAACAAUAUUGUAGAACAGGAGUGAGAACCUCAAGCCUGAGGGUUGAAUGCAACCCUCCAGGCCUCUCUGUCAAUUGGGGCUCUCUCUGUGCCACAUCUAUCACUGUCCCUGCUCCACAGCCUCUUCAAACAUGUUUGCCUGGUUGGAAUUUGCUCUUGAACUAUGAUAAUGCUUCUUCCUUUCAUGAAUGGAGACCAGAGAGAGGUGUGUAUAAAAAGGGUUUCCCAUCCCUGUUGUAGAUCAUCUAUAAAAGAAAGCCAUGGUUUGUUCCGCCAUUAAUGCAGGUGGAAGUUCUAAACGGAGAAGAAUAGCUGCUGUGAUCUAACUACAUUGUUUUUUAAGAAUGUCAGUCAACCUUUUUACCCUGCCCCCCAUAAGAAUGUCUCUCCCUACUCCCCUCUUGAUUUCACUGCUUUGUUCUAUGCUAGGCCUUUCUUUGAGGGAAUGUCACAGUCAAGCUCCCAGACUGAAAUUGGAAGCCUUAACAGCAAAGGGAGCCUCAGCAAGGAUGCCACCAGCCCAGUAAGUCACAAGGAUGGGGGAGCCAUAGAUUGUUCUUGUUCACUCUACCAACCUUAUGAUUAUGGUGAAUUGUAAUUAAUUUAGAAGGAAACCAAUCUCAGACUUUUACAAGAAGUAUUACCAUAUUCUACUGGUUGUGUCCAUGUGGAAACAAUGUUUUUCAGAACCACUGUUGUGAACUGAUUGCUGUGUCCUGUCUCAAAUGAAUGAGAUUGGUCUGUCUUCUGUCUACAUGCUGCUUGCAAAGCUAAGAUGAACCCCAAUCUGCCUCUAGCUGUGUGUGCAUUUGCAUGCACACACGUGUAUUCCAAUGAAGGGUGGAGUGUGUAGAAGGUAUCAAAUUGGCCAGGUGUCACAGUUCCUGUGAUUUAUAUUCAUAUUUAUUAUUUUUAAUAUUUAAAAGGGGAUGGGACAGCAGGGGAAUUUGGAAGCAGUUCUUUUAAACUCUUCUCCCCUUCCUUUAGGUGCUGUUAAUCCUGCAAUUAAAGCUUAGUAACAAAGAAAAUGGGAAAACUUGCCCCAGCACUGAAGGCUCUUCUCAUAGAAAACUCCCCUCUAGAGCAUGGCUUGUGAUCAGUGGUGAUGGGUGUUGUAGUUCAACAACUACUGCAGGGCCACAUGACACCUCCAAACUCUUUGCCUUUCCUCUCCUUCUGACUCCAACACAAGUUCCCUUCCUGAAGAACUAGAAACUUGUGUUUGGAAACUGGGUUUCUCAGGGAUUUGAAGGGUGAUUUACCUUUGAUGCUAAGGAUCAAUUGUUGUCAUUUCCAAUGAAGUAAAAAGGAAGUAAAAUGAAGUAAAACUAGGAAGUAAAAAGGUCCUAGUUUUAUAAUCUGCAUAAACAACGAAUCACCUAGUGAUUGUAAAUAUGAUCCUUCUGAAUCACAGCUUGCUUUUUUCAUUUUUUCCCUAUUUCUCUCCAAUGCUGUUCUUUAUCCAGAUGGAAGCAUCCAUGGGGGACAAACUGAAACCUACCCGGAAUAAAAAUGCAGAUGACAGUAUCAACGAAGGAGACACACUGGUAGGUACAUUUGUCCUUUAUGCUAUUGGUGAGGACAUUUGCUAACAGCUGUAAUCACCUACUUUUAUGACUAAUAUUAAUUCUGAAUGCUUUUCCUCUUCCCUUCUCUAGGAAGGAAACGGUCAGGAUACAUUUGGAGACUCAACCACCACCUUGGUCAUCCCAGAAAAAGUCAAGACACCUAUGAAGACCAGCAAGGGAGAUCUUCAGAGCAUGGCAUCACCUAGGUAGUAUGCAUUUUGCUUUCUUACAUAUUGCUAUUCUGAAAAUUGGUCAGAGCACUCUGUCAGCUACAGCAAGGUUGGGGAACUUGUGGCUCUGCAGAAGUUGCUGGACUCCCAUAAACUCCAGUCAGCAUGGCCUGUGGUCAGGGAUGAUGGGAGUUUGUAGUCCAACAACAUCUGUAGGGCCACAGAUUCCUUCCUUCUUUUAGCAACAGUAUAUCUGAAAUUCCUGUGGCAGGGCAACUAGUAGCUUGUAUUUUUGCCAAAGGGAUAAAGAUGAGGGUAAAAAAGGCCAUUUCCUCCUCCCUACAAUUGAAGAGCAUCUGUCAUCUUUUCUUGGGAGGUUAGCAUCAAAUUCUUUAGCUAUCUUGAAAAGAGGAGAUUUUACUAAAUUGUUCAUGAGUAAUUUACCUAGAUUGCAUGCAUACAUGAUUUGAGUAACACAAGGAGGGGGGUGUCCUUACCUCAAUGAAAUUUUAAGUCACAACAGCCAGGGACAAUGGAAGAUGCACUGAAAGAAAUAUGAGCAAACUGCAAACACACAUAUUUAGGCUUCAUUUCAAUAGGAGCUGAGGACUUUGGGGGGGGGGUGUAAACCAAAGGCUGUGCAGAAAAGGAGGGUUUUGAGGAAGGGUUGGAAAGAGGCAUGGCUUACGUAGCCUUGUCAAGGCAUAAAAGGAAGAAAGGGGUGAGUUGUAUAAAUGAGGAAGAAACUCUCAGCCCAGGGCAGGUCACAGGUGAGGGGAGGUAUAAAAAGGCAUAAGGGCAGAGUUUAUUUUCAGAAUGCUUUCCAUCGACACUGAGUAACCAUACCUGCCUCUCCCAAGAUGGAUUAAUUCUGUGUUCUCCAGUGAAUGCUUGCUACCGAGCAGUGGUGGUGGGUGAGCAUGGAAAGAUUCACUGGGCUGGUGGCUGCUCAAGAAUUUGCCCCCUGUUGUGCAUUCUGAAUGUUCAUGGAAAUGUAUAUAUUUGGGGGGGUGGGAGUGAGGAGGGUGACUCUAGCUGCCUAUAUGUCAUGCAUGGAGAAUCUUUUCCCUCUCCCAAGAGCUGCUUUCCCUUAGUGGGUAAGGCAAACCCAUGCACCUUUCCACAUGCUUAUACCCAUCCCUCCACGCACCCCAUUCAUCAGCCUUCCAUUCAUUUCACACUGUCCCUUGCACACUGUCCCUAUUCCAUUCCUCUUCUCCCACCUCCUUCCUCCCAGCAUGGCAGUUAUGCUUUAGAAGGAAGGCCUCACUUGUGCUGAGCCUAAAUGUUGCACUGUGGGAGUGUGGCCAAGGAAUGGAAACCAUGGGCUAGUUGCAAUAGGACUGGGCCUUCACCACCCGUUGCUCCUCAUGUCUUUCUCAGUUGUUCAGUUUUCUUGUGGAUAGUAGUGACUCUUCAAUCACAAGAGUUCAGCACUCAGCUUCUGAUAGCAAACGCUGCAGCUUCAGCUAAAUUCCUGUGACUCAGGCACCUGGGUAAGAAUUUGACCCCAAAGUGCUCUGCUCUGUUAGAAGUCUUUGCUGUUUGGUUGUUACCUGAAAUGUGCCACAUUUGCCUUUCUGUGUGGUGCUUGGGGAGGCAGCAGAUGACUACUGCUUAAAUGCAAAAGUGAUACAUUCCCAGGGCCCCUCCUGCUUCUCCCUUUGCAAAGCAGACGCUUAGCAGACAUGCUUGGCAGCACGAUAUGUUUGUUUGCUCAGCUCCUCCUCUCUUUGUUUCCUUUUUUCCUUGUUCAGCAGUGGCGACAGCUCUAUGAUCCACUUAUAUCCAGAGGGCAGCAAAUUCUCAGAAUGAAGCACAUGGUUUUGUCCUUCAGUUUGCACCUUUUGCUGAAUGCCUCAGAUGGCAGCAGAAGGUUGGAUGUGCCUUCGGGCUCCCUCAGGCUCAUUACCAUUCUGGGAAAUGUCACUGGAUGGAGGGGGGUUUCCUUGUAGCAUCCAAUCCAAGACUGAAUCUACAGCUGUUUUUCUACCUGCUUGCAUUGUGAUUGCUCUGAGAGUUGCUCUCUUUCUCCAUAUCAUGAACUUGCAGUAAUUGAUACCCAAGGUUGUGUGCAUUCUUCUUUCUCCCCCAUUGCCACCAGGUUCCUUAUGUUUCUUAACAUUCACUUUACGUAGCUGAUAUAGCCUUAAGGGUGUUCAUUUUUCUCUGCAGUAAUGAGGGCUAGAAACUUGGCAGUGUGUGUUAUUUUUGGGGGUUGUAAGAUGUUAGAUAUUAGAUGUCACACUAUGGUAGUAAGCCUGCAGGCACAAACACAACCUUGCAAAUAAUUUAUUGUCUCAACUUAGUGGAGCUAGAAAAAAAAUCCAAGGCUCUGUUGGCUGACUGGCUUGCUUCCUCACAAGUAUUAAAUGUAAGAUGGGAUCAGUGAGUUCUGAGACUCUGCUAGUUUCUUUGCAAUGACCUUGGAUCAAAGUUUCUGUGUUCCCCUGCAGGUAUAACAUGGUUUGCAUUCUUCUUUCCAUGUUCAGUAAGUUUGGAGAAGAUGAGGCAUUAAUAUCAUCGUUUCUCUACCACUCACAGCAAAAUGGACAGUGCUGCACACACGCCCCGGCAGAAACGCAGCACCCCACUCAAAGAGCGUCAGCUGUCAAAACCCCUCAGUGAAAGAACCAACAGUUCGGACAGUGAAAGGUCGCCAGAUCUGGGUCAUAGUACACAGGUAACCAGCAUUCCGAGAUUGCAGCUCCGGGGCUUAAACACUCUUUCCCUAAUUUUGGAGGAGGAGUGGAGGUGGCGUUCCUUAAAUACAGACUUGAUAAAAGCCAACUGUUGUUGGGGUAGCUUGUUGCUGUAAGCUUAUUUGAAGUACUGCAGUAUCUUUCCAGUUGUAUGUAGUCAGCCCUAAAGAGACCCUGAAUCAAGUAGGCAAAGUUGUUUGUUUGUUUGUUGCAUUUACAUCCCAUUUUUCCUCCAAGGAGCUCCAAGGUGGCAUACAUGGUUCUCACCCAUGCAUGCGAUCCUCACAAAAACCCUAUGAGGUAGGUUAAGUUGAGAGACAGUGACUAGUCCUAGGUCACGCUAGGGUGCUUCAUGACUGAUUUACGAUUUGAAUCCUGGUCUCCCACCUCCUAGUCUAGCAUUCUAAUUACCACACUGGAAUUUUUGCUUCUAAACUUAAAUCCAAGAAGGGAAGGAGAUUGGAGCUAUAUGGUUAGUAAAGGGUAAGGAGCAUUUGCUACGAGAUACACAAAACCUUUUCCCCCACUAUCCCUCAGACUUGGAAGCUUGUCCAAAAUCCUCUUUUUAUUUUCUGAGUUUUCUCCAUAUACCAACCACUUAUAUUGAACUUUUUUUUUUUACAGCCACAAGGGCUACAAGUAUUUUCCCCUUCACCUGCCCAAUAAAUAUAGGCAAGAGGAAUGUGCAUUUCUCAAAUUAUAGUGACCUGCUGAGGAGUAAAUAAGUUGUGGGGGGGAAUGUAAUUUCCCAUAGUAUUAAAAGGUGAUCUUAGAAGUAUUGUCAUGCAGCAAGAAUAAGAGGAAUGCUGCUUUUUCUCUCCCUAUCCCCUCUCAUGACAUAUGCCUUCCUGCUCCAUGUUGGAGAUAAGAUUAUUUCGCUUUAUAUUUGAGUUAGGAGUUAUGUCAAUGAACUAUGCUUAAAAAACCAUGCAACUUCCACCAGCAGAUUCCUCGCAAGAUUGUUUAUGAUCAGCUGAAUCAAAUCUUGGUGUCAGACUCAGCCCUGCCAGAAAACAUCAUCCUAGUGAAUACUAUUGACUGGCAAGGCCAGGUAAGGAGGUUGUUGCUGUCCAUGUGUCUGUCCGUGUGUCUGUCCUGUUCUUUGCACCAUCCCAAUCUCUGGCCAACAGAAUUAAGUAAAUUGGAAAAAAGAAUGUGUGCUGUUGUCCCUAACUGGUUCCAUUUUCUGAGUGCAGAAUGUAGCUUUGCCUGUAGAAACCUAGACUCGCUCCCCAAAUAUUAAGGAAUGCAAAGUAUUGUCAUUAUUAUUAUUUAAUAAUAAUAAAACAAUAGUAAUACUCUUAUGUAACAAUUUACAUAAUAACAUAAAAAAUAGGUAGGUCCCUACCCCAUGAAGCUUCCAAUACAAAUGUUUAACAGUACUAAGAUAAUGGGUGGGGAUGUCCUAUUAUUACUAGUUAAUAAAGGUAAUUUCCCCAACCAUCAGAACCAGAUUCUGCAAUUCAGUCCCAGCAGAAUAAAUUAUUCACUUUAAGCACAUUUUUUCAUUGUUGUUUGAUUUAUUAGGUAAACGCAAUUUAGCAUUAUUGGCAAUCAGAAGUGGUUGUGCUUAAUCUGUAUCACUGAAGCUAAGCUACAUGGAAAAUUAAGCACUAAGGGGACUGUGCAGUAUUGGCAAGAAGAUAAGCAGUAGGAAUGAAGAGCCAUGAAGAAAUUUUGCCCCUUCAACUGGCCAUUAAAAUUCAUCCCAAGCCCUGUCUCAUGUCAAUAUGUAGAGAAAAUCUAUUUAUCUUAACUAUAUCAUUGAGGCCGUUUGGUUAGAAGCCAGGUGUCUUAUUUAGAAUGAAAGUUAGCAUAUUCAGAAUUUGACAGCUAACCCAGAUUCUUCACUGAAUGCCAUGCAGUAACUGAAUGUUUCUGCCAAUGGGAAAAGGGGAAGGGUUCACUGGGGCUAGUGAGAGGCCAUGUCUGGGUUGAUUAUCUUGGGAUUCUGCUUUGUCCCGUUGAACCCUCCUUCGUAUAAGCCCAGGACCUUAAGUGACUGGAACAAGAUCCUCGAAAAGGAGGGAAUCAUCUUAAAACAGAUGGGUCUGUCACACAAUAUUUCAUACCCAUUGUUGUCCCUUUGCACCUUGAUUGCUUUCCCCCACUCUUACCUACUAGGGCAGCAAUAAGAUGAGUUUCAGAUUUCCAUCACCUGAGUCGUAACUGUGUCUUGUUAAGCUUGUAUCCAGGGUGCUGAAUGGUGCUCUGUUACCAAACCUUUUGUCUGAGGUCAUGUGGCCAGUGAUUGCUAAUCAGGGAAGAAGGGGUGUUGUGUGGCAGUUGUGUAAACAGAGCACCAAAUCCUUCCACUGCUUGCUUGCUUGCUUGCUUGCUUACUACUUGUUUUACUUCCAGUAUGUAGCUGAUCUCCUUCAGGACCAGAAGAAGCCAGUUGUUUGCACAUGCUCCACAAUUGAAGUGCAAGCUGUCCUCUCUGCAAUCCUCACGAGGAUCCAGCGAUAGUGAGUGCACAAAGCUAUAUCUGUGGUGUCCCCAUUUUUAUACUAUGGAAUUUGCCCUGAGAAAAUGGGAAAGAAAACCAGAUUCCAAAUUGCUUGAAAAGGAUGCCCCAAUCCACUUUGAUUAGGGCUGUCCAUCCUUGACUGCACUUGAAUAACUGAAACAUCACUUAAUCCUUAGAACUAAAGACUCUUCUCUGGCAGGAAGGAUGGGGGAAGGAUGGUCUUUAUAUCUGCAAGGUUUCAGUACUCAAAUGUGUUUACAAAGGUGCCUGCUUCCUUCCUAAGACAGAGAGAAGAUAACGGUUGUGUACAAGGCAUGCUUUGACUUCAGCCAUAGGAAGGGAGCACAAUCGUAUAGUGAAAGCUGCCUGUAUGCAGAGUAAGAAAGGGGGAGGGAGGAAGAAUUCAAUGUAAGCGCGCAAAUCUCCCAUCUGGGUUUGAUGCCUUGUAGUCAAUAACCUAUACAUAGAUGAGCUGCAGAUGAGGAGCAUCUGUGCCCCUUCUCCACAUUUUAAAAGUCUCAAAUUCUUCCCAGUGCCUCUUGCAGGACACUCAGUAUUAGGAAUAUGUGUUCUGAAGUUACGGUUCUUAUGACCACAACUCAAAGAGGACACAUUGCAGGUCAAUCAAAGAAGACACCUUGCCAAACAACAGUUCAUUGAUGACAACCCAGUUCCUACCAUACAGGAUUGGCAUCGUCACAGAUCUCUGGCGGCUCCACUGCACAUUGCUCUAGUAUCAUGAAAAGCAAAGCAGCUUGAGGGCAUUGCUGCAGCUGGAGUAGACACAUACAUCAGCCUCCCCCUAGUGUUCUCCCUCAUUCCUAAAAAUAUUUUAUUUGAUUAAUCAUUAGUACUUGCACCUUCAGUAAAAGCAGCUUCCAGGACAGCCACUGUGGAACUUAUUGGAAAAGGUAUUAACAAAAAGCAACCAUCUAUUAAAAACCACAGAAUCAAACACAGCAUCACUGGUGGGGCUAACUAGAAUAAUUAAAUUGCUUUUGAAAUAAAAAAAUUGUCCAGUAGCACCUUAGAGACCAGCUAAGUUUGUUCUGGGUAUAAGCUUUUGUGUGCACACACACUUCUUCAGAUACACAGUUGCUUUUGAAAGUUGCUUUUGAAAGGCUUGGGAAAACAAAAGGCUUUAACCCAGCAUGACAGUGAGGAUGAGAGUCAGGUCAGCCUCCAGGGUGGGUUCGACAUCCAAAAAUACACUCUUCACAGCAGUGGCGGAGCUAGGGGCUUUGCCACCCGGAGCGGGGGGUGGGGUGGCAUGCCACCCACGCACAAGCGUCCCAAUGGGGGUGCCGCCCGCGGUGGUGUCACCCCUGUCACGGUGGAACCUGGGCGGCCCCCCGCCCCCCUUCUUACACCACUGCUUCACAGUUGCCAUCUGCCUGACUUUAUAAAAUGAGAGUUCUCAGGAAAGGGCCCUGGAGUUCUUAAGCUUAAAUGCAGAUGUAACCUUUCUCUAGCACAUUCUAUUGUUACAUGGGCUUGAGUCACCAGAGGAACAGCAACUACGUUGUUUCAGUAACAUAAGGACAAGCUCUCAAUUUUUCUUUCCAUCCAGCACCAUAAUCCAAGAAAUAAGAUUUAGUUGUGUGCUCCUGGCUCCCCUGGGCUUCUUUGCUAUUUUCAUGCCAGAGUCAUCUUGGAAGCUGCUGAAAUGCAGGUCUGCUUUACCAGCAUGAUUGGCUACCUACAAAAGAGGCUCGGCACUCAAAUUCCAGCAUCUUCCUCUCUCACAGCCAUGAUGGGAAGUCAAUGCCCAUAUAAUUAGAAGGACCUUUCUUCACUGUAUUCUUUGUCAUUGCAAGAUGACAGUGGUUGGAGAGGGCAAAGUGCAAGUCUCCCAGGACAUGAUUCACACUAUACUGUUUUGUCAGGUUAAGUGGAGUCAUCACUUAGCUCUGGAGACUGUCUGAUGCCAGGGCACAGGCCUCAAUACGUACAAAAUAGUAAUGAGUGCCUUCUGAGCUUGAGUACCCACUGUCAGCUACCAAACAUGAAACGGAUCUUUAAAAGCAGAUGCCAUGCAGGAUUGAGCCCCCAAGCACCUCUUAGAAAUUAAGCUGUUGUUAAUUUCAAAUUCUGCAUUAUGAAGUAAAGAUGCCUAUGUAUUUGUCCUCUGCUUGAGACUACACCUUACUGAAAUUCAAGGUAGGAGAGAUUUCUGUGCUUGUGGGAUUGGAGGUCAAGGUUUAGGUUUGGCUCUUGCCUCAUAUCUCCCUGAAGUUCCUGCUCCUCAUAGACUCCACACUGAGGGUAAAAGUCAUGGGUAGGCAAACUAAAGCUCGGGAGCAGGAUCCGGCCCAGUCGCCUUCUAAAUCUGGCCCACGGACAAGUCCUGGAAUCAGCGUGUUUUUACAUGAGUAGAAUGUGUCCUUUUAUUUAAAAUGCAUCUCUGGGUAUUUGUGGGGCAUAAGAAUUUGUUCAUUUUAUUUAUUUUUUCAAAAUAUAGUCCGGCCCCCCACAAGGUCUGAGGAACAGUGAACCGGCCCCCUGCUGAAAAAGUUUGCUGACCCCUGGUAAAAGUAAAUGUUCAGGUUCUUAAAGAGUUUGCAAGCUUUCCUGGUCCUGCUUAAAACAAAUAACUGUGUUACGUGUUCUCAGUGUUGUGUCUAGAAGCAGUAAAGCUGUAGGCAUCAUUGAGGUGUUUAAAUGCAUUUUUCUCCAGCUCUUCAGUGCCCUCUAGUGGCCUUUGGUCAUGCUGCUAAUUUACAUGUUAAGACGGAUGCUUGAAGCUUUGAAGAAGUGCUCACUUGUUCAGUGUGAAGGAGCUUAGAGUUCACAAAAAGUGAAUCCACCCCACCCUCAUAAAAUAAAUUUAAAUUGCUCCUUCAGAUGUAUGGAGCAUGCAAGGUUGCUAAGAGCUGGGAAAUGGUCUGCAGAAGGUUGCUGGCACAUUGUAAAAAAAAAAGGUGCAGCUUCCAUUUCACCACUGUGUGGCUUGUAAUGUGUGACAGGGAGAUAUUUAUAUCUCCUAACAUGUGCUUGGGCAGUGCAGAUCAUAGCUUCUGAGUGCAUGUUUACCAUAUGUGAUAUCACACAUACCUGGCCUAUGCACAAUAGUGGACACCAUGGGAACCUGUGGUGGCUAAAUGAGAGCUCCUAUUUUCCCGUAAAGUAUGAAGCAGCCUUCUGAGUGUGAGUGUUGACAAGCUAGUAAAUUACAGUGCAUUUAAAUUAAUGGCCUAGGAGCCAUAGGAUUGUUGGGAAGUAAGUGACUGUGGUCCUGAGCAGUGCCUGAAUGAGAGAACCUUGCAAAUCCUUUAGGGCUAUCUACAAGGAAAAGUUGGAAAUCAAUGAAAUAAAGGUCCCUUUGAGAGAUCUUACUGUGCUUUCAUUAAGCCUUGGCGUGUAUUAAGGUCUGUGGUUAUAUACUCCUUAGUCUGAAGAAGCCAGAGUUGUAUUGCUGUGGCACCUCCUAUUUUAAGGAAACAGUUCCUUGCAACUCCCUACUUGGGUGGGGUGUAGGGUAGAUCAUAUGCAUGGUUUUCUUUUCAACACUAAGAUAGAAUUCCCAGUUCCACCAUUUCUGUUUUUUGCCUUCUACAAGUAGAUAGUACUAUAAAUGCAGAGCCUGACGUACAACUAUCUUAACUGCCCUCUUCUUUCUUUCCACCCAUCAGCUGCAACUGUAAUUCCUCCAUGCCACGUCCUGUGAAGGUGGUGUCUAUCGGGGGGCAGAGUUAUCUCAGCUCUAUUUUGAGGUUUUUUGUGAAGCAAUUGGCAAACAAGACAUCAGACUGGCUGAGCUAUAUGAAGUUUCUCAUCAUCCCACUAGGUAAUACUGCCUGUGCCUGUGGCUCGCUCGCUUGGUAGGUGGCUAUUGAGUUACACAUCUGAAACCCAAUAGUUCUACAUUUCAGUGACCCAAAAGCCACCAGGUUUAGUAGCUCUCUUCUUACAAACAGAAUGAAUGAGCUGAAGUGACCUACCUUCCUCCACUCAGUUCAAAAAACGAAGCCACCAAUACUUGCCAAAAGCUCACUCAACGCAACAUUCUUUGUCUGGUUUUUUUUUUUACAGCCCAUGAUACCCUUCCUCAGAACCAGUGGACUCAGUUUCAGUUUUUGAGGGCAAAAUUUAAUUGGUGGGUCUGAGCUUUUAAAAACAUGCUUCCUCAGUUUUUGAGGCUGUGUUUUUAUUAUGAAGUAGGGAAUGAAAGGCAAAAUGUUGAGGAGGAUGUUUCCUUUUAAUAAUGAGUGACAUAUUUUGUUAUCUCAUACCUAAGUAUUUUUUAAAGUCAGUUUUGUUGAAUAUUUGGGAACAAGAAAAUGCUUAGGUUUAAGCUAAAGCUGGUAAUCAAUUACAAAAAUAAUAAUUGCUGAACAGCCUCAAUUUUUUUGUAGUGAAAUAUGUGAUGGUUUACUUAAAGGAGAGUGAGUUUCCCAAUCAUUGGGGGUAGUUUUCUUUCGCUAGAAAGAGAGAGAUUACCCAUUUUUGUCUCUGAAUAAUAAGAAUCACUCUACAAAAGGAGUGUUGUGGUAAAGACAGUUGCAGUUUCUAUUUUUUGGAGAGUCAAGGGCUUUCUGAUGCCAAAGGGUCUGUUGCCUCAGCAGCCAUCUGUCGGUGCUAGAUAUGUGUAGCUUGCCAAGGAAAAUCAUAGCAACACAAAGGGAGAGGCGGGAUUAUUGGGUUGUUUUUGUUUUUAUUAUGUCUUUUGUGUUAUUAUAUUGUGAUUUUAUGUUAUGAACUGCCCUGAGACCUCCGGGUGUAGGGCAGUAUAUAAAUUUAAAUAAUAAUAAUAAUAAAUAGGCCUUCCUCUCAUUUCUCCACCAGGUUCUCACCCAGUAGCCAAGUACAUGGGCUCUGUGGAUAGCAGAUACAGUGGUAUGUUUCUUGAUGCCACCUGGCGAGAACUCUUCAGCAAAUCUGAGCCACCUAUGACAGGUAAGAGCAAGUUUUCAGUUCACAGUGAGUGACAGAAGUAACAUCUUUCAGAAAGGUCUUUAUUCUGUCUUGCCAAACUGAGGACUCAUCUGUACAUGUGCUGCUUUUAUGUAAGUUAGAAUCAAACUCAGGUGAGAAGCCAAAGAUUUAGUAUGGGCCUUUGGUAUUACACCAAACCAGUGCUUGGUAGAUGUGGACCCCUCCCUGUGUCCAGCUAGUGUUUAAUAAGACAAUGUUGUCAUUGGCAGUCAAUGGUAGGCCAUAAUGUCAUUUGACAGAAUGAGCAAUUCCAGCCAAGAUGCAAAGUCACCUUUCCCAGGACCCUUGCAAGUUUGAGGACAACAGUGAACUACACAUUGAUCAGCAGGAUUAUGGACUAGGUGACAAAUUUGGGCAGCUAGAGUUGGGUGGGGCGGAAUAAUGGCAUUUAGCACUGAUGUUUACCACACCAGGAUGGGGUCCAUACUUAACGCUUGCGCGUCUUUUUGUUAAUCCAAAUUCUCCUGCCUGCCUCUCCCCAUCAGCCACUUCUCUGGCUUGUCACUCUUUGUGCGUCAAUGCAGAUAACAACUCAUGUGUAUCUUAAAGCCAGCAUCUUGAAGGUUCUCCCACUUGCUGGCUUGGGUAAUGAUGAAUACUCGGUGUGCCUUUCCUGCUUGACGCUCUCUUUGGGUUAUCUUCUUUCUCAGAGCCUUUUGAUGUGGUUGGCCGGAUCAUGCAGUAUGUCAGUGGAGCAAACGUGACGCACCAGCUGCCCGUGGCCGAGGCCAUGCUGACCUGCAAACACAAAUUGUAAGUCCUUCCCCAUCCACCCCUCUGCCAUGGGCUUUGGAUUUCAGCGUGGUGGGUGAGUGGGCUCAAAUUGCCUCACCCACAUAGCUAGAAGAAACCUAAAUGUGAACUAUAAUGUUUGCUGUGUCUGUAUUUAUUGAAAGUUCAUUCAGAAUCCCCUUUGGCAUGCCCUUUCUCAGUCUUCAUUUUGUUUGUAUGCAAAGCAAGACUGAGACAAACCACUGUAAAAAAGUGGAAGGUGGCUUGCUGGUGGUUCUCAAGGAAGGCUAGUCUGUGCAUUGUGAUGUACUGGUGAAAGUGUUGUGGGCACAUUGCAAUCACACACACGCGUACUCACUUCCUCCCUGACAGCAAUUAGGUUUGAAAAAAGUGUGUUGGCUUUCUUUCUCCACCCCCAAGCCUAAUGCAGCUAGAGAUUAUCUUCUUGGAGAGUAUUGCUAGGGAGGCACAAGUCACUCUUCCCUCCUCAGCUGCAGUUUCCAGGAAGGUCACUUCCUUACACACAGCAAUUAAGCUUGAAAAAAGAACUUCUAUUGGAGCCAGGAGAAGGUUUCUUUCAAGCCUAAUUGUAUGUGGCUGAGGAGGGGGGUUAGCUAGGGAGAAAGUUAACUGUGUGCCCCUCCCCAUGUGAAGCUGCUGUAAAACAAUCAGAGCUAUAAAUUCUUUUGGACUCUCUUACAUAUGGAAUUAUUGGACCCAUGUCGUACCCCUUUUUCAAGAGUCAAGAGUCCCAAUGUGAAACCCGUUGCCAAAUGGAAGCAUCCUCCAUACUGAGGCUGUAAUGUGAUGGGACUGACCUUCCAGUCUUCAUGUUCUUUUUUGUCUGGUCGUGUGCCUGCAGAAUGCUGUGUUUUGAAGCCCUAAGUUUAUGUUUGUUUCAUUUGUCAGAUACGUAAAAUAGAAAAGAAGGUAGAGAAAGCCUUUGCCUUUCAGCAUUGCUUGUUCUCUCUUUUCCCGUCAUUUGGAUUUUUAAUGGCUGUUUCUUUACCCACAGCCAAGAUGAAGAUUCUUACCAGAAGUUCAUCCCUUUCAUUGGGGUAAGAGUUUUACAUUUCUUGGAUUUUUCAUCUCUGAAUAUGAACUUAUUUUAUUCAGGGCCAGUUUACCUGAACUCUUUUAUAGCUAUGGUUACUUAGAUAAAGCCUACUUUACGAAAACAAAUGUGUGCGCAUUUCUGUAGCUGUAGUUUAACUUUGGAAGCCACCUCACUUGCAGAACUAUCAUUUUCACCUACUGUGUUCCUUACCCUGCUGAUGCUGAACGGAAGUUGUGGUUAAAAUUCAGAUGUGGUGGUAUUUAAUCAAAUGACAUUGUGUAAUUUAGCUUGGGCUAAAUUUAUCUUUCUGAGUCGAGGACUUGGCAGUAAGCCUGACUGGAUCCCAUCUGAUGAGUGGUGAAGUCAUAAGUGAAAGCAGGCUUCCCAUGUUGAAGAUCUCAUAAAAUUAGGCUUGUUUGUUUGGUUUUUAAAUACCAGUUUCACUGUCCCUAAAUUCAGGCAGCUAACAGAAUGUUGGGGGUAGUUGGCCAGUUUGUCACCUUGCAAAUAGAGAGGCUGCAUACAUGAAACAUGAUUUCCUUAAUGCAAAUCUAAUGCUUAACCAUGGUUAAUGAAUGCCAUAGUUAAUUUGCAUACGUUCCAGCCAUGGUUUCACCUCCUGGUUUGUGGGUAAUCCUUAUCCACAGCUAUGUUUGCACCAGGGGCAAAGCAUUCGGUUUGCAGAUCGCUGUAAAGUGAAAGUAGCUUUUUUUAAAAAAACACCCAACUUCACUUCAUCCCUGACGGUCAGAAGCAAAAUAAGGAAAUGAUGACAGCAGCACUGUUGCAAUCCACUUGCAAUCUGCUAGAUAUUGGUUAACAUCACCAUCCCUUCAACACUUCACUGGUUACUGCUGCCAAGAAAAUGCCAGAGGUCAAAAACUAUGCAGCUGCCUAUGAGGAGAUGCUCUAGCUCCAAGCAAGGAUGAAAUCAUGUUGGGAAAAGAUAGCUUUAUUCCUUUGUGGCCACUGUGCAACCUUUGAUGAGCAGUGCUUGUAGCAUUUUUGUCACCGCUGCCUUUUUUAAAAAGCUCUUAACAUUUACUGUGUUUGCAUUUCUGUUUUUAUUAUAAAGUGCCUGUUGUCAGUCAGAAAUUCAGUCAGAAUGUAAACAUUUCAAAUAAAAUAAAUAAGCUUGCACAUUUAAGAUCAAUGCCCCACCUUUUGUUUCCUUAGGCCACUUUGUGCCCUUGCAAUAUACAAUUGCAAUAUACAAGGCAGCUCACUUUAAAUUGAAAUGUUACAUGAAAAUACAUCCUGUACAAUUAAUGAAGCAUAAAGUGGGGGCUUUUUGCAGCAACUGUCUGUCUGUGAUUUUUGAUAGUGACUGAGGAAGGCCAAGAGGGGUUGUGGCGAUCACACAGGGUCCCCGGACGUUUGAUGGUCUAUUGAUCCCUGUGCCACCACUGUGAUUGCCGCUUCGCUGCCACCAACCCGUUUCCCUCGGGUACACACGGAGUCCAGACAGUUGUUAACAUUAACAAAUAAUCAAGUUUAUUGUUAUAAACAUGAACAAGUUUAAGGUUUCAGUUAAUUUUUCUUGUCAGUUUCUUAAUCUUAGUUUCUUUACUGACCUAUUCGUUCCUAACAACUUCAAACUGAUUAUCCCAACUAACUAUCUGACUCCACCUAACAGUUCCUCUCACACUCUCUCAACACAACUCAACCAACCCACAGACUUAUCCUCCCUCUUCCUUCUCCAACCCCCAACUCUCAACUGACUUCCACACACACUGACUCUAACUCUAACUCCUCCUAUCAGUUUCUCUCUGGCCAAUCACAUCACACUCACUUAACCCUUUCCUUAUGACCCACCUAGGAGGCAAACACCACGGGGGUGUACUUGACUAUAUUUUAAUGGUUAGAGGGGAAACUGUUGCCUCACCUACAUCACCACUGGUCUAGGAUUAUCUUGACUCUCUUAUUGCUCAUGAUUUUGGGGCAUAGAUGGUCACAAAUAAUUAUUUGGAAGAAACCUUUUCUCUUGCCAAGGCACUCUAUCUCAGCUUUUGCAAUUGUGGUGUUAUAAAUCUUUUGGAGAUUUGUUACUUGCAGGCUUCUGCUGCAUCCUCAAUAAUUAAAUCUGUUUCAAAGUACAGCUCUCCCAAGGGAGGCACCUGCAAAGCAAAAAGUUAUCUUUCCUCUCUUGUGCAUAAGCCCCUGCCUGGCACUCAAAGUUCUGCUAACAAAAUUGCUCUCCCUUUUCUCUUCCCACCCUCACUCAAACAUAUUGGGCUAUGUUUGACAAACUAACCUCUGCUUUGACACAGAGGAGGAUCUUAAAGGUUAAAGAAAGCUCAUUGUGUUUGCUAGUGUGACCAUUAGGUAGACAUGAGGGAUGCUGGCCACUGGGGACAAUUCUUUCCCUGCAAAGGAUCUGGUGUGCCUGGCAAGAAAGGCAAUACCCUCCCCCCAAAAAAAACCCCCUGCAAAAAGCUUAUUUGCUCUCCUUUUUAAAGCACAGAGGAAAUAUGAGUCAAUCUGAACCAGGCAGGGGUGGAAGGAGUGACUCAGCAGACUGUGACCCACAAGUGUGCACUGGAACUGCUGAUGUGAUGACAACCAAUUAAGGCGAAACCUCAGAUGCAUUAGUUUUUAGAAUGCUCUCAAGCCCCCGUGCUAUUUACAGAAGGAAAGUAAAAAUGUGUGCAUUAUUUGAUGGAACAGUGUGGGGAGCCUGAGAGUUUCACAUUUCAGGCUGUUAGCUUUUUUAGAAAUGUUGGCAAGUAUAUCAGGCAGACCUCCUGGUUGCGGGGCACAUCUGAAACACAGAUCACCUGGUGGCAAGCAAAAUCCUUCUCCAGCCAAAGAGGACUCAUGGCACAAAGCAGAAAGUUUGGCCUUGAAUCAACACUGCCAGAACAACCAAACCUGAACUUUGUGAACACUUCUCUCAUUCCAUCAAACUGCACCAGAGACAGUGUCAAAACAAGGUGGAACCUACACCAAAGAUGCAACCUACAACACAGCUAUGAUCUCUUUUGGCAAAAGAGAGCAGCAGAUCUCCAACUGGUUUGAGGCCGGCAUUAAGGACAUGGAGCCUGUUAUUGCUGCAGAGAGCAAGGCUCUUGUGAACUGCAAGUGUGCAGCCUGUGACAAGGCACUUGCUGCACUGAGAAAGACAAGGAGUGGUGCCAAGCAGAUUGCCAGAUGAUGUGCCAGUGACCACUGGCUAAAAGCUGUGUCAGAGCUGACACUGUCACUGCUGACAGUGGCAACACUUUAAAAAUGUACAAAUGCAUGAAGACAGCCUUUGGAGUUUGGAGCAACAAUCAGGAAGACUGUACCACUGAAUACCUUGUCUUUAGAGAUCAUCACAAACCGUGGCAAGCAGAUGAAGCAAUGAGCAGAGCACUAUCAAGAACUGUCCUCAUGGGAAAACAUGGUCUCCGACAUAGCAAUUGACAGCAUCCAGACUCUUCCUGUCUUGGAAGCGCUAGAUGUCUCUCCCUCCCUUGACAAGCUGAAGAAUGCCAUCGACUCUCAGGCAUGUGGUAAAGCCCCAGGACAGGGCAGAAUCCCAACAGAAGUGCUGAAAGCAGGUCUCAGUUCCUCCCUCAUUCUGCACCUCCAUGGUCUUCUCUUGCAGUGUUGGGGGAAAGGAUCUGUGCCACAAGAGAUGUGUGACCCCAGAUUGUGACCCUCUAUAAGAGCAAAAGUGGCCACCAUGAUUGUAACAACUACCGUGGAAUCUUCCUGCUGAGUACUGUGUUACUCACUGACAGGGUCUAUCCUGAGUCACAAUGCUUCAGAGCUCAUGUUGAACAAUCAACAUGAUUUUCUCACUGUGCCAGCUGCAGGAGAAAUGCUGAGAGCAGAAACGACCUUUGUAUAUCGCCUUCAUUGACCCGAAAAAGGCCUUUGACCUUGGCAGCCCAAAAGGACUGUCCACACUGCUCAACAAGAUAGGAUGCCCACCUAAGCUCCACAAGAUGAGCAUGUCCUUCCAUGAGAACAUGCACAGCACCAUACAGUAUGACAGUUCAUCCUCAGACACCUUCAUAAGAGUGGUGUGAAACAGGGCUGUGUUCUCACUCCAACUCUCCUUGGCUUGUUCUUCUCCCUGUUGCUCUCCUAUGCCUUCAGCUUGACCUAAACCCACAUUCCUAGCAUGUUCUCACUUCCGUUUCAGCAUCAUCUAUGCUGGUUUGGUCAUGUACACAAAUGGAAGAUGACAGGAUCCCCAAGGGCAUGCUCUAUGGGGAGCUGGCUUCAGGCAGUAGACCAGCUAUGCAUUGCAAAGAUGUUUGCAAACAUGACAUGAAGGCCGACAACAUUAACCCUUCCAUUGUAGAUGAUUGCAGUAUCUGGAGACAGUCAGGUUUUGUAUUCACAGCAGUGACCAGAGGAGGAAUGACCACUAGGAGGAGCACAGAGAGAAGAUACGCCAUAGAGCACCUGUAGCAGCCAAACUGGACAUCUUCAUCUGCCCCACCAUCGAUAAAACAUGUCUCUCCCGUAUCAGUCUCUACAGCCACAGUAGGCACUGUAACUCUCCAAUGCUUUGACUUUAUUUCUGAAGGCGCACUCUUCCAUUUGUCUCCUAAGACAGAUGGAUGCCAGCAACAACAGAUCAGGCCAAGAGCAGAGGGCCACACUUCUACUAUUUAGAAUAAGAAAGAGGGGGAGAUAGAUUUUCAUGCUUAGUCUCCAGCAGCUUCCUGAACUAGGUCCCAGUUUCAGGCCUCAAGCAGCUGAUAGUAAAUACUGAGCAGGUGGGAAGAAAAAUCCUAGGCGUAUACUGCGAAUGCCAUGUUUUCAUUAUAGUUCUGGAAGGGUUAACUGUCUUGUGCUUCUCUUCUAUAACUUUGAGAUAAAGUGACUUUCCUUAGGAAGGUCAAAGGUGUUUCUUUUCCACCUGUAGCUAAAUUAUUUGUCAGGCUUUGUUUUUGAAGUGAUUUGCCUUCAUUGUUUGCUCUCUCCUUCUCACUCCCUGCCCCCUGCAGGUGGUUAAAGUGGGCCUCAUUGAAGACUCGCCUGCGGCUACAGGUAUGACACACCCACUAAGAUCCCUGUGCUCCUUAGAGCAAAGACUGGUUAUCCUAGUUACUCCACUUCCUCCGUUAAGUGAUUACAAGCAUGAAAUUGGGUGAUCUGCUUCAGUAAUAUUGACUAGGAAAUAGCUGACAGAGCUUGACAAAGCAUGAAAAACCUAUGCUUUUUAUAGUAUGCUAUGGCUGUACAGUAUCUGCCAGCAGUGAUUUCACCAGCUGGAGUGCUAGGAAGGGUCUGAAAAGUGCCUGUAAAAACUUAAGCUACCAGGAUGGAUCCAUCCAAUAUUCUACGCCUAGAGUGGGGAGGUCCUCGUGCAGCAUUGAUCCCACCUCUCUCUGCCAGCCACCGAGCAAGGGCAUCUUAAGAGGUGGGUGGGGAUAAAGAUGUCCUGGGAUGCAGCCUGCUAUUCAGCUGAAAAGUGUGGAAUAAAUCCCACGUGCAUAUCUAUUGCUCAGAAACCCCCAAUCCCAUUCCUGAGACCGUUUGGGAAAUGCUGGCAUAAGUAUUAGUGCCAGAGAAACUUUAACUUAUGAUAAAUGCCUUGUAACUAAAACUGAAAGGCUCAGCAAGAGAACCUGAGAAUUAACAUUGCUUCUAUUUAGCAGGUAAGCAAAAUGUGUUCUCCUUCUCCAUCUCAUGAUUUCCUUCCUUUGCAGGAGAGGGAGAUGAUUCUCCCAUCAUCAGCCUCACAGUUCCCUCCACUUCUCCCCCUUCUUCCUCUGGGCUUUCCAGAGACGUCACUGCCACCCCUCCAUCAUCUCCCUCUAUGACUAGUGGACUGGCUGUCAUGGGGUAAGUCUCUGGGUAUGAAGACACUUUGUGUGGGUGGUGGUUGUGCUAUUUCUCCUUAUCAUGUUGGGAACCCUGGACACAUUUGCUGGGAAAAUAAAUUAUGAAAGAUCCUAAGAGCAAAGUAAAUGCCACAGACGGUGUACACACCACUGUCUCUUUACUGUGAUCAUAUAUUAAAAAACUAUUCUAGUCAGUCUCCUGAAGUAUCAGGGCAUCAGAGCUUAAUCCCCUGUUCACCCUUAUCUCCAGAGUGAAUUCAGUAGCCAAGAUUUAUGCCUGGCUAUCAUCAGUCACCACAUAAUUAUCUCCAUUGGCAGCCUGCCAACAAAAGACAUUCAAUCCGCCAUGUUCUUCCCCCGAAAGUCCCCUUUUCAAAUAUCUGUGUUGUCAAUGCAAAUAUGUCAGUUAGCAAUAGCUUUUUCAACAAUGCAAAACUUGCUCAUGUUUCUUUCCACUUUUUCCUGUCACUUGAUCACAGGUCCCCCAAUAGCCCUUAUGGCGAUGUCAUUGGGCUGCAGGUGGAUUAUUGGCUAGUUCAGGCCACGGAAAAAAAGAAGGAAGGGGAGAAAAAAGACGCCAGCUCCAAAAAUACACUCAAGAGUGUCUUCCGCUCGGUGCAGGUGUCACGGCUUCCAAACAGUGGGGAAACCCAGUUGUCUGGGACCAUGGCCAUGACUGUUGUCACCAAAGAGAAGAACAAGAAAGGUGAGUUAUGGAGAGUGGCACUUCCUCUUUACUGGGGGUGCUCCUUCCUGGAGGCCUUUGCAUGAUAGCCUGCCCCUUGAACCAUUUAGCACUGCUGAAGACUUACCCUGCAAGUCUUGCCAUAAGCGUGCCAACUCUUCUACUUCGUGUUUUAAGAGAGAGACUCGUUUUCACUAACUGGGGGUCCUUGUGCUUUCUAGUUCCCACAAUUUUUCUGAGCAAGAAACCCAAAGAGAGAGAAGUAGAUUCCAAGAGCCAAAUGAUUGAUGGAAUCAGCCGGCUGAUCUGCUCUGCAAAACAGCAGCAAACUAUGCUGAAAGGUAAUGCUUGCCCCUGGGAUCAGGGAUGCCUGAUGGUACUGAAGGUGACUGGGAAGGAUUUCAAAAUGGUGAGGGACCUGAUAAACUAGAAGGGAUUUCAUUAUAUUAUUUCUUUAUAAUAAUUUAUAGUGGGGUAGGGAAUUGGAUCUAACCAGAGAGCCAGAUCCAGAAGUGACUAACUCUUCAUUUCUCAGCACAUCUGUUCUGUUGGGGAACAGAACAGAGUUCAGUGGAUUUAAGAGGUCCCAGAUUCAAUAACUGGAACCAAGCAGUAGGGGAUGGGAAAGGUCCCUGCCCCUAACAUCCUGGAAAGCCACUGCUAGACAGUUUAUCCUGAGUUCAAUGUACCAAUGAAGAAUACUUGGUAUAAGACACCUUCCUAUGUUCAUAGGAAUCGUCUCUCUUCUCUCUAGUUUCCAUUGAUGGUGUGGAGUGGAGUGACAUCAAGUUUUUCCAGCUAGCUGCCCAGUGGCCAACCCAUGUGAAACACUUCCCUGUCGGACUCUUUGGCUCGAAACCGGCCUGAUGAUGACAACACGGUGGUCCCUCCUGUGUCCUCAUCACUCUGCUGCAAUGCGGCAUCACCUCUGUCCAAACCAUCAGCCAAAUCAGAGCUGUCCUGUGGUAACUUCACCCAUGUUGCAUUACUGUGUGUUGAUCUGGUCUCGCCAGGGAGGGACCAGCCUCUGGUGCCAAGAGAGAUGCUACAUUUUUGUCUCCAGCCAAGGAGCCGCCCGCCAAUUGCUUUCUCAUAUUUUUCUGCCACACCGUGUCGUGGGUGUCCAGCCUCCAUCUGUGCUGAGUCCAUUGCAUUUUGGGAACAAAUCCCAAAAUAUUUGGAUUCUGUUGGUUUCCCAUCACUCCUGGCGCACACGCCUUCUCUGAGCUGGCAUGCCUGUGUCUUCCUGAAGAAUGUGUUUGAGAACUUGUGGUCCACAAAACUUCGCCUUUAACAAUAUUGUUCUUUUUUACAUUUUAGCUUUUGCUGAGCCAACCGAGAGCUUUACUGAGCACCCACUCUCAAAGUUCUCCUUUUCAACCUCAGCCUUUCCAAAAGCACAAAGCUUGCAAAGCCCAAAUUGGCUGUUGUGUUAGCAACCAAACUCAACCCCAUCUGGUUCUUGCCAUUAGUAGGCAAGGCCCUUUCUCCUGCCGCCAACCCAUCCUGUGUCACGUUGCUAGGUCAAACAUGCCAGGUUGGUGGAAGGAGCCUCAGCAAUCUUGCGCGGUUGCCACUCCUUGCAGAGAUGAGGAGCAGAAAAGUCAGUUGUAGGGAGCUAGAAGCAGACACUUUUCUUGAACAGGCACACCCACUGCUCUCCCAUGGCUGUGUCCCUUCACUCUUUCAUGUUUGUACUGCUCUUUUCUUACACUUCCCCUCAUCUCACCUUCAAAGUGUUUUUUAAAAGAACUUAGGUCACCUAAGAUACAUUUCCAUUGCUUUGUAAGACUCCACUUGCUAGUGUGGCAUCACAGUGCAGUGAGGGGUGGGGGAGGUUGUCCACUAUACUGAAGAGUUGGAUAACUUCAUUAGAAAGCCUGUCUUGAAACUCACCCUGUUCAUCUGUGUUUGGCAACAGUUCUGAGAGGUGUGUACUCCCAGCCACAUGCCACAGUCAAGAGGAGAAGCUACACCUUGUUCCUCUGCCCUCUUUCUGGCUGCUGAGCCUGCCUUGUGGUGUGAUGCAUCUCAGCACAAGGAGAUACUUUGGGGGGACCUGCUCAGCCAUCUGUGCAGUCUACUUGCCACAGCCAUUUAUAAGGCAUGGUUGGGAUCCCAGCAGCAUUCCUUCCCUUUUGGCAUUUCAGUUUUGGGGUUUUUAUUUGAAGUAGCCCCAUGUUGCAGAGCCUCUGGGAACUCUAUGUGCCAUACGAGAAGUAGCAGACUUUGCCAAGCAUUCCUCUUCUGAGCACUCGCCUUGGCAGGCAAGAGAUCAGCCUUUGCCCUGAGACUUGAAGGGAGCAAGUUGAAUAGCUGCAGGGGUUGGAUGCAUGGCUGAGACCAGAGGUUCCUUGACAGUGAUGCAAAAUAGCUUUAACAACUGCAACAUAGUGAUGCCUAAGGAAGGCUGGAGAAAAGGCUACUUUUGUGUAGUAAGCCUGCACUUCAUAGGGCAGUUUUUGUGUGCUUGAUAUGCACUUCUGUCCCUCAAAGACCUUCCCUCCUUCCUUCUCCAAGCAUUGACACUCCUGUUUUGUUUUCUGUUGUUUUGCUAAGGUAGUAAAACAUGAAAACAAACAGGGGCCCCUGAAGCUGGUAUUGCAGGCGACAAAUGGGAGCCACCUUGCCUCCUCUCCUAGAGCACUUUGUCAGCAGCUCCGAGAUGCUUCCAGGGAGCUGUGCUGCUUUUUAUCUGUUCCUGACCAGCAAUAAAUCAAACCACCCCUACUGUGGGGUUUGGCAGCACAUCAUCAGCCCACUUUAUUGGCUGUUUGAAAUGGCUUUGGGGCCAUCAUAAUGCUUAAGCACUUAACUGCUCGUAGCAUACAGUGUGGCUCUGUCAAACAGUGGAGCGUACAAUCCACAUUCAGUCUUUUAGAUGGCUUUUAGAUUUUUGAAUCCACAUAUAUUUUCAGAGGCCCCAAAAUUCAGCUUGAAGUAACUGUGUGUAUAAGUAGAGUGAAAUUUUGUCUCGCUGGAAGUGGUUUCUAGGCUAUUACAGUGGAAGGGGAAAUGUGGAGGUGGCAGGGAGAGAGCUGGCUUUAUAAAUAACUCUUGAGCAAUCUGCUCUGCUUCCCAGAUUGAAAGAGGAGGACCCAGGCAAGCUCUUUGCCUUCAAAAAGUUUUUUCCCCAAGGCCAGUUCUUUUAGGCUUGUCCUUGAGCCACUGCAGCUGUUUCUUGAGAGAUCCCAAGAAGAAUGACUAUAAGUACCAGCAGCUUCGUUCACCUCAUGCCCCUGGGUGGGGUGUCCCCCUCGAGGCUUAACUGGCAGUGGGCCCCUGGAUCGGAUUGCAUCCCCCUCAUUGUGGAGUCUCGGUGGCAGAUAAAAAAACCUGUACACUUUUUUCUGUUUCCUUCCCUUGGCUCCUGCUGCUGUGGCUAUGUUACAAAUGUGGCUUUUGUACUACUCUGUCCCAAGCAAUGCUCUGAGCCACAAAGUGAACUUGAUCUUGUGUGUCUGUCCUAAACACUGCAGCCCCCUGCCUCAAGGAGGAGAUGUCACAGAUAUCUUGGCAUGCUACAUAUUUCAUUUUGAGUUAGAUCUCUCUUUGUGUCCUCCCCAUUCAUUGAAUACUGAAUAAACUCCUUGGCUCAAAUGUGAGAAAGGAGGUUUAUAGCGAUAUGUCACUUACCCCAUGGGCUUUGGGGGCAGGUGCUGCUUCCUCUGCAUGAAAGGGAGCGGGGUGCCGCCCAGAACAUGGGGUAUUUAAAUAAGCACAACUCUGAACAUUUUCUUCCUACUUGCUCUGUAGAAAUGCUUCCUGUCUCAUUUUCAUAUUCAUAAGCAAAUGUCACUUCCAGUCCAGUUGCUUCAGGUUGAGGGUCUGAGAGAGCCUGCAAAAGGCAACCCAUUUUCAAGUUGGGAGAAGCAAGGGAGCAGUUUGGCUCCAAGUAGCCAACGUCCAGGAUUCUUUGACACUUUGCCAUGGAAACAUCCACCCUAAUGGGCUUCCAUUUUAAGAUCCCGUUUUUUUAGAUUUGGCCUGUGAAACUUUCGACCUUCCCUAAACGUGAGUGGGGUCCACCAGCAGCACAUGGUAGCCCACCAGGAGCUCAGUAAGCUUGCUAUUGUUGUUCAAAACUUUAAAAAUGGAGAGAUUGUUGAGCACCUGGCAGGCUACAGUCCGUGGUGGUGGGGGGCAGGGUAACAAGCUGUGCAUGUCAAGAACAGGGUGGAACUUACGAGUGGAUGGGAUUCAUUCAGCAGCCAAUCAACUCUGCCUUCACCAUGGUUUAAUUUUCAUGACCUCCUCUUGGUUGCCUUUGGCCAAUCGGAAAUGGAUGUGGGAGAAGGGCAAGUAGCGACAGAAGUCUGUGUCUGUAGCUGCAUCCUGGGCUUCUGUAGAAGUGCACACUAGUGCCCCCGCCCACUCCACAAGUCAGAUUGGUGCAGUGUUGACACCGUAUGUGCCCAUCUGCCCAUCAAACCAGCGCAGGACCGCCUCACACGUGUUGCAUUAUUCUUUGUGGCCUGGCUGUUCAGAUUCAUGCUUUGCAAAGGCGCACACACACUCUUGCUCUCACAGCUGUGGUCUGGGACAGAGAGGGCUUGUUAAACUUGGGCUUGUUAGAUUUGUGAAACCACUUGCAGGACUGGGGCAGACAGCUGGCUUGGUUCCCUCCCCUCCUUUUUCCCUUUAGGGUCUCCAGUGUUUAACCUUCCUGCACCCAUAAUGCACAAGGGAGUGGAAGGAAAGUUCAUUCCAAGAAGCAGCUGUCCAGAUAGCUCUGGAAACCAAGUCCUGCAGCUGCUUGCUUUGGAAUGGGUGUGCAUGCAGCAUCCUCCCAGUGGAAACUGUUGGCACUGUAGGAAGGAUCCUGACACCCUAUCCAGUCCCUUGGAUUACCAUCUCCCCUUCUUAAGUGGGUGGCCCUUUCUCUUCCCUGAGGAAUGCAGGUUCAGGAGGCUAAGCUGAAUGGAUGUGCCUCCAAGGAUGGAUGGGCAGGAGUCGCUCCCACAUUAAGCACUUUGUCCUUUGUGCCUAGCGAAAGGUGAUAGUCGCAGACUCCUAACAUGGAAGGAAAAUCACCCUGCCUCAGGGACAUGCAGAUGGGCUAGCAACUCCAAGAACCACACACAUCAUAUUCAUUCCCUGAGCAUCAUUUCACUUGGUUCCUCCUUACCCCAAUACCCACCUACCACUCCUGAGCCAGCCCCACGAAAGAGCCUACCAAAGAGUACACUCUUCCCCAGGGAAUGACAGUCCCAGGAAAGAGCCACGGUGGGGGAGGCACUCUGCUCCAGGGAGCUCUCCAAGGUCUCUGUUCAUUGCUUCCGUACAGCCUCGCCUCAGGCCUAAUUUCUCAUGUGUCGACUGUUACAGUAAGUGUGUCCAUCUGAGGACCAUUGUGUUUCCUGUUUUUUGCUGUGUGGAUUUUGCACAUUCUGGAACUUUUGUCUAUAAAUUCAGAUUAUCUGGAUUUUUGUGUCUGUUAUGUAUCCCAGCCACUGUACAUAAAUAUGAGUUUUGUAUAUAAUCUCAUUUUAUUCUCCUUUCUUUUUGUAAGUGUGUUGAUUCUCUUGGUUUGUACUGCAGGCUCCAAACGAUCCACAUUAAGAAUCUCUGCUUGUUUAAAUUUUGGAGCCUUGUUGGUAUUUGAUGCAUUCUAUCCUUGGCGGGUGGGGUCUGUUGUCUCCCCACUCCCACUCACUAUUUUUGGAGUUUUUCAUUAAAUAAAUUGUGUUUUUUAAAAUAAUACCUUAAAAUCUCAAGCUUGAUCACUUUAUGCUUUAGUUCCUCCUUAAAGCUCCCUGGAUACGGUCCACAUGAGAAAAGCAAAGGGGCAAUACAAGAGAACCAGCCACUGACUUCACUUUUCCAAAAUCUAAAAGCAGAGAACUGGGGCGGGAGGCCUCAUAGUUGGAAUAGAGAAACUGCAUUUCAACUUGCUAUGUUUUGCUUUUCUUUGCUUUAAGGAAAUGCACAAAGAAUGUGAAUACUUUGCAACUGGCACAACAGUCCUCUGGGGGAAAACAAAAGCUUAUAAAUCACAGAAGCAAAAAUAUUCCGAACUUUGGCCAUGGGUAACAGCAGUGUGGAAUUCAAAGCUCUCCUAUACCUUAUACCAGAGGUUCCCAACCUUUUUGAGUCCACUGCUCCCUUGACAAACUACAUUUUUCUGCUGCACCCCUGUCGGGCUUAGGAGCCCAAUUAUGUCACCCUAGCCUGCAGAGCUGGCAGUCUCUCACCCUUUUUCAAAUACCCUCCCUUGUGGAGUGUUCCCUCAGCCUCCUCUCCUUUCCCCUCUCCUUGGGAGUCCUCUGGGUAGUUACAUCUCCUGCCCCUGGUCUCUGAGCUUUCCCCCCACCCCAAAGAGAGGUGCCUCCUCCCACUGUCCCACAAGGGUCUGGGAAGCACCCCUUGGCCAGUCCCAGAGGCACCAUUUGCCUGUGGAGCUUGUAGCCAGGGCUGCUGCACCAAACAGCUGUGCAAGCCUCUGGGAGGCAGAGAUGCAAGAGGGCAUCAGAGGAGGGAAGGGACAGAGGCCAGUGUUGCCCAUGGCACCCCUGACCAUCAUUCAAGGCACCCUAGGGCACCAUGGCACUCUGGUUGAAAACCACAGCUUUAUACAACAGGUGUUUGCCUGCACUGGUGCCAGUCUAGAAAGAAUUGGGAACCCGCACAGGAGGGAAAGUUCCCCUUUGCUGUAGAACCUCAGCCCAGAUGAGCAGAGCUCAUCGUGAUUGUACGCUUCCGCAAGAAACAAAUGUUCCUUCAGCUGCUUCUUAACUAGUUUUCAUGACACGUCAGUCAAAAACUAUCCUUAUCUUUAAUAUGGUCAGAAAGCCAUAAACAUGGCCAUAAAGCAAUCUAGAUAAAUACAUAAAAGAUAUGCAAUAUUAAACCACGUUGCUAGGUCCAUUAUCUAAAUGAAUUUUAUAUUGUUUUUAUUGCUGGUUUGUUUGCCAUUCUGGGCUCCUUUGGAAGAAGUGUUAGGAUAUGAACUUAUCAGCAGCAGUAAUGCAUGUUAUAAAACUCACGUUGGGUUAGCUAACAAGGCACACAAAUAAAACUACUGUAGGAAAGAGUGUACAGUGCUAGAUAAUUCCUUUAGCAACUUACACAUACAUUAUCCUGACACUCUUCACACCCAUGAAAGAAUGGAAUUGCCUUUUUUAAAAUUGCAGGGGCCCUAUGCGGUUUCUGGAAUAAUUAUUUCAGUACAAAGAUUUAAAACACCUGUCUACUAAAAUACAUUUUCAGAUUAUAAGAAAGUUUUCUAAUCAAGUAACAAACUGGUCCUGCUGUGUAGGUAUUAGGAGCUUCCUUUGAAGAGAAAUUUUAUUUAAACUUCCCACAUAAUAAGCAUAUAAGGAGAGGAACUUGCAGUAUACAGUGGUACCUCAGGUUAAGUACUUAAUUCGUUCCGGAGGUCCGUUCUUAACCUCAAACUGUUCUUAACCUGAAGCACCACUUUAGCUAAUGGGGCCUGCUGCCGCUGUACCGCCAGAGCAUGAUUUCUGUUCUCAUCCUGAAGCAAAGUUCUUAAUCUGAGGUACUAUUUCUGGGUUAGCGGAGUCUGUAACCUGAAGUGUAUGUAACCUGAGGUACCACUGUAAUCCCACAAAUGUUUAUGCAAGCAGCAAACCUCCCAGAGUUCAACGAAACUGAUUCUCUCGUUAGUGUGUUUGGCAUUAUUGUCUUUGGUAUCUCUAAAAAGAGAAAUCUCAUCCUGGGGAGCUGCCACUGAGCAAAUAAAAAGAAAUGGUGGGGGCAACAGCAGUAGGCAGCUAAAAGAAAUGGAGGAAAAGCACUAAGUUCUUACCUACUUUAAGUUUAGCCCAAACGUAUGCAGGCUCACCCGCAAACAUACUAAAUAUUGCCACCACAAUCCCUUCUCCCCAUUCUCUCUCCCCUCCUUCUUCCCCCACCUUAUUCUGUAUAAUGUCUCACAUCAAAUGUAGAAAAGACUUUACGGUUUGGGAAAAGAAAAAAAGACUGCACAUUUUUUGUGAACCAGGAAGAUAUUUUAUUUAUUUUUUAAAAACCUGGCUCUGCUCAGUGGAACUUACUCGCAGUUCUAGUAUGUGUUGGAUGGUUGCUAUACUCAUUCAGCUAUACAUGGAGCGAGUGAAGACAGGGGAAAACUGGUACAUGGAAGCUAGUGUAGUGUCCUGGUUAAAGUACUGGGUUAGGACCAGGGGGUGCCGAGGUUUAAAUCCCCACUAACCCUUCAUGAAAUUCAUUGUGUGACCUUGGGCCAGCCACUUCUCUCAGCAUACGUAGCCACAUUCACACUAUACAUGUAAAGCACUAUGAUGGCACUUUAAGCAGCCAAGGGUUCCCUCAAGCAUUUCUGGGAGCUGUAGUUUAAAGGUGCUGAAAAUUGUUAGGAGACCCCUAUUCCCCUCCCAGAACGACACUUUUCAGAGUGGCUUAACAAUCACUUGAUCUUCAUAGGGAACUCUUAACCAAAAUCAAUUAACUAAAUCAGCCGACCUACGGAAUCGGUCUCUCUGCGCUAGGAUCAUGCAAUCCCCCCCCCCCCCGCGCACCUUAUAAGAAACAAAUUCCUAAGCGGGGGGGUCAACCGGACGCCAGAGUAAGAGGCCUCCCCGCAACGCAGCCAAAGAGAAGAAAAGGAUCGCCUAAAAAAGAGGGGAUUUGGGAGGAGACAUUUUCGCACGCCGAGGAAGAGGCGAUCUAUGCACCGUUAGCAGAGCGCUAAACCACAUCGCACACGAAGAUUUGCUUCGGAGCAAACUUGCCUAGGAUAGGAUCGCCCUAUUAAUUUGCGAAUUGUGUUCUGUUUGCGUUUUGUUAUUGUUGCUCCAGAGAACUCCUGACAUGAGGCGAUAACCAUAAAAUGUAGCGAAUAAAUAAAACGAGAGGCGCCCCCCCCGCCCCUUUAAACACAGCGGGACUUUUCUUCGUAAACACGCACCGUUUCCCGCUCAUUUAACCAAGUGUGUGCGUGGCCGGGGGGGGGGGAUAACCUCUCCAGGUGGAGGGGCCCGUUGCCCCACCCGGCUGCAUUUACUGACAUAUAAAAACACGUGCCAGGACUUACUUAUUAAAGAUGCAAAAGGGAAAGCACCAAGUAAACCGGUAAGAACUUCGGAAAGAGAACCCAAGGCAUCCUUCCCCUCCCCUUUAAGGCGGGAAGGCAGGACCGGCGGCGGCGGCGCUCCUCCUUAUUUGCCCUCCGGCACUAUUUUCCCGGCCGGCCAGGUUGCCCCCUCCCCUUUAAGGCGGUUGUUUUGGGGCGGGGCCGCGCGGCUGCCGGUGCCGCAGUGCCUGCCGGGAAGGAUGUGAGGCCGCCGGUGGCUGGAGAAAGAGCAGAAGCGGCGGCGGCGGCGACGACGAGGGAGGCGCGCGCAGGUGCGUUGCGUCGUGUCGUGUCGGCGGUGGUGCUGAGUCGGUGGGCGGUGGGCCUCCUCGGUCGGCAGAGCCCCUCAUAUGUGGUGGAAACGAGGGGGUGGGUGUUCGCGCCGAGAGUGAGGGGAGGGGAGUCGUCCUCCCCCCCCAAGUAAAAUCCCUCUAUAGGAUGAAAAUGAGGGGUGGUCGUUCGUCGAGUCAUCUUGUGCCCCCCCCCAAGCAAAAAGGUACCCGAGUGGCUGGUUGGUUGGGCAGGGAAUCUCCCUUCUGCCAUGUAAAAGCCUCCCCCCCCCACGUCAGUAAGGUGGAAAUGGGGGGGGCUCUCUGCAUGACCCCCCCUCCACCGCUUAGGGUGAAAAGGAGGGAGGGUGGCUGCCCAGGAUAUAAGUGAGAAGUGGCCUGUCAGACAGCUCCCCCCCCCCCAGGAUGAAAUGCGGGCUGGCUGGUGGGAUACUUGAGCAAAAACUGCCCCUCGCAGAAGAUGGAGAUGAGGGGGCGGCCAGGUGGGUGAGCGAAUUCCCUCAGCAGAGGAAUGUAUGGUGUUGGUAACCCCCCCCAUAAGUAAAUUGUGGUCCUUCCUUCUCAAAGCUUCCUCCAAGGGUGGUCAGGUGGAGGAUGGGUGGGCAAGUUCCUUCAGCUUGUUAUAAGGGCUUCUCAAGAAGAAGCCAAUGGGGCAGGCAGAGGAGACCCCCACCAAUUUCAUAAAGGUGCCCACAGAAACACACAUUAUAAGUGGGGGGAUGAGUUAUCCCAGACGAAAGAGAGGGACCUGAGAAAGAUGUUCCUUUGCGUUUCCAAAAAGAUGGGGGGGUGGGAUGGAGUGGGCAAGGACAAAACCUCCUUAAAUGGAGGGGUGAGUUUUCCGAACCCAGGAGAAUGAGGAAUGUGGUUAGAGGGGAGUCUUGUAAGGGAUUCCUCCACACAACAAAAAAAAGGCAGGGUUGGGUAUUCAGAAGUUGGGGGGGGGGGAGCUAAUUAGACACUCUUUUAAAAGGAUGAGGGCCUAUCUAAACCAAAAGGGGUUCCUUCCACCAGCUGGAUGAGGAAUUGGUCAAGAGGUGAGUCCUCUCAAGACAAGAGGUACUCUAGAAAAGGAGAGAAUUAUUCCCCAAAAGGAAGGUAGUUGGUUAGGUAAAAGAGGGGACCCCCUAAGUCCCUCAUAAACACUGAAAUGUCAGAAGAGGCUUUUGCAAAUAUUCAGCUAGCAGGAAUAGAGUAGAGGGAGAGAGAAGUUAUUAGAGUUCUCUCGAUAAAAAAAGAGUGGAGGGGCACUAUUGUAGCAAGGGGCUGCAGAGUGUCCAAAAUAUGGGACCUAAUGUAUUGUGGGGGGGGGAGUGAGGAUACCUUGUGGGUUGAUUUGAGACAACCCCCCUUCAAGGAAAGGGUGAUGGACAUAAAGUGUGGCACUCUUCUCCCCCCCUCCUCCCCCAGCCACAAAGUAAUCAUGGAUGAAAAUGCUUCUGGAGUUGAAGUAGAGAAUCCCCUUUAAGAUGGUGGAGUUUCAGAAACUUUUACCCCAGAAAGAAGAGAUGGAGGCCCCCAGGAGAGGGGGGGGGUUAUACAGGUGAUGUCUGAAAGUGAGAAGAUAUUGGAAGAGCAGGAGAUCCACCUGCAGAAGGGCAUUAGCUGGGCCGCCAGAGAAGAGGAAUGAAGACUUGUAUACAUCAUUGCUCUGCUGUAGUGACUCUUAUAUUGCCAUCUAUUUUUUAAAAAAUUUGAAUAUAUAAUAUAAACCACCUUGGGAACUUUGAUUAGUAGGCAGGUAUAAAUACUCCUAAAUAAAAAUAAAUAAAAGAGCAAGGAGUUCCUUUUCAAAAAGUGAGACAGGUGUCUAGGGAGGUGAUGAAGGAGAAGGGAAUCGCCCUCUUUCCUGCCUUACCAUAAGAGGGUGGGAGGCAUCAUUAGGAUCUCCACAAAGUUAAAAUAGAGGUUAAGGUAGUACCCUACCUUCAGUAUGAUCAAAGAGAGGGGAGACUACAUGUACCUUGAAGGAGCACAGUCAAGGCCUGCAGAGGAGGAAGGAGGCAUGUUGCUAACUGGUUGGGCAAAGACGGCUGAGAGAAAAGGAGGCAUGGUGGGUUGGUUAAGAAGUUGGGAAAAGAAAGGGUGAAAAGCAGGAAGAUUGAAACCCACCCCCCCAGAUAAAUUAGAGGGAUUCUGCAAUGCCUCAAAGGCAUAGAGGAGGUAACUCAGUCAAUGAGAUUAUCCUCCUGAAGGUUUAAGGGGUGGUUGGAAUAGGUGAGAGGGGUGAACCCCAUAAUUCAUGAAGACUACCAGACUGAAGAUCAGGCUAGGGAGACAACCCACUCUGUUUGGAGAUGAGGAGAAGAUGAAGCAGAUAAUAUUGAAUGAAUUUGGAUCAUCCCUUGAACAUCAGAGGACAGAAACAAGCUGGGUUAGGGGGAGUGGAACCCCAACUCUUUAAAAAAAAAAAAUAUCUGUGAAGGCCUCAGAGUCAGUACCAUUUCAAUGCUCUGGAAAGAACUCAAGUAUAAGGGGAGAAAUUUGAGAGGGUGGAACGACAAAGUAGUCCCAUGUCCCCCAAUUCCCAGAAAUAAUCCAAGCCUAAAAGGAAGAGUUUCUGGACAAGAGGUGUUUUAAUAGGCCAAGAAUUCUGGAAAAGGCACAUAGGAGGCUCUUGAGGGCUUGGCUAUAUCUCCCUUGCAUCUUACACUUGAUUUUGGAGGUGCUUCUUUACAGUUGUGUGGGCCUAAUGUGUGUAUGUAUGUAUAUGUAUAUAUGUGCACCUUGAGCCUGUGUGAUCAUACAGCAAGGAAGGGCCAUCUGUUCAGAAGUUCAGGUCUUGUUUCUUCCUUUUUUUCUUUGUUGUGAUCUUCAUCAGAAAUCCUGACUAUCCAGUUUCUUGAAAUGACGGACAUGCUUGUAAAGAGGGAUUUCCUUUAAAGAAAAUCAAAGAUGAAAAGAGUACAGAGGUCUCUACUUUUGCCCUAAAAAAAGCCCCAGAGUGGAAAAUCAAAUCUGCAGAAUACUUUACAACUGAGGUGGGCGGGUUUGUGUGAAAGAAUAGAUAUGCAAAGCUUCCCUGCCCUUUGCGAUGUAGAGUGGAUGGGUGGAUAUUUCUUGUGUCGCCCCCCCUCCUUUUUUUUGCUUCUGUACCUGGCCUAGGUAAAUAGCAGAUCCUAUAAAAUGGGAGAUACUGCCCAAAGUUCCUUGAAAGAUUCUGAAACCUCUGGCUGAAAGCAUUUCCUUCCUUACUUCAAGGGGCGGGGAUGUUACCUUGCACCAGUCCAUCAUUCAUCCUUUCCCCUCUCCUCUUGAUAAAGAGAAUGUUAAAAGGGCAAUGGAAAGGAGAUUGAAAAUAAAAGGGUAGGCUGAGAGGGAGAAAUCCUUUUAUAAACAGAUAUGACUGGGGGGGGCACAGAGCACACUUCAUUCAUAUUUGGGCAGGGGUCAGUGCAGUUCUCAUCAUUUGGAUACAAGGACUUCUGAGUUUCAGCUCUUUUUCAGAUCAAGUAGAGACGGGCAAAGUGAGUUAUUAGAAAUGGCAGUCUGGUAACUUAAAGGGAAAAGAAGUGUGUCUGGUUCUAUCCUGCGUGGGAGAGGUUAAAGCGAUCCCUAUUGCGCUGCGGCUUCGGUUUGGUUUGCUGGGCACGGGACUCCACGCCGCAUUGCGUCUCGAUUGCUGGGGCCUGAGCCAGCCACCUACUGGGGGAGCCGGGAAAUGCAAUGACAGCCGGACAGGAGGAAAAAGGGGGGGUUGGGUUUCUCUGCCCCUCUUCUCUCCCCGCCCCUCCCGCUUUUCCUUUCCCUCAUCUCAAAAAUGGUAGAAUUAGAAAAGGUUCGGAAAAGGCCAACUGAGAAGAUCAAGGGGGGUGAAGUGACUCCCCCAUGAGGAAAAAUGCAGCAUUUGGGACGUUUUGAGCUAGGAGAAAAAAACCGAGGAAGAGGUGGCACGAUAGAAGUUUAGAAAAAUCAUACCUGGCGUGGAGAAAGUAGACGGAGAAAAGUUUUUCUCCUUCUCGCAUAACGCUAGAAUUCGUGGACAUCCAAUGAUGCUGAAUGUUCAGUUGGGGGAAAAGAAAGUCCUCUUUCAUGCAGCGCAUAGUGGAACUGGUACUCGCUCCCCCAGGAGGAAGGCAUGGCAACCAACUUGGGUCGCUUUGAAAGAAGAUUGGAUAACUUCAUGGAGGAGAGGGCUAUCAGUGGCUGCUAGCCAUGGAGGCUAUGCUCUGCCUCUAGAGCAUUAGCAGGCAAACUAAGGCCCGGGGGCUGGAUCCGGCCCAAUCGCCUUCUAAAUCCAGCCCACGGGUGGUCCGGGAAUCAGCGUGUUUUACAUGAGUAGAAUGUGUCCUUUUAUUUAAAAUGCAUCUCAGGGUUAUUUGUGGGGCAUAGGAAUUCAUUCAUUCCCCCCCCUCAAAAUAUAGUCCGGUCCCCCACAAGGUCUGAGGGACAGUGGACUGGCCCCCUGCUGAAAAAGUUUGCUGACCCCUGCUAGAGUCAAAGGCGGUGAUUCUUCCUAAUACCAGUUGCAGGAGAGAGUGCUCUUGUUCUCAGGUCCUGCUUUGCAGGUUUCCCAUAGGCAUCUGGGCAGCCACAGUGAGAACAGGAUUCUGGACUAGAUGGGCCGUUGUCCUGAUCCAACAGGCUCUGAUGUUCUUUGAUUCCUGAAUUGCUGGGGGGGGGGUGUCCAGCUGCACCUUCUGCCAGACCUUUUUCCUCAUUCAUGAUGGGGCUGUGACUCAUCGCCCCUGUGUUGUAACUACAACCAUUCCAAAGUUGAACUCGAGCAUACCUAACAGGUUCUGGUGCUCAGCCUGGCCUCACCCUGUGCCACAUCCUCGCUGCAGGUAUGCAAAGCUCAGGUGUCAUCUGGGUCACUUAGAGACAGUCUUUUGCACUCCAGAAGUCAAAUCCCACUGUGGUUGUUUGAUGGUAGGGCUGCUCCCUUGUGAGUAUGUUUUAGGAUUGCUGCCUAAGGGUACGAGUGGCUCCCCUGAAUAGCAGGUAGUAAUGUUCUUUCUCAUGUGCCUACGCUUUAGAGUAGGGUUUCCCAAACUUGGCUGUUUUUGGACUACAACUCCCAUCAUCAUCAUCACUGACCACUCAUCCUGCUAGCUAGGGAUGACCUUCCAACAAGCCUUUUAAAUAGAGAUUAAGAUCCCUGUUUCCAUCUAUAUUAGAACUGUUUUUAAGAAGUUCUCAUUGUUUUAUUGCUUGUCUGUUUGCCACCAUGGGCUCCUUGGGGUGGAAGGGUGGGGUGUAAAUUUAAUUAAUAAUAAUAAUAAUUACUUAAUCCAUAAAAAAUCACUUGUUCACAUGCACUCGUAUACCAGCAAAAGUCAUGUAUUUCCUCUAAGACAAAAAAACCAACUUGUGUGAUGCUUCUGUGCUUCCUUUUUCAGUCUAACCUACCUCACAGGAUUGUUGUCAGGAGGGGCCAUGUGUGCUACCUUGACCUACUUUGGGGAAGAGUGUGAUAGAGCCAUCAUUAUUAAAAUAAAUAAAACAAGCCUGGUUUAGUGGACCUAUUCCAACUCUCUCCACCAUAUUCUUUUCUCUCUCUCUCUCUCGCUUAGUGAUGGCGACCAUGUUGUACCCCCGUGAGGAGAAGCUGGAGAAGAUGAGCCAGGAUGAGAUUGUGUUGGGCACCAAGGCAGUGGUGCAAGGCCUGGAGACACUGCGCACUGAGCACCACUCGCUGCUGUCCGCCCUUCUCGACACCGUCAACCGGCUGGAGCAGCAGCACGAAACAAGCGCUGCCCAGGAGAAGGCCAGCCUCUUGCGCAAAUCUCUGGAGGCCAUCGAGCUGGGCCUUGGGGAGGCUCAGGUAACAGCCACUAGUUCAGGGAUGAGGAACCCUGUGGGCCAUUUGGAUGCAGAGAAAUGGUAGGAGGAACCAGCUGGGGAACCACAAAGGGAAGAAGGCUGAGAGCCUGGGAAGUGGUGGUGGCAUAACGAUGAGUGGCCAGAGGGAGAGGACUGGGAAGAGGAGCUGAAGAGGUAACAGGGCUUAGUGAGCUGGGAGAGUCUGGCAGAGAAAAGCUCCGAAUCAGAGACAGAAGCUGAAGCAGGAGAGUGGGAUGAGGGAGGCCAAGAGGCAGAGAUAAGUCAGGCUGGUGAAGAGUCACAGGUGUCUCUCCCUCCCACCUGCUGUGACAAGCUCCCCUUCCCCCUUGUCUCCUAGUACCAGAAGAGUCAUGAAAAGCGUGGAGAGGUUGGCUGCACGCAGGCGCAGUCCCCAAUUGUUUGGAAAAAGCCCUGGAGAGGAUGAGAUCUAGAUGGCUGUGGGGAAGUGGAGACCUUUAGUUUUGUGGAGUAAGGCCUAGAUGGAAUGAAUGGCUGCGCUCGUUAGGCCUGGCACUCAGCCAAGUCUGCGGAUAUCAUGUUUUUACUAAAAAAGAGUUAACGCCAACUUUCAACUGAGUGACUUACUGACUGGAUGACUCGGUGCCUGCUGAGCUGACGGGGGUUGAUGGGAGUCCCAGCAGUAUCUGGAGGGCCAGAGUGUCGCUAACGCAAGGGUUCCUGGGGCUUUGACACCUGUAUUCCCUUUCCUAGUUGGAAUUUCACAGGCCUGUGUUCACACUAAGUCUCCGGUUACAGGUGAUCAUUGCCCUCUCCAGUCACCUGAGCGCGGUGGAGUCGGAGAAGCAGAAGCUGCGGGCUCAGGUGCGGCGCCUGGUGCAGGAGAACCAGUGGCUGCGCGAUGAGCUGGCUGGGACCCAGCAGAAGUUGCAGCGGAGCGAGCAGUCCGUGGCCCAGCUGGAGGAGGAGAAGAAGCACCUGGAGUUCAUGAACCAGAUUAAGAAAUUUGAUGAUGAUGUUUCGCCAUCGGUGAGCCUUCUCUUUUUCUUCUUCUGAUUUCUCUCAACCCUACGCUCUCCUACUCAUGACCCUCCAUAUUUAGAGAAUGAGCUGCACUUAUGAUGUCCACCAACCUAGAUGGCUUUAAAAGCAGGUGAUGGGUUGCUUGUUUCCUGCCCUUUGCCCGAAGGUCCCAAGGCAGAUUGCAGCACUAAAACACAAGAGCAAUUUAAAACAACUUAAAGGUAAAGGUAAAGGUACCCCUGCCCGUAUGGGCCAGUCGUGUCCGACUCUAGGGUUGUGCGCUCAUCUCACUUAAGAGGCCGGGAGCCAGCGCUGUCCGGAGACACUUCCGGGUCACGUGGCCAGCGUGACGAAGCUGCUCUGGCGAGCCAGCACCAGCACAGCACACGGAAACGCCGUUUACCUUCCCGCUAUAAAGCGGUACCUAUUUAUCUACUUGCACUUAGGGGUGCUUUCGAACUGCUAGGUGGGCAGGAGCUGGGACCGAACGAUGGGAGCUCACCCCGCCGCAGGGAUUCGAACCGCCGACCAUACGAUCGGCAAGUCCUAGGCACUGAGGUUUUACCCACAGCGCCACCCGCGUCCCUUUAAAACAACUUAACAUUAUACAAAUAAGGUAUGUCUUAAAAGCACAGAACUCAAGUGUCAAAGGCCCCUAAACCUCUGAGGACAGAAGAAUUGCCAAGGUGGCCUCCUUUGCCAUUCUCAGCAGCCGAGAGAUCUGUAGGGAAGGAGUAUUACAGGAGUAUUACAUUAUUACAGGUAUUUGGGGCCUAAGUCAUGUAGGGCUUUAAAUAUUAAUAUGAGCACCUUGAAUUGGAUGCAGAAACAAACACAGGCAGACAGAUUUGUGAACGAUAAGGUUACCAGGCAAAACCAUACCUCUUCUCCCAGGCCUUUGGCUUUUAAACUGGGGGGGGGGGAGUAUUGCUUUUGUUUACUAUGUUCUGUACUGUUGUGUUUUUAUAUUGUAAACCACCCUUGGAUGAAGGGUGGUAUAAAAUGUAAUUAAUAAAUAAAAUAAACCUCACAGUGGCUGUGUUCUUCCUCCACUGUCCUUGUACCUGAGAGAGCCUGGUAGCUGUGUACAGUUCUGCUCACCUCACCAAGAAUAUUGUAGAGCUGGAAAAGGUGCAGAAAAAUGGCAACAGAAAUGAUCAACAGGUUGGAGCAACUCCCCUGUGAGAAAAGGCUACAACGUUCGGGGCUUUUUAAGUUUAGAGAAAAGGCGAGUAGGAGAAGACAUAAUAGAAGUAUAUAAAAUUAGGCAUGGAGUGGAGAAAAUGGGUAAAGAGAAGUCCCGCUCCAGCCCUCUCAACAGUAGCAUCUACCUUAAAUCAGGGGUCAAGGAACCUGUGGCUGUCUGGAUGUUGUCAGACUCCCAUCAGCCCCAGCCAGCAUGGACAAUGAUUAAGGAUUAUGGGAGUUGUAGUCCGGUAAUAUCUAGAGGGCCAAAGGUUCCCCCAUCCUUGCUAUACAUGAACGUCAGCAAAUUGGGAGUGGAACACUGCAGGUUUGGCAAUCCCCAAGGACUGAAUCAGAGGUGUCAGCUUUGGUGAUUAGGAUGGUGCUGGGCAUUCUUACCAUUUCCUUUUGCCUUCGAAAUGGUAGGAGAGUUUCAAUCCCUGAUUGUCUUUUUUCUUUCUGCCCAGGAUGAGAAGAAUGGGGAGACGGGCAAAGACUCCUUAGAUGAUCUGUUCCCGAACGAUGAUGACCAGGGACAAGGUGAGCUACCUUGGGUUAAGUAGACCAUUCUGAUCCAGCAAGUCAGUUCGUACGGCAAGGAGUCAGAAUACUAGAGAUAGUGGCCUUCAGAUUGCAGCAUUUUAGUCUAAGCUGUCAAUAACUGCAUGAGGACUAGAAGGGAGGGAACAUCUAGAAGGUCAGGAGUCCCCCCACCCUCAAGUUAGAUGAUCACAGGUACAGGAGUAAAAAGUACAAGACAUGGACAAACCCUAAAGUUGUUGGAAUUCCACCAAAAUUUGAGGAAACUAAAAAUGUUCAGGGUUGUAGGCAGUGCUAGUCCUGCUUGGGGUAGACCCAUUGAAAUUAAUAGACAUGACUAACUUAGGCCUGUUAAUUCCAGUGGGUCUACUCUGAGUAAAACUUAGUUGGGCAUCACCCCAUGUCUAGCAAACAUAAAUACUUUUCAAUAUCUCAACCACAAAUAGGUUGGUUAAUAUACUCUGACAGAAGAAAGGAAUGAUCAUUUAUUUAUUUGAAAGCAGUUUUGCCCUGCUCUUUGUCUGAAAAGGCUGCUAGAGCAGUUUACGUAUCAGUAGCAAACAAGACAAUCCCUGUGCCUCAUGUGUACAGCAUUAAAAGACCCAACACAAAGUGAAAAGGGGGAGGGAAGGGAGAGGAGAGGAGAAUAUACAAACUCAGGCCCCUUGUCCCGUGCAUUUACCAAAUUCUUAGGCUGACUUCUCUUCCCUCACAUAGCUCUUAAUUCCAGCCAUGAAACACUGUGAUUAUAUAAAUUCCAUAGGAUGUUGGUGCAUUAUGUGGAGAAGUCUGCUAGCUCUUUGUCCUAAGCCUGCCGCCUAUUCAUUUUAAGUGUGUGUAGGUGUUUGUGUUUGCAGGUGUAUAUACACCUGCUUUGAGUGUGUAUGUAUAGCAUACUGAAGAACUGCUUUGUGGAGGGUGUGGGCAGCAGAUCCCACCCCCUUUGAUGAUGCCAAUGUAUUUCUGCAGGGCAGACGCAUGGUAGUGGAGACGCAGCAGCCCAACAUGGUGGCUAUGAGAUUCCGGCACGGCUGCGGACACUCCACAACCUGGUGAUCCAAUAUGCUUCCCAGGGGCGCUACGAGGUGGCUGUACCGCUCUGCAAGCAAGCACUGGAGGAUCUUGAGAAGACCUCAGGACAUGACCACCCCGAUGUGGCUACCAUGCUGAAUAUUCUUGCUCUGGUUUACAGGUGUGAGGCUUGGCUGACUUGGGCCAGGGGACUGCUUUUUGACCUUAGAUCUAACUUGGACAUGCAGAGAAAGCGUGUGGAGCUGCCCUGCUGAGACUGUAUCACUUUAGGCUGCCGUUACUGAAUUGCUUAUUUGCAGGCUCUCUUAUGCUGAAAGAAUAGAAACUCAGAAAAGCUCUGUGUAUUUGGAAAGUUAGCUUGCCAGGAAGAUGACUAGCUUUCCAAGUUCCUUGGAGAACAGUAUUCAGACGUGAUCAGAAGCCACCCUCUAGCCUGACAAUGUGCAGUCUAGAAAGGACUGUACCCCAUGCCUUUUGUGUACUGUACAUUCAGAUGUGGGCUUUUAUAAUUUAUUUUAUGUUCUUAAUAGCAUUUAUAAAUAGCUUCAUAUACUGUAUAUAUUUUUAAUUUGUACAGUACAAAAAUGAAAAAUAUAAUCAGAACAAAAGUACAACCUGAAACCAAUAAAACAACAGUCUAAAGACUUGUAAAAGCAUAUUAAAAACAAAUGAAACAAAAAUUCAGAGCAUUCAGUUACAUAAAAAUGGGCCCAGUCUUAUGGGUCAGGGAAAGCCACUCAGCUCCCUGGCCACAACCUUCUGCACCAACUGCAGCUUCCGGACCAAUCGCAUGGGACGCCCUGCAUAGAGCUCAUUACAGUAGUCCAGUCAUGAGGUUCCCAACGCAUUGAAUCACAGUGGCUAAGCUACCUCUGUCCAGGAAAGGACAUAGUUGGUGCACCAGCCUAAACUGGUAAUAGGCACUCCUUGCUUUGGAAUUCUCUCUGGCCAAAAUAAUAACUUAUUUUUCUUCCUGCUAGGGACCAAAAUAAGUACAAGGAGGCUGCUCAUCUUCUCAAUGAUGCCUUGGCCAUCCGGGAGAAGACCUUGGGAAAGGACCACCCUGCUGUAAGCACCCUGAUUUUUUGCAAACCACUUUGAGGUCUUUUUUUAAGACAAUCAAGCAGUGUAUAAAUUUUAUUAAAUAAAUAAAUCAUUUCAGAGCCUCUAGCAGAAACCAUUUGGAUGCUUGAGGUUCCCCCUCCCCCUCGAUAACAAUGAGGACUAGGACCUUAGAUCUUCUCUUCGCCUCCUUUUUCUUUAAUGGAUCACCUUUGAUUCUGAAUCUGCUAGCCUGCUGUGAUAACCUGUUUUGAAGUAGAGUUCUGAGGUUCACACAGCAAUCAUAUCCCAGAGUUUUGAGUUGUACAAUGUACCUUUUCAUCCUUAGGUGGCUGCUACCCUCAACAAUCUGGCCGUGCUGUACGGUAAGCGGGGCAAGUAUAAGGAGGCGGAACCGCUGUGCAAGAGGGCUCUGGAGAUCCGAGAGAAGGUACUUAAAGAAGGCCGCUACAGGCAGCAAUGCUUGGGGCAUAUCCCCGCCCCGCUCCCCGUGCUUUCUUUUUCUGCAGAAAAUUUGCAGUUUCCAAAGUUCAUCUGUUACAAUGCAUGGAUGCUAACUAUGAACACAAUAUAAGGCAAGCUUCUCAGUGAUCAAGUUUUUAGCUUGUACUAAAUUCAAGUGAAAUGAACAUGGUAAAUUAGAUCACUUUCUAGGAUAUCGUAAUGGUUUCCCAAUGCAAACUGAAAAUUUUCUGAUGCAAGUUACCCUGAUCUGCGUGGGGAAAAUGUUCAGGAUAUAAACAAAUAAAAUAUGAAACAAAACAAUACUAUUAAACAGAACAAAAUGCUGGAAGAUCUGAUAAGUCCCUGGCCUGCAGAGCCAUUGCCUGUGGGCUAUGGCUUCACCCUCCCCACUCCACACACCUUUGUUGCUGUUCUGUUGUCAGGGAUCUUCAUCCCCACCCUUUUGCUCAAAGUCAUAUUCCCGUGACAAAAAUUGCAAUACAUGCACUGCGCUUGUUAAACAAGUUGCUUCUAUUUAACCCCGUCUCUUCCAGGCUGUCUGUUUCCCCACCCCCACCCUGCUCUUCAUUGUCUGCUGUCCUCCUUUAUUCAGAACACUGAGGACUAGAAUCUUGUUUGGAAGAGUGGCCAUAUCUCAGUGGCAGAGCAUCUGCUUUGCAUGCAGAAGGUCCCAGGUUCAAUCCUCAGUGACAUUUUCAGGAAAUAACCCCUGCUGCCAGUCAGAUGGGAUGAAUAGCCUGAUCUGGUUUAAAGUAAUUUCCUAUGUGAAAUUGAUGGUUUGGGCGAUCGGCACUGGGAACUGGGAUUUGGCAGUAGCAUGGACAAACUUUGCUUGCUUUCUUUUUAAGUGAUCAGUGUCUCCUCUUCCCAACCUCCCAGGUGCUGGGGAAGUACCACCCAGAUGUGGCCAAGCAGCUCAACAACUUGGCUCUCCUUUGCCAGAACCAGGGCAAGUACGAGGAGGUUCAGUACUACUACCGCCGCGCCCUGGAGAUCUACGAGUCUCGCCUCGGGCCAGACGACCCCAAUGUGGCCAAAACUAAAAACAACCUGGUGAGAGGGGCUGAUUGGAAAAGUCCAAGAGAAACCUUUGGGGGUGUGGGGAUGGUUUAAGCGGGGGGUGGAAUCUAUUCUAAGCAGUUUUCUUCCAUGCCAGAUUUUGGUUGGACUACAACUCCCAUCAUCCCCCGACACCUUAGCCAAUGUUUAGGGAUGAUGGGAGCUUUAGUCCCAACAAUAGGGGGCCCAAGGCUGAAGAACACGGAUAGCAUGCUAUAAAGUUUGUAUUAAAUGCUUUAAAGUCCGUAUUAACUUUGUGACAUUUAACAGUAUGAUGUUUACUGUAGGGCUUGGGGCACUACAGCCAGCAGGGGGUGAUGGGAGUUUUAGUUCAAUGUCUUCUAGACAAUGGCAGCUUCUGUGGCCCCUAAUUUGCACAGUGCUCAUCAGUUACAUCAGUGCCUUUGUGCCGGGGGGAAGAAGGGAGGCAGGAAGGCAACUUCCAGGUGCCCCUGGAGCCCUUCCAUCCUCCUCCCCUGCCUACCCCUGAUUGGUGCCUUUCUGCUGUUUUACUUUGCAAUCAUUGGCCAUGCCACUGGAAGACAGGUUAAUCCCCUGACUGACCACCUGGGUUGAAUAAUGGUCUGUGCAGUCCACCUCUUCUCUCUGCAAGAGAAAGGACAGCACUUCAUACAGUUAUGCUGCUAGUAGAGAAUCCUGGUGUAUGUAACAUCCAGCUUUUGCUAGGCAUCGAUGCUUCCUGAUCCCUGUUGCCACAGCCUGUUCCUCUGACCUCAGAAUAUGCCCCCACAGGCCUCCUGCUACCUCAAACAAGGCAAAUACAAGGACGCUGAGGCCCUCUACAAGGAGAUCCUGACCCGAGCACACGAGAGAGAGUUCGGCUCAGUCAAUGGUGAGUGCGGAAACAGGUGGUGGGACCUCAUGUGUACAGAGAAGGGUUGCUUCCUUUUAUUUUAUGCAUUUCAGGUGUGGGGCAGGAAAAGACACAGCUGGGACAAAAUGGGGGUUGUGGCUGCUAUCAAUCAACUGAUCAGGGGCACCUCUAAAAGCAUACCCUUUGCUAGCACUGACCAUCAGCUGAUUGGCAGGGCUGGCAAAUCACUGUGCCUUUGCCCACGUGGUUUUAAUGAUUUUUUUUGUUAUUACAUUUCUAUCCCAUCUUUCCUCUAAGGAGCUCAACCUAGCAUGCACAGUUCUCCCCUUUCUCCCCCUUUUUCCUCACAGCAACCCUGUGAGGUGGGUUAGGCUGAGAGAGCGUGGCUGGCAAAUUGGUUGGUGCGUUGAAAUGUGGAUAUUUCAUAACCCUCCCCCCCUGAGUUUUAUUUAUAACAAAUUUAUGUCAAACUUUUAUUUAUAAUUAUGCAAAUGUACAAGAAAUAUUUUUAAUGUCCUGAGGAGUCCCACAAAGUGGACUGAUGGUCUGCCCUGGUUCAAGGCAGGUUCUUCACUGCUUUAAGUUCUUUUCUGUUCUUCCCCCAACCACCGUUCUUUGUAGGAGAGAAUAAGCCGAUCUGGAUGCAUGCAGAAGAGCGAGAGGAAAGCAAGGUACCUCUGCAUUGGGAGGGAGAAGGGAACCCGACUUUCCCCUGGGGGUGGAUCCAAGCUAUCUGACACACUCCCUGCCCUUUAACCUUUAACCUUGCCUCCCCCUUAGGAGAAGCACAAGGAGAAAGACAGCGCUCCCUAUGGGGAGUAUGGCAGCUGGUACAAAGCCUGCAAGGUGGACAGGUAAGGGGUAGCCCCCCUUUUCUUUUUUUAAAGGUUUUAAAAAGGUUGCUCCUGACUUUGAGUUGGGGCUAGGAGCUUGAAAUGAAAGAGAAGCCAGAGGCUUAAGAAGAAGAAGAAGAAGAAGAGUGAAAUUGCUGCUGCUGCAAGUUAAGGCUGACGUAGUUUCCUUAUUUCACAAUGGUUAGGAUUCAUUGACUGUCUUGAUAAGACGAGUGAACUUAAGUACAUAAGAGGAGCUCUGCUGGAUUAGGUCAGUGGCCCAUCUAGUCCAGUAUUCUGCUUUCACAGUGGCCAAUGAAAUGCCCAUGGGAAACCCGUAAGCAGGAUCCAAGCACAAGAGCCCUCGCUGUUCCUGUGGUUUCCAGCAACUGGUACUUAACUGUGUGAUCUAACAGGUGGCUUUUACAACUUAUCAUUUAAGAUAGUUUCUGCAUAAAAGAACCAACGCAAGUACAACAGUAUUGGCAACAGUAAUGCAGAGAAAAGGCUGGAGCAAAAUGUAGGAACAGCAUUGGUGACCUAUUGCUGGGCAAAGCAAUCCAGUGGUUUAAACUGAGACCAUAUUUUAGCCCAGUGUGUCUGUCUUAACACAGUAGCUUUAACUAAUUUAACUGUAAUUAUAUUAGAACAGUUAUAAGAUGCAUAAAUGACAAUUGAUUGAAAUUAAUUUUUUUCAAAGACACAAAGUUGACCAUUUAAUGGAAACUUUAUUAUGUGAAAAGUUCCUUAAGAGGACAGCAAAAGUGCAAGGGGUACAAAGAACGCUCUUGACCUAUCUGUCUUCGCAUUCUCCUUUCCACCCACAGCCCCACAGUCAACACGACUCUGAAAAGCUUGGGUGCUCUCUACCGGCGCCAGGGAAAAUUGGAGGCUGCAGAGACGCUGGAGGAGUGUGCCCAGAAAACCCGCAAGCAGGCAAGUGCUGCAUCAUGGUGGUUGGCGGUAAAAGGAUAGGCAGAGCUCGCCCAGGUGUUAGGCAGGGUGAGGCCGCUGCCUCAGACAGAAGAAAACCCCCAGGUGGAACGCUCACGGGUGUCCUGCCGCCAUCAGUACUGAUUUGGGGCAAGAUCGCAGCCAUUUGGAAUGAGAUCUCACCCAAACUCAUUCAAGAUCUUGUGUGCUCCGCAAGAUCUCGAGUGAUUUUGGGUGAGAUCUCUCCCCAAAUCAGCGGUGAUGGUGGUGCUAUUUUGAUGCGGCAGGGUGUGCAGUGGCGACAGAGCAGGCAGUGGCAGCAGAAGCAAGGCAAAACAGCACUUACCGUUUCACACACACUGCCCCUGAGGAUAGGCAGUGUUGUUCCAGCAGUGGGACGGAAAUGUGUGCUGGGGGAUAUUUAAAAAAUUCUGCUCCCCCAUGCUGGCUUAAAUAGGCCAUCUAGCUCUUGGAUGCCCCAGUAGAUAAUUUCUGUAUUCCAACUAGGGCAUGGACGCUAUUAACCAGAGCAAGGUUGUAGAACUACUGAAGGAUGGGAACCGCUCCGAGCACCGAUCAAACUGCGAGGGGGUCCUCAGCUCCAACAAGUGUGAAAACGGGAUUGACCCGGAAGACAGAGCGGCUGAGUGGUCCGGGGUAAGAAGCAGCAAAACUUUACAAAUUAAUCCUAAAAUGGAGGACACUUCAGUGCAAUCCUAUCCAACAAGGUGUGGGGAGUCUUUGGCCCAUGGGCCCUGUGUUUAGGCUUCCCUUCAAGGAAUGUGGUUGGCCUCUCUGGGAACAGGAUGCUGAUUUAGACAUUUGGUGCUGAUCCCUUGUCUUCUUUUCUCCCUGCCUUCCCAGGCUGGCUCCGGAGCCUUGCGACGCAGCGGCUCCUUUGGGAAGCUGCGUGACGCCCUGCGACGAAGCAGCGAGAUGCUGGUGAAGAAGCUGCAGGGGAGCAGCCCGCAGGAGCCCCGGAACCCAGGGUAAGUCUUCCGUCUAGUGGCUCUGCUUUGGGACCUGGGGUGGGCAGGAUGUGCUGCAGACCCAAGGUCUAGCCAGCCCAAUAUUUUUUAUUAUUGUUUCAGCAGUAUAUAGCUAGCUGCUUUUCUCUGGAGAAACCCACAACCAUGGUGUGAAGGCAACACCCUUAGUGAAUAUCAAAAGGGGCUGUGUCUCAACUGCCUUGCAUGCAGAAGGUCCCAGGUUCAAUCCCUGGUAUCUUCAGGCAGGGCUGGGAAUAUCACAUGCCUGAAACCCUAGAGAAGGGCAUAGAUCAGUGACCAAAAGGCCUAACUCCUUUGGCACUUAUUUUUUGUCUCCCUGCAGGAUGAAGCGGGCCAGUUCUCUCAACUUCCUCAACAAGAGCGUGGAAGAGGAGGCAAGCCAGGUAUACACACAGACUGCAAAUCGCAGCCCGCCUCUCUCUCCCUUCUGAGUUGUUUCUCUGUUGGGUAGGGGAAGGAAGUGUGGUUACUGAGACAUCACAGGAUGUUCUUUCCCAACCACUUCCAAAGCCCUGAUUGAAAUGGCAGAGCAGGGACCCAUCCAGAAGCACACCAGGCAACCUCAUAUACAAGGGAUAGUAAUUUAUGUUGCAUCUCUGUAAUGAAAUCCAGUGCAGAUGCACCACAGAAUUGUCCACCUCUAGCAGAGGCUGAUUGGGAGAAGGCACAUUCAGAUCAAAAGAUCAUGCAGAGGCACAGCAAACAGACUCAUCCACCCAAAACUGGGUGCUUUAGAUCAUGGGUAGGCAAACUAAGGCCCGGGGGCUGGAUCCGGCCCAGUCGCCUUCUAAAUCCAGCCUGCAGACGGUCCGGGAAUCAGUAUGUUUUUAUAUGAGUAGAAUGUGCCCUUUUAUUUAAAAUGCAUCUCUGGGUUAUUUGUGGGGCAUAGGAAUUUGUUCAUUCCGCCCCCCCUUCAAAAUAUAGUUCAUUUCCCCACAAGGUCUGAGGGACAGUGGACUGGCCCCCUGCUGAGAAAGUUUGCUGACCCCUGUUUUAAAUCUUUUGGAGCCUUCAAGGCAGAGGUAGCCAAUGCAGUGUUCUCCAGAUGUGGGAAUACAACUCCCAUCAGCCUCAGUCAACAUAGCCAAGGGCCAGGGAUGAUGUUUAUAAAGCCCUGGCUUUUGAGUGGCUGGCCUAUUCUACAAAAGUAUGCCUUGCACCCAUAGCUCCACCCACUGGCAUGUGUUGUUGUCCCCAUGAAUGGUUGCCCACAAGGCAGUGCAGCCCUCUGGCUGAGAAAGGUCCCCCACCCCUGCUCUGACAUGUUGACCAUUGUCUCCCUUUCUCUUUUCCAGGCAUCCAGUAGUCUAUCUGACAGCCGUGGCCUUAGCGCCAGCAACGUAGACCUCUCUCGGCGGAACUCUCUCCUGGCAUGA